GGCGCUCUCCGCCUCCUCCUCCUCCCUUUUGCGUAGGAGGGGCGGGGGCGGCUCCCCCUCCCUCCAGGCCCCUCCCACGGCGCCCUGCUUAAGGGCCGGGGUCCGAGCGCCCUUAAAGGGACAGGCUGCGGAAGAGGACCUUGGUGGGACGCCAAGCUCUUGGCUGGGGAGCAGGGAAGAGCGUGGGCUCGAGGCGCGGCGGGUAGCAGAGCAUGGCAGGAGCGGCGGGAAGAAGGAGGGGAGGUGGGCAGCCGAAGGGCACAGGCGAGCUCCUGCCGGCUGGAGCUUGGGGAGAAGGAGGGAGGCAGCGGCGGCUGAGCGUCGGGGGAGCGCGGGCGGUACGCCGAGCACGCGAGGGCUCCUCCGGCCACUCCGCCGAUUAGCUCGCAGGUGUGUUCCGCGCUGGGAUCCGUCUGGCUUCUCCCGGUCCAACCUUGGGUGCGUGCUGGGUGCUUUAGAGCCUACGAGGCACCCUCUGCCUCUUCGGGCCGCCUAUGGGCGCCGCACGUGGGGACACCUCGGUCUUCCGACGGCGCCGCUUCUUUAAAGGCGAGGUUGCCCCGCGCGUCCUUUCUGGGGAAGGGGGGCGAUCGAGAGGCGGACCGAGGCCACCGGGCGAGCGGAGGCCAAGGCCACUCGCCCGCUUCCCGCCCCGAGCGCCCUCCCUCUCCCUAAACUGGGAGCGGUGCCCGCGCAGACGGAGCGAGGCAGCUUUAAUCGGAGCCACCUGUCCCCCUCCUGGGACUCGCUGGCCCAGCGCCUAGGCGCCAAGUUGCAGGAGGGUUCAGGCCGGGUUAGAGGGGAGGGGAGGGGAUGGCAGCCCGGGCGGCCCCGCGCGCACGGAAGGACAUCUGCCCGAUCUUUGUGCCAGCGCCCUGCGCAGCCUUGCUGCUGUCUAAGAUCCUCUCCGCCGUCCCGCCCGCCUCCUCCUCCUCCUCCUCGGCCGCGGAGAUGGAGAAGAGCCGCGGAGGGCGAUGAAGCGGGCGGGAAGGAGGCACUUGCUGGCAUCCCGGGCGCGCGGCCGUCUCGCCUCCUCCAAGGGCGACCCUCGACGGAGGGCAAGUCCUCCGCCUUGCUAGCCGCCGCCGCCGCCGCCGGCUGCCCAAAUUGGAUCUCGCCACCUUCCUCGCUCCAAAGCCGUUGGGAUCCCUCGGUCCCGUCCCCCCCGUCCCCACUCCUUGCAAGGAUACGCUGGUGACCCCCGCCAGGCAGCCACGGAGAGCCCUUCGCGCCACUCGUCUGGCUCCGUGGUGGCGACAGGGAAGGCGGGAGAGGACGCGCGGAAGAAGGAGCCGAGGGUCGCUUAUGCCUCGCCCAGCCAGCCGCCAGAGGGUUGGCGAGCGGACAGGGGGGCCGACCCCCGACAGCACCCCCCUCUUCCCGAGACCGCGAGGAGCCCAGACGUGCCCCGGAGACCAGGGGAUGCAGCCCUCCGCCGCCGCACUUGCCCUCUAGUAAGUAGCCCCGGUUUGUUUACUUCUCCCUCCGCCGCCGCAGCAGCAACAGCGGCGUCUGGCUAGUAAGUAACCCGAGAGGCGCCCAUCCCGCUGCCACCUUGUCAAUGUCACGCCUGGAGUUGUUCCUGGAGGGCUUUGCGCAGCGCCAAGUCCGUGGCGCUUUCCCCAAGUUCUGCACCCCCAAGGAAGAACUCGCCCUCCCUUUAAAAAACAACUCCCUUUCCUUGCUAUCCCUCUCUCUCGCCUUCACUCUGAAAGCAGCUCCCAUCCAUCCACCCUCCGGGUUGUGUUGGGAACGUUUCCACGAAACACCAAGGUUGGCUUGGUUGGAAGGCAAGAGAGUUUGGUUGGUGUGUGUGUGUGUUUUGGCGCUCGCUUGUUCUCCCCUCCUAAAUCGCCGAGUGUCGGUAUUUUUACAUCCCCCCCACCCCCCUUCCAGCACCUUGCGUAACAUCGCAUCAGGCAGGACACUUUGCAUUUAUUUUUGGUUAAUCCAUAUGCGACCUUUUUAAGCUGCAUUUUUUUGCCUCGCUCCCUCCCUUCUUCCUUCUUGCGUGUCUGAGCCGGAGCCCGGGAGGGAGGAAGUCUUGUCCCGGUGACAAAUGGUCCUCUCCCCCCCCCCCCAUGUUCCUCCUGGGCUUCUGGCAUUUGUCUACAAACGAUUAGGGUUCUAAUUGGUAUUGAUAACGCUCUUCCACCCUCCCGCCCCGUCUCCAACUGUUGCUGCAGGAGGAGCAAAGGGGAGAAAGGGGGAAAUUACAUAAGAAUGCUAUGAAUAAUACGGUUUCUACUAAUAAGGCGGACAUACAUUAGAGCAUCGGGGUCUUAGAGGAAAGGUAGCUGUUGGGAACGAAGGUUUUUUUUUUUGGGUGGGUGUGUGGCGAUUAUUCAUGCGCAUCCGGAAGUUUUUUGGGGGGGAGAGAGAGGGAGACCUUUUGGGGGUAGAGGAACAAAAAGUCAGACAGGAUAAUGGGGCAGAGUGUGGCAUGUCAUGGAAGUACCUUCCUGAGGGGAAGAAUUACAUCACCAUCAUUUUCUCCCCUCCUCAAGUAUCCUUGGAAGCGCUACAGAAGUAGAUUCUCCUGAAUCUCCCUCUGUUCCUUUUUCUCCUUCUGUUCUGUAAUCUCAGUUUUCCACUUUGUCCUCUGUAUAUCAACAACGUGCACUAUUCCCUGCUACCCAGUUCUAACUAACUUUCCUCCCUUCCUUUAGUUAUAUUCUCUUAAACUUGGUUGUUUCCUGGAAUGGGAUCAUUAUAAUGCAAGUGAUCCUUCUAGCCCAGUUAAAAGACAUCAGAAUCUCAAUCAUGGAGGAGGGAAACCUGUGCUUCACUCCAUCCUCAAAUUUAGGAUUUUUAAAAGUUUGUAGCUUUGGUUAGUGCAGUGCGGUGGUUAGAUUAUGGGGCUAGGACCUGGGAGACCAGGGUUCAAAUCACAACCCAGCCAAGUUGGGCAUCCUUGGGCCAGUCACUGUCUCUCAGCCUAACCUACUUAACAGGGUGGUUGUGAGGAUACAAUAGAAAGGGGGGGUAACCCCCUUGAGCUUAUUUUCAACACAUAACAGUAGCAAAUAAACAAAAUAUAACUCUCACACAGAUAACAGGUAGAUUUAAACGUACAGAUAUUUUAAGGAAUUUUCAUCAUCCACAAAAUUAAGGGGAGUUAAAAUAAUUUCCACUGACAGUUGUGUGUGUUACCUGGAGAUACGUUUUGGGAGGAGAGGAAGGUGAUAGUAAAGUGAGGUUUAUAAAUAAGGCCGUUUUGUUCUCCAUAACCACCUGCCAUGACUUGAUAUGAGUGGCGAGAAAGAAACUGAAUCUGAAAUGAAAUAUUCUCCAGGUUGGUUGGAUAUUUAUUUUUUUAAUGGGGGGGGGGGAAUCAUACCAUUAAAAAGAAAAGAAAAGAACAACAAAUCAUACCAUCAAGUAAAAAACUGAAAACUGAAACCUUAACAUGGGAGAAAAAAGCCGAGUUAAAACCUUCUUUCAUAUAUUAAAGAUGCAUUAAAAGCUAUGCAGAAUCGGAAUGUUUUCACCCGCAGCCUGAGCGCUGUCAGGGAUGGGGUUAGUCUCACCGCCUUUGGAAUUAGAAACUGGAAACUCUGCUCCUACUGGAGGUGAAGAGGGGGCACCCAGGAGGUUCUCUUCUGCAAGCUCCAUGGAUAUACAAGGGAAGGAUCUGUUCAGUUUCCAUUCAUUUCCACUGGAACUCUUUGCUGCUGUUCUUGGGGUUUUCCUUCUUCUCUUCCACCUUUCUCUGUGUACUCUUUAGCAAUCCACAAUGUGUGUGUGUGUGUGUGUGUGUGUGUGUGUGUUGGCAAAUGCAGCACCAACAAAAUUCACUGUUUACGGCAGCACCAACAAAAUACGGCUGCGACAGGUUUGCCUAUGUAUAUUAUAAAACAAUAUGCUUGAAAGGUGUUCCCUACAAACGGAGCUUUGCAUGCAAAAUGUUGGGAGCUGUGAUAAGGUAGAUGUUCUUCCUCUUCUUCCUCCUCCUGGGAAAGAGAAAUACGCAGUACUGGGUUUUGAGGGCUUUCUCAAGAAGCCAUCAGCCUUCACUUUCCUUGAGCUCCACAGAGGUGAAAAUGUUGCCCUUCCAUUGUGUCCAAUAGCAAAAAAUCUCUCCGACUUCAGGACCAAGGACCAAAUCUGCUCCCACAUUUCAUAAGGUGGCGGUGGGGACAUAUGCCAAGAUUUGCUUCCACCUGAAUUUAUUCCCUGCACCCACGGCCUCUGCCUUGUUUGAAGAGGGAAUGUAGUAGCUCUGAAAUGCCUUGGGGCUGACCACCCUCAGCAUAGCAGCAGUGACUUCCCAAUCCUUUCGGCUCAUAAUCUCCCUUUUAAAUAAUUUUCCUAAAUAAGUACUUAUGUGAUGCUUAUUUAGAGGGCUUUAGGAAAUAUGGAUUAAAGAGGCUGUUUUUUCCUCCCGCUUUUUAAUACAUUUUUAAAAAGUACAGUCAGAGCAGGGGGUGGGGGCUGGGAAUCUGUAGCAUGCAGGGAAACUGGACAAGGAGGCAGGGAAGCAGGAUCGAACCAUCACCACCGGCUCUUCCUGCUACGUAUUUCCUGGGGAAAGAAGAGAGAAGGGCAGCACUGGUGAUGUUCUGUGUAGCCACAGCUUGAAAUUGACAGAGGGAAAACACAGCACAGGAGUCUAUACUUGCUUACAACUCUCAUUCUUGAAAGAUUUCCUUGGGUCUUUCUCGUUCCCUUGUAGUUUGGCAAGACUUGGAUCACUUGACAUACCAGUAAAAAUAGGAAAAAGGUAUAUUUGAAUUUAGCACAUUCGGAGCCUCUUGGUCCCUUUUCCAUCCAUUCUGUGCUCUGGGUUGAAACAGCAUCAUCGUGGAGAGUCAUCUCUGAGACACAGGGGUGAUUGGAACUGCUUGAUUCCAGCUGCAGCCUGAGAUGGGUGCAUCAAGCCUAGAUAGUUACUGACUUUAUACAUUUCCUCAGUAGUUCAUCUUUGGGUUCUGUUUUGCCGCAUUCCCUCCCCGCACAACAGGGAGGAAUAUCUUACAAUUCUGAAUUGCUGGUCCUCUCUCAGCUCUUCAUAUCUGGUGUUCAAAUUUACUGUCCACAUUCUCCUGCCCUUGACAUUACUGAAAUGCUACUAAACAUUUCAGGUCUCGGCCUUUGGAAGAGUUAAGCAAACACAAUUCUGUUUACGCUCACUAAGUGUCAUCCUUGCAACAAUCUCCAAAUCACUUUAGCUGCAGACACUUGUGACUUCUUCAGCCUUCAUCACACUUUGCAGAGCUAGGCAGGGCUUUUCCCCCAGCCAAGACUCAAUUUUGGCACCUCUCAGUGGGUGCCAUUCCCAUUAUAAGAGAGGCGUUUGUGGUGAGUUUCGGCACCUCUUCUUCUAGAAAAACAGCAGUGGUCCUGUGUCAGUUACGUGGUUCUGUCCUCAACAGAAUGCUUCAGAGAAAUUGCUCGUCUCGCAGCUCCUCUGUGAAAUGGCUACUUUGCAUGUAGGUUGUGUCAAGGGAUCCCGAUACAAAUGCAGGGAGAUGGACAAGUGAGUGGAAAGCUGGAGAAAGAUCUAAUUGGAUCUAUGGAAAGCAAACUAGUGAACCCUGAUCACAACCACCCACCUGCAGCAAUAUUGUUGUGCUUGUGCUUCCUCCGUACAGUGGUACCUCAGGUUACAGACGCUUCAGGUUACAGACUCCACUAACCCAGAAAUAGUACCUUGGGUUAAGAACUUUGCUUCAGGAUGAGAACAGAAAUCGUGCUCCGGUGGCGCGGCAGCAGCAGGAGGCCCCAUUAGCUAAAGUGGUGCUUCAGGUUAAGAACGGUUUCAGGUUAAGAACGGACCUUCGGAACGAAUUAAGUACUUAACCCGAGGUACCACUGUAGUUGAAUAUCGCACAGCUCCAUGCAGGCAAUUGUGACGGGACAAUCUGGAAAAGAUGUUGUGUCUAUGUGGGCAAGUAGCUUUUUCACGGGUCUCGCAACUUCCUAUUGCUGCUGCUGCUGUGCAAUGUGUUGCAGCUGCCCACUGUUGUGUCAGUAAAACAGACCGGCACGCUAAUGGAAAUACCGUUUUUUACAUGACCACCCCUUGGAAGAUAUUAAUUCAGUUAAUGACUUUUCUCUUUUGCAAACAGUGGAGGCUAUCAGUGGGGGUAGUUUUUACUUGUUUUAUGGUGUGUUUGUAAAUUGCCUUGAGAUGUGUGUAAAAGGCAAUCGAUAAAUUAAUAAAUGAUGAUGAUAGAUAAGAAUAACAGAAGCCUUAGCUGGCAGUAUCUGCAGCUGUUCACAAGUACUGAAUAUACUUUCCCACAAGUUCCCUCUGCAUUUGCUUGAUCAGGGAUAUUAACAGAUCAAAACGGUUUUCACGUGAGAGAGGCGCUUCCCGCAUGGAAGCUGCUUACAUAAUUCCUGUGAGUAGUUCAUCAGCUGUGAUGAAUGCUUGGUGGCUAUUUUGAUACAGGUAUGUUCAGCAGGAAGCCACAACUGACGGUGCAGUGGAAUAGAUGCCUUGUCACAUUCAUAUUUGACAAACUGCACAUGGCACCCAUAAAGUUUCCUAGGCAGAAGUGAUCUCCAUGUUAAUACCUUUUUUCUGAAUUGCCUUCGAUCAGGAACCCCCAGCCUUUUGGGGCCUGGGAGACACAUCUGAAAUCGAAGAAACUGCCAUGGGCACCUCAAAAUACCCAUUUUGCAGAAGGAAAACUGACUAAUCAAGACACAAAUGCCAAACAACAGGCAAACGCCUAUACUCCCAAAAUAAAAAAGAUAAAAAGCUGCCUCCCAAAAAGCAUUCCCCCCAAACAAACAAAAUACAUAUUUUAAAGUAAAAAAUAAGAAGGAGCAGUGGAAACCUUGGUGGACACCAAGGGAUGUCUGAGGGCACAAUGGUGUCUAUGAGUGCCAUGCUGGGGACUAUGGUCUUAAAUCUUUAUGUCCCAUUCUCUUGGUAUCUCUGCCAAAAAAAUGUGUGGCAGGUGGUUACUGGGGACAGGGCCUUUUCAAUGGUGGCACCCUAGCUAUGGAAUGCUGUCCUCAUAGAGGCUUGCCUGGCAUUCACUUUGUGGUCUUUUGGGCAUCAGGUGAAAACUUCUUUUUAUUUCUUUCGCAGGUUUUUUAAAUUUUAAAACCUGCUUGGAAUAUCUUCUGGUGUUGCUUGAGAGUAAUUCUCUACUAAUUCUAAUCUCUGCUGCUGGAGUUUUUAUGCUUCAGCAUUGUUGUUUUUUAUUAGAUGUCUUGCCUGCCCUUCACCACAAGUUCCCAGGGCAAGCUGCAACAGUGUAAAACAACAACAUUGGAACCAGCUAAAUUGCUAAAACAAUUUACAAUUAGAAGCGUAGAGGGGUGCCCUAAAAUACAGGUAUAUAGUGUGUCAAAGGCCAGGGCAGGAAAUAUUACUAUUAUUAUUAUUAUUAUUAUUAUUAUUAUUACUAUUAUUAUUAUUAUUACUACUACUACUAUUCCACCCACCUGGCUGGGUUUCUCCAGCCACUCUGGGCAGCUUACAGCAUAUCUAAAAACAUCAAGCAUUAAAAAUCUCACAAUACAGGGCUGCCUUCAGAUGUCUUCUAAAAGUUGUGUACUUCUUUAUCUCCUUGACACCUAAAGGGAGGGCGUUCCACAGGGAGGGCGCCACUACCAAGAAGGUACAUGUUUAGUAUACAACUGAACUGAUUUGCCUUAGUGUGUCAUCUCAACCAGGCGUGAGGUCUGUCUCUGCCCCAGACAAGCCAAUAAUUAUAACCAAGGUUUUGCUCACCAUUUACAGCUUGUGGUCUGUCUGGAAUGAGACAAACCUUGAGCCCAGGUUCAGAUAACAUUCAAAGCAAAACCAUGGCUUUGCUUGCAGGAGUGCAGCAACAGCCGCAGGAUCAGAGGAACAGCAAAAUAGCCACAAUCUCCUCUCCAGCAGCUUGUGCAUUUGUGCUAAGCCAUGGUUUGGCUUCACAUCACUUGUCUCUGACUGAAUAUGUCGUUGGACCCUGACUCUUAAGCAAAUAACAUUUUCUUGGCAAAGAUGACUUCUCAACAGAAUAGAGGCUUCUUUCACCUGUCCAGUUGGAGGAAGUAAAACUUCAGAAUAUUAUCCUUGGCUAACUAGACUGCCUUUUAAGCAGGCAACAAUUCUUAUUUCAGGGCAGGUCUGUGUAUGGAGCAGAAUGAAGUGGCAGAGUCCUGCAGUUUUAGAAGUGACUGUACCACUCCAGUUUGCAUAGGGUGGUGGUGGGGGACAUGAUUGGAUGCCCGCAUUUAGAAAGGAAGAAAGCAAAAGCCCUCGCAAGUUACUUUGCUAUUGCCCUAGGAAUAAUCUGGGCUGUGUAAACUUGAUUUUUAAAUUGUAUAUGGCGGGAGGGGCGGGACAUUCACAAAUGUACUCUGAAACAGUGCAAUCACUUAUACCAUCUUGUUCUGCUGUACUUGUUGAUUGAGCCUCAUUCACACAACAGCUGUGUGUGCCUGCCUCGCAUUUGUCCCCCCCCCCCCCUUGGAAUGAAGAACUGAGAUUGUAUGAUUGACUCGCCUGUGGCUGAUUUGUGAUUUGAGCCCGGGCUGCAGAUCCCAAGCCAGCUGCUGCCUUUACGUGAUGGGUUUUGGAAAUGCUGAGGAAGAUGGAUGCCCUGUGAAGUUGCGGGGGGGAGGGUUUGGAGUUAUUUCCAUGAGCUGGGCUAGCCAUGAGGACCCAGCGGUAUGGAUGCAACACUGAGCACAACUGCUUCUCUGUAUUAACUGUAUCAGUUAGGUUCCCCUUUGUGCUUCUAAUCUCAGAGUGACAGGAAGACCUAAUAUCCCUAUUGUAUAAGAAUCUCUGUGUGAAACUUAAAUGGGCUACCACCCCCUGUGCCCACAUGAGUGGGAGAGAGGAUUAUUCCAUGCAGCAGGAAAAUGUCUCAGCCUUUUCUCACUCCUUACAGAAUGCUGUGAUGUCACAGCAUUCCGUAAGGAUUGGGGCGAGGGAUGUGACGUUCUCUUGCAUGAAUUGGUCCCGAGUCUUAUCUCCCACUUAUGUAAGUGUUUUCUUGAGGGGUAAGACACAUCCUACAAGAGAGGAUGAAUCCUUUUUCAGUUCUACCUCUCUUUCAAAUCAGAACCAGUGAAGGCAGUGAAGGUCCUGUGUGAGUGCCUGGAGGCGGUUGGAAGAUGGAUGGCGGCUAACGGAUUGAGGUUGAAUCCUGACAAGACAGAAGUACUGUUCUUGGGGGACAGGGGGCGGGCUGGUGUGGAGGACUCCCUGGUCCUGAAUGGGGCAACUGGUCCCCUGAAAGACCAGGUGCGCAGCCUGGGAGUCAUUCUGGACUCACAGCUGUCCAUGGAGGCGCAGGUCAAUUCGGUAUCCAGGGCGGCUGUGUACCAGCUCCAUCUGGUACACAGGCUAAGACCCUACCUGCCCGUGGACUGUCUCGCCAGAGUGGUGCAUGCUGUAGUUAUCUCCCGCUUGGACUACUGCAACACACUCUACGUGGGGGCUACCUUUGAAGGUGACCCGGAAACUACAAUUAAUCCAGAAUGCAGCAGCUAGACUGAUGGGGGCAGCCGCCGAGACCAUAUAACACCGGUCUUGGAAGACCUUCAUUGGCUCCCAGUAUGUUUCCGAGCACAAUUCAAAGUGUUGCUGUUGACCUUUAAAGCCCUAAACAGCCUUGGCCUAGUAUACCUGAAGGAGCGUCUCCACCCCCAUCGUUCUGCCCGGAUGCUGAGGUCCAAUGCCGAGGGCCUUCUGGCGGUUCCCUCACUGCGAGAAGCAAACCUACAGGGAACCAGGCAGAGGGCCUUCUCGGUAGUGUCACCCGCCCUGUGGAACCACCUCCCAUCAGAUGUCAAGGAAAUAAACAAUUACCUGACUUUUAGAAGACACCUGAAGGCAGCCCUGUUUAGGGAAGUUUUUACUGUGUGACAUUUUAAUGUAUCUUUAAUCUUUGUUGGAAGCCACCCAGAGUGGCGGGGGAAACCCAGCCAGAUGGGCGGGGUACAAAUAAUAAAUUAUUAUAAUAUCAUUAUUAUUGUUGGUAUCUAUCUGUCUCAAGAGACCAUGGAGAGCACCUCCAGGGAUGAAGUCAAAUCGCUGCAUUAGCACCAAAGUGACCUCCCCUAGGCACAAGCCUGGGCAGUGUGUAUGGAGGUCCUGGGCUGCCCAGACAACAAGACCCUCCUCUUGGCCUCACUGAUGUGAUUCAAAGGAAAGCAGGGCAAUAUGCUUGGCACCAGCUUGGCUGCAGGAGUUGCCAGAAGAAGGCAUACAAGACAACAUCAACCAUCUUAGGGACUCCCCUCUGGAUUUGUGAAGGGUUUUACUCCUUAGCCAUUUCUACUCCCAAAGAUAUCCUGCAAGGCAGCAGAGGUUUAGGAUCCUAGAUGGGCUACCUUUCCAGGUUGAUGAACCCCAUCUGUCCCUCACUUCUCUCUACAGCACAUUCAGAAACCUCCUUCUUGACUGUUGGGUCCAGUAUUGGUCUCAUCCGCUCAAUCUGCCACAUCUUCGCAAGUCCCUAACUCGCUGAGGGUUUGAGACCCAUUGGCUACCCUCACCUGGUUUAGCCGGUCAGUUGAAGCCAUUUCCAGGGUGUGGCCACUGUCAUAUACUGACAGCUUCUAGGAGCCACAGGUGAGAGCUGAGUACAGGGUGGGGUCCAAAGAUGGACAAACCACCCGAGAAGGAGCACAACAUGUCCCCCACUAGCAGUAUUACACUUCCCCUAACACCCCCUACACUUUUUCAGUAGGGAGCCAGAUUUGACUGGUGCUGUUGCGAGUUGGUUUGGGUUGGUUCGGUUUUGCCCAAACGACUGCAAAAAGAAAUGUCCUCGUUUUGUCUGUUGUAUGGACUAAUCCAGCCUUAAAGGUGGGGCCAAAGUGAGUAAAGGACGAUGAUUUGACUAGGGUCUGGAGUUUAGGUAUGCUUGUUUACUUACACUCAGUGAAAGAAUUGUCGUCUCUCUGCUGGUAUAUCAAAGGGAGAAAAACAGAGGGGGGGGCUUGGUGCUUCUAGUGCUACUUUUGGUCCCAUCUUUGUUCGAAAGGGGUUGUUGCUGAUCGAAAGAAGUAGAUCAGUUUGUGCCUUGCUACUAGUCAAGAGGACAUAGGUGGCGCUGUGGGUUAAACCACAGAGCCUAGGGCUUGCCAAUCAGAAGGUUGGCGGUUCGAAUCUCCGUGAUGGGUUGAGCUCCUGUUGCUCGGUCCCAGCUCCUGCCAACCUAGCAGUUCGAAAACACGUCAAAGUACAAGUAGAUAAAUAGAUACCACUCCGGCGGGAAGGUGAAUGGCGUUUCCGUGCACUGCUCUGGUUCGCCAGAAGCGGCUUAGUCAUGCUGGCCACAUGACCUGGAAGCUGUACACUGUCUCCCUCGGCCAAUAAAGUGAGAUGAGCGCCGCAACUCCAGAGUCGUCCGCGACUGGACCUAAUGGUCAGGGGUCCCUUUACCCUUUACCUUUAUUAGUCAAGAGGGUAAUCGGGUCCUGCAAUGAGACAUUGCAGUGUGGUACACACCUGUUCAGGGUGCCAGACCACUUGCUCCAUUCCAUUCCUCCCUCUCCCCCAGCUUUUCAUUACUAAGAAUCCUGUGGUCGCUGAGCAUGUUCUGUUCUCAGUGGUCCAUUGGGGAGAUUUUUCUCCCCUUUAUCUUCCCCUCAGUAGUGGCAGGGUGGAAUUUCAGAGCUGCCCUCUUCGCAGUGCUGCAGUUUACCUGGGAUUAGGGUGGUGUGGUGGUGAGGUUGAGGCUGCACGGGUGCCCUGGUCUAGCCAAGUCUGUGUUCCUCCUGUCCAUGUGCCCACACAAUCCUGACCUUGCAGCCACCCUGCCCAUCUCCAUCUAGGUCAGCUUCAUUGAUGAUGGCAGUGUCGGGAGGGAGGCUCCGCAGUGCAGCCCAGCCACACAAGCUGCUACUGCUUUCCCCUAAAUGUAUUUCAUAUUUCUCCAAACCCUGAGGGUUAUCCCAGACAUGCCGACACCUCUCUUCUGUUUCUCGGCAGUCCCAUUUGGGCUGCAUAGCUGAUGGCGCUCAGCACUAGAGUUUGUUUUUUAUGAGAUUUAUAAACCUGCCCAUCACCAAAUGGUCCCAGGACAGGGUGCAUACAUUAUUAAAAUCAAAUUAAAUGCAAUCUAGGCAGAAACGUACCCGCCAUCUAAAACAUUAAACCUACUGCAAGUGAUGGACAAAGUUUGCCUGCUUUUGCUUGGGAUGUCCUUAAACCGUGGAGUGUUGUCAGAACUUCAGGACCUCCCCUGAACUGGCCCCUUUUCCAGGGGUUUAUUAGAGCAGGUGAAUGUUGUGAUCUCCAUUAUCUGCUUCUCACUUAUCUUAACUUAUUGAUUAUUCCAUAGUCUAUGUUGUCCAUGAGCUCCUUAUAAGUGUUGUUGCUACAACACUUCAAACUUUUCCUAUUCGCAAAUUCUGGAUGUCCUUCAGAAUGUCUGGGUGUCAAGAGAACAUUGUGUCAAGCAAGUGUUAUCGCCACACUUUCCAGUGCAUUUCCCCAUCACUUUCUUUAUUGCCAAAAAGCCAGUUUAGGGCAGUGGGGUUUGUUACGCAAGAGCAGCAAAUCAACUUUGAGUGUGCUUGUCUGGAUUUUCUGCAAUGUGAUUGAAUUCCCCUUGAGCCCAGCACCAUCAGAACUGAAGAAUUCAGAGCCAUCAGUUUGUUUGGAGUUCCAAAAACAAACACACAACAAGCUCAAAGUCCUGCUACACAAACCAGGUUACUCUCCCCUUGCCAGCUUUCUUAAUUUCAGGGGAAGUCACUUCAUUGUUGCCACUGCUAAACAUAUGUGUAUCAGAAAUCCUAGCUGAUCUACCUCAAAUUACCCAGGGAUCUACCACUAGAUCAUGAUCUCCCUUCUGCCUACCCCUAGUCUACAGAACAGAAGAUAUAUAUACUGGUUAAGCAGUAAUUCCUCUCCCUGUGGAAUCUUGGGGCUGGUAGUGUUCUGUAGGCGGGUAUUUAGAACGUCUAAUGGGAUUUUUGCACACUGUGAAUCCCAGGAUUCUUUGGGAGGGGGCAGCUAUCACAGUUCAGCUAUCAAUGGGCAGUUCAGCUAAUAUAAAGCCAAUCUCUGUAUGUAAUGUAGAUGUUGCCCGCAGGCUCGUGAAGGAUGUCUCCCCAAGCUUUGCUUUUCAUAAUGCUCCUGAGGGGGAGAAUUGGGGAAGGCACUUUCACAGAUCAGGGGUGUCCCCUUUGAAUAAGACAAUGGGUGCUAUUGAGAUUCGGAGUGCCUGUGACAUUGCGUUGCAAGCUCAAGGUGAUCCAACUGGGUGUGAAUUAUAGAGACUGCAUCCCAGUGCAUUGUAGAGCCAGUGCUCUUGAAUCAGAAAACAAGGCAUCAACCCUUGUCUCGGAGGUGCCCUUUCCCCAAGUUCUGACCACUUGUUGUCAGUCAUCGCACUCUGGUGCUCUGCAAGCAGAGCUGAAGGGUUCUUCUGGCUGGAUUUCCAAAGUCCCAGCAACGUACUGACCUCAAUUUAAUUCUGUAUUUAGAAAUGGAGAUGGCAUCCUCGUUCUCUUUAUCCUGUCCUUGGCUGUUUUGUGUGUGUGUGUGUGUGUGUGUGUGUGUGUGUGUGUUGCAACUUGGCACUUAAGGAGAUGCCACUGUUUAGCCCUGGAAUAGUGUGUAUUUUAGAGCUAGUUGAAUUGAUCUUUGCAUUUGCCCUUAAGAAGUCGCCUCUUUUGUAUUUUAUUUUUUGCAGGUUAAGGGGCUGCUGUGAGAUACAGGGGACAGUGAGAUGAGGAAAGAGGUGAACAAUCUGGCCCCAGCCCAGCAAAGCACUCAAGUAUGAUUAUUAACAUUAUGCUUGUGAAUAAUCCCAUUGAAGUCUGUGCUUAGUUUAAGCACAAGCGUAAGUGCUUUGCUGGAUAGGAACCAGGGUGCACUGUACCUUAGAGCAAGGUCAAAGAGUUAUAGCGCACCUUUAGCAAAUUUCACAAGGGCGACCCUUUUUGGUCUGUAUGAACCAGUCAUUUAUUAUUAGUAUUUUAUUCGAAGAAUUCGAUUUAUAAAAAGGUAGAGUGACCAAAAAAAGAAAGAAAAAAGUGAGUGAGAAUGAAAAAAGAGGGGGGGGGAAUACUCCAUUACAUUUCCAUACAUUAGUAUAUAGAUGUUUAUAAUCUUUUUAUCCUAAUACACACAUAGUUAUCAAUAACCAAAUAUAUUCUGUGUAAACUCAUUCCAAAUAUCAUUUAUCCAAAGAGAGUCUGCAUUUAUAAGCUGCCCAUUCGUAUGUUGCCAAUAUUGUCAUGUUGUCAAGUCAUUGAUUAAGGGGAAUUGUAUCUUUAUGCUUCCAAUUCAUCAGUAUCUGCCUCUUGGCCACCAUUAGGGUGCAUAGAAUCCAUUUUCAUUUUUGGGCACACUGCGAUAUCGCAGCCCCCCCAAAACCACCUUUUUUAGGGCGAGUUCUCAGCAUGAAAUUGUACACUUAAAAUGGCCGCUGUACUCUUGUAGGGGGAAAUGGGAUGUUCCUUCUUUUUCGGGACACUUGUGGUGUAUGCACACACACACAAACACCCGCCCGCCCCCAUAGCUCAAAUGACAUUUCAUGUAUGAUAUGUUCAGGGAAUCAUAACAUUACUUUUGUUGUUCAUUUCUGGUUUUCAAUCUAUCUCUCUGGCUCUGGAUCUUCAUCUUAGCAUUGAGUAACGAACUUGAUAUUAUGAAGGAACCAUGGAGUUUCCAACCUCCUUUUCACUGUCUAACAUUAAUAUGCUCAAACCACCUUGCUCUGGUGAGCAACCUGGCCGCUGAAUUCUGCACUAGCUGAAGUUUAUGAACCAUCUUCAGAGGCAGCCCUCUUCUUCUUCUUCUUCUGUGAUUACUCGUAGCCGAGUAAAGUUGUCUUCCAUAAACAUGGUUUUAACAAUGGGCCGUAAGGGACUAUGGAGGCCAAUUCUGGAUCCACACAUCCUCCCCACAGUGUGGACAUUGGUUUCCUGGAGGGAGUUGAUCACGGUGUGGAUUUGCCAAGUGUGCCUUCCUCUUAGCACAUUUCUCCCUUGCUUCCUAAGAUGCAUCCUGAGUGUCUUCAAAGCCCAUGACACCUUUGGUAAAGGCUGUUCUCCAGUUGGAGCACUCGCAGGCAAGUGUUUCCCAAUUGUUGGUGUUUAUAACUACAUUUUAAAAAAUUUGCCUUGAGACAGUCUUUAAACCUCUUUUGUUGAAAACCAGCAUUAAGCUUUCCAUUUUUAAGUUUGGAAUAGAGAAGUUGCUUUGGAAUCAGGCAUCCGCACAACAUGACCAAUCCAACAAAGUUGAUAUUGAAGAAUCAUUGCUUUGACACUGGUGAUCUUUGCUUCUUCCAGUACACUGGUAUUAGUUUGCCUGUCUUCCCAAGUAAUGUGUAAAAUUUUUCGGAGACACCGUUGAUGGAAUCUUUUGAGGAGUUGGAGAUGGCGUUUAUAAGCGGUCCAUGUUUCACAAGCAUACAGUAAGGUUGGUAGUACAAUAGCUUUGUAAACAAGCAUUUUGGUUUCCUUGCGAAUGUCCCAGUCGUCAAACACUCUGCACUUCAAUCGGCAGGAAAGCCACGAAAGACCAAAGUCUGUCCCUGCUUCUGUGAUACUUGAACGUUGGCUCUUCUUCUGUUAAAGAUUAAGUCCUGGUAUCAAGCAGGCUGGUUCCGGUGUGCAUAACUCUUCUCACUAGACAGAGGUAGUCUUGAAGCUGAAGAUGGAGCCACAAAGCAGCUGAAGCAUGAUGCAGGAGUUUCUGUAGUGUUAGUGGUGCAUCAAAUCUGAUACAGAAGAAACUUAUUAGCCUCUAUGGGGAGAAAGUGCUGCCUACAAUGUGUUUAAAUGUCCUUGAAGUGAAAUUAAAAUGGGCGAAUCUUGGAUUUAAGAGACUCUGGGCCUCUUUUUUUUGGUGUGUUUUUUAACUGUUCUCAGGUAGUUGAUGCCAUAAUCACCAUGAAUUAUUGAUCACAGGGCUAAAAAUACUUGGAAAUUCACAGCAAUGAAUAGAAGAGCCUUUCCUACCAGCCCGGCCCAGCCCAGGCAGGGAGGCUGGAGUGUGUAAACUUGAGUAUGUCAUGUUACGAUGCCUUCACAAAUUUGAUGCAGUCACAAUAACCGCGAAUGUCAGCUCUGAGAAGGUAUCAGGUGUCUGUUUGUAUUGGCUUCAAUGCCUUCUCCAUUUCCCCAUGCUGAGGUUGAGGAGGAUCGGGCAGGCACUAGGACCUAGGAACUACCUCCUAGCUUAAGACGCUUGAGAAACUGGCCCAGGAUAGUAGCAUCAUUUAGGUCCCACCUUUUCUCCUUGCGGAGAGCCAAAUAUUUCUUCCCCUUGCUUCUGCGAUCCCAAUACAACUCCUAUACGUCCCUGUGGCAGGCCCCCUUUUGCCCCAUAUGUGCUGAGGACUGACAUGUCUUAUGCUCAUGCAAUGUGGCAAGAAAUAUGAAGCCUGCAUUGUAAUAGCACUGAUACGCAUCACAUUUCCUGCUGGCAGAAUGGGAGAUCUCUGUUCACAUAAUCUGGAUCCUCCCUUUUCUUAAGUUUGAUGCUUCUAAUUUGUUAUUGCUUAGUCGUUUAGUCGUGUCCGACUGUUCGUGACCCCAUGGACCAGAGCACUUCCACUGCCUCCUGCAGUCUGGUCAAACUCAUGUUUGUAGCUUCGAGAACACUGUCCAACCAUCUCGUCCUCUGGCGUCCCCUUCUCCUUGUGCCCUCCAUCUUUCCCAACAUCAGGGUCUUUUCCAGGGAGUCUCCUCUUCUCAUGAGGUGGCCCAAGUAUUGGCGCCUCAGCGUCACGAUCUGUCCUCCCAGUGAGAACUCAGGGCUGAUUUCCUUAAGAACGGAUAGGUUUGAUCUUCUUGCAGUCCAUGGGACUCUCAAUGCUUCUAAUAACAAGGGGUUAUGUACACAAGGGUAGCUGCGGCUGGAAGCCCUGCAACCCUCGCCAAGGGUAGGAACAGCCUGUGGCCGUUUGGUGCGCAAGCCUAGGCUGUCAGGGCUGGCCCAAAACAUUUUGCCGCCUGAGGCGCAAAGGACAAGAUGGCGCUCCCCCUCCGCCAUUCGUUGUACAAAGGCCAACCAGAUGGACAGUUAACUCUUAAUUCAAUGUCCGUGUUGAGACAGCAUCCUUUGCCACACCUGAGGGCAGCAAGUUAACUUAUGGAGAACAGGGCAGCCACCUUACAUGGCUCAGUCCUGCAACAGAGGGGAAUGUCUGGUGGUUCCGAAGGAAUAGCUGGGGAGGAGGCAGCUGCUAUUGCCACCAAAGCCCUCAGUGGCCUCACUCUGCAUCUGAAAGGGUGUGAAGGAGGGUGGCACAUCAAACAGGCUACAGUUUACUGUAAUUCUAAUUCCUGUCCCUAGUGAAUUAAUAAGGACCUUGAUGUACUACUGAAUUGUCCUGGCUGUUUUCUCCUUUGGGUUCCCCACUUAGGCCUUAAAAGCCUAUCCUCUUUUCUUUCUUUUUUUUCCUGUGCAAAGCUCAGAUGCAUACUUGAGUACUGAACCUUUUAUUAUCAAAUUUUCAUUAAAAGUUUUCUGCGUAAAAUACAGGAACAUUCAAACUAAUCUAAAGAGGGGGUGGGGAAUGAAAGAGCAGAAGUAAAGAGAAAAGAAUAGAAAGGAGGGGGGAUGUUAAAAAGAAUACAGAGCCCUCUGUCAACAAUACAUUUUAACUUUUAUUCUAUGUCAUGAGGGUGGACCCUCCCAGCUCUCACCUGGGAUCCUCGCUGUCUUCUGCCUAAUCUCCCACCUUGAAAUAUCUUCUCUUUAAAAGCCUAUCCUCAAUGCUAGGCCAUCCAUAUUGUUUUCCUUUUAGGAAGCAUCCUUAUAUCAUGUUUAAGACUCUUUGGCCAUCUAGCCCAAUAUUGUCUCAUCUGACCUACGGGACCUUUCUUAGGAACUCAGACAAUGGGGCCUACCCGCUAUCUCACCUAAUCUCCCUAACUAGAGAUACCAGUGACUGAACUGGGUGCCUUCUGCAUCCAACACAUGUGGUCUACCACCGAGUUAUGGCCCUUCCUUGGUGUCAGGUAUGAAGGCGGGGGAGACCUACCUGCAAUGCUUCAAGGUGCUCUUAUUUUCUAUUUGGCUGGCUGGUUCCUAAAAAAUCAAAAUGAGGUGAAUGAGGGGAGGGAACAAAAGAGGCAAAGUUGGCCUUACAUUAGGGUUGUCCAUCUCUUUGCUUUACCUUGGACAUUUAACAGCAGCCAGACUGAGGACACCAUUUAGGGAGAAGGAGGUUGGGAGCAGACACUUCUGGUCUUCAGGCUGCAUGUGAUAAUUCCUCAGGAAUAUCCAUGUCUCUUGUCACGAAGUAGUCUAAUUUAUCGCAAUUUUAUUAAAGCCAAAAAGAGUGAAAGGAAAGGAGGAAGUGUGGAAAAGAAAGAAAAUCCCAUCAGCUCACAUUCGCAAUGCAGUAACCACCAGUUCAUCCGUCUUAGUUUACACAUAAAGCUCGAUCUAUGUCAUCCAAAUGUCCAGAUAGGUAUCCAAGUGAAGUUAGCCUUUAUAAAAAGUGGUUUGAAAUGCAGCAAGGGCAUUGAGGUCUUCUGAUAGCAGACAUUUAGCCUUCCAGGUUUGAAGUAGAAAUCUCUUAGCGGCCCAUAAUGGUUCUCAACACCCUUUUUCAUUGUUAUGAAGUAUACAAGUAACAAAAACAAAUGCUCUUUGACAGAUUCCAGAUAUAGGCUCCAAGAGCAGAUCUUCAAACCUUGCUCUGCAGUUUGCACUACCAACCUAAAAAUCUACCCGCCCCCCUCAGCGCAUGCAUUUAAAAGAGUCUGAAGCAGCCCCCCUCCACCUGACAUGCAGAAAUGAAGGCGCUGAAACAUUUCCCCCUUCAUUUUGUCUCUGUGCCAGGGGAAAUUGAUACAGUGGUACCUCGGGUUAAGAACUUAAUUCGUUCUGGAGGUCUGUUCUUAACCUGAAACUGUUCUUAACCUGAGGUACCACUUUAGCUAAUGGGGCCUCCUGCUGCUGCUGCGCCGCCGGAGCACGAUUUCUGUUCGCAUCCUGAAGCAAAGUUCUUAACCCGAGGUACUAUUUCUGGGUUAGCGGAGUCUGUAACCUGACGCGUCUGUAACCUGAGGUACCACUGUAUUUGCUUGGAAUGCAUGUUUUACAUGCAUUAUAUUCAGUGCUCUUUUUCAGGGGGUACACUCAAGGGUACACAGUAAUGGCACCUCUUUUUCAUUGUUAAAAAGUGUGGUGCUUACUGUAACAACUUCAUGGCGAGUAUCGGCACCUAUUUUUCUAGAGAAAAAAAGCACUGAUUAUAUUAGAUGCAAAGUCUACUGCAAGGAUAGCCAACCUGUUGCCCUCCAGAGGCUGGGCUAAAACUCCCAUCAUCCCUAAUGAGCCAGGGGUGCAAAGAUCCGCCUGGCACGCACCUCCCUGGUUGCCCAGUCCCAGGCACGCAGGAGGGUGGAGCCGUCCGCCUGCCUCGGCGUCUCGCUGGCUCAGUCGCCCCCAAACUCAUGGCGCAGAGCCUCCCGCAGCAGAAGAGCCCGCUGUGGCGCUCUGACCGAUGGGCAGGCUCUUCCUCGGACUCUCGGGCCCCGGACUCUCGGGCUGGCACCCCCGAGAGCCCGGCGCCCGGGUGCCCCACACCCUUAGUGCCUAUGGGUAAGAUGGCCCUGCUGUCAUGUUUUGAACACGCAUAUGAUUAACAGAAUGCACCGGUGGGCGGACGGACAGGUUUGCGCUCCCCUCAUUUCCUCCUUCCCAACUUUUGCACAUUCAUCCAUUAUAUGUACAUGGAGCCUAUAUGCAUGCAGGAUUGCCUGACUUGGAGACUUAAGCACAAACCAGGCACCCUGAUUGCACCUCCUUGUGUAUAUAACUUGCGGAGAUGUAGACUCUGUGCAUACAGAGCUGAUGAAUGCAUGAGGUUGGGAGUGUGUGUGUGUGUGUGUGUGUGUGUGUGUGUGUUUGUUUGCAAUCCUCCUUCCUCUCAUUGUGUUCGUUGCACACUGCUCUAAACCAGUGUUUAAACAUGCCACAUUUAAGCCAGAGAUAAGGAUGGAAAAUGAUCGUCACAUUUCAGCAGAGGUGCAAAUCUUGAGUAUCCAAAGCACCCUACAACUCUUAGGCCAAACAUAGCCAACCCUUUACUUGACACACCUGAAUGUUUUCUAUGGUGUGUGUAUGGGGCAGGGGAUCAGAUAUCAAAUCCCUAGAGAACUUGAGGGAGACUCUAGUGCCUUCCCCUGUUAGGAUUGACCCACUUGCAUUGGUGUUAUUCCUCCCCCCCCCCCCAGUUGUUUAGUCUGUUCAUCAGAACUCCCCUAUUCAUAAUAUAUAUUUGGUCUCUUCUUCUCUUCAAAGUAACAUGGAAUGGCUGCAUUGCUAUAAUUUGCAACAACACAGAGUGCUUUCCUGAUUUGUGCCCCCAGGGAUAUGCUGAGGAUGAUACCUUUCUGUGGAGAUAGGCAGCCAUGUGAUUGUCAUCAUUAAUCCCUGCUCUCCAGGCUGCAUAUGGAUGAACAUGUUUUGAGAAGAGUUAUAACGCCAGUCGCAUUGUGAUGGAUUUAUUGGCUCUCGUUACUUUCCAAAGGAGGCCCUGCCAUGAGGCGAGGCGAGGCGAGGCGGCUGCCUCAGGCAGAUGAUUUUGGGAAUUGCUAUUGGUGGCCGUGUGGGGAGAUAGACAGAUUGGGCCCAUCCAGGACCAUAAGGUGGUGCUGUGCAAACCUCAUCGAAAGUCAUUUCUAUGGGACUUGUCCAGAAGAAUUUUCUAGUAGAGUGGGUGACAUAGUAUUUUGUGUGUGUGAUGUAUUCCUCUCUAGAAAACAACAGAGAAAGCAUGCAGGAGGGAAAUCUAAGAUUGCACUCAUUCACUCGCCACACACACCCAACUUAAAUGCAUUAAUUCAUGCUCUGUGCAUAGAACUUACUGCGCAUGUGAAAGAAAAGAAUUUACUGCACAUGCAUUGUGCACAGAACCUGAUACUUUGGUUUAGUGCAUAUGUUUGAAUUAACGUGUGGAGGUCAGGGAUGGGACCCCAUCUAGGGUUGCCGUAUUUUGAAGAGCAAAAAAGAGGAGACAUUUGCUGACUUAACUAUGGAUCACUAUGGUGACUCUACCCAUGAAAAAGAGGACAUGUCCUGGAAAAAGAGGACAUAUAGCAACCCUACCAUGGACAUGAAUCUUACUCUCCUACUUCCACACGUUCCUUCUUCCUUGGUUGUUAUUUGAAAAGGGCUUCUACCUUUCUACCAUGUUGCAUCCUGCUCUGCCUCUAAGAAGCAGCCCAGUUCAGCAGACCUGAGAUUAUCCCGUUCUCUGCCCCCACCCCAAAUAUAUGAAUAGUGAACAUUUUCUAUAGUGCUUAUAUAGCAGCCCCAUCCAUGCAGAAAGGGACAGAAUCAACAGGCUUGAAGGCUAUACAAACUUAACCAGGAGCAAGUCCCAUGAAACUCAAUGAGGUAUACUUCGGACAUGCAUAGGGAAUGUGCUGUGAGUUCCUUCGUACUGGAAGGAAAUGCCAUAAGCAGACUCUCUUAAUCACCUCUGCUGGAACAGCAUCAGAGGUAAUUAUCUCCAGUACAAUCAUUACAGUUGGUAUUAAUAGUCGAAAGAACACUUGGGGUGGGGCAGAGAGCACUUUUUAUGCACACCAUUACAGAUGUGAAGUUGGGUUAUAUCACCCCAUUCAUCAUUUUUAGCAGUUGCUCACAUUUUAGGAGAUCUGCCCCGCAAUAUGAAGCAAAUGUACUGUGAAAAGAGUUUAUCCAGAUUUUUUUUCCUUUUAAUUGUCGCAAAGCAAUUUCUCCUUCAAUUAUAAUUGAAAAUAAGAAUUUUAACAUGAAUACUUGGAGGUGCUGCAAUUUGGUGAAAGAACACAUGCAGAGAACACAGAAUUAUCUGGGUUUCCCAUCAUUCCUGGCAUCCCCAAAGAUCUCAGAUUGCAACGUUGAGAAAGACCUUUGCCUGAGACCUUGCAGAGUAGACAAUAUCGCAGGGCUGGUGAGCAUCUGACCCUCCCGAUUUUGCUGGAAUCCCUGACUAUUGGCUAUGCCGGCUGGGCUGAUGGGAGAUGCUUAGUCCUGCCACACCUGGAGAGCCCACAGGUUAGCUACCCCUGCAAUACUGAGUGGUUUGACUCUGUGCAAGGCAGAUUUCGUUCAUAGGAUGAAUCACUGACGGUGUAUUCUGCACUUUGAUUGAAUUACUCCAUGUGCCACAGCUCUGUACUUAAAUAAUAUAAGAAUUAAAAGUGGUAUGGUUUGGGUCCCCUAAAGCAGGCAUGUCCAAAGUCCGUUUUGGGGGCCUAAUCCGGCCCGCUGGUCGAUUCAAUCCUAAAAAAAAAAAGCUCAACAAUUUCAGUCGGUCCUCAUGCAUGUUCACUUCAUCAAAUCUGGCCCUCUUUGAAAAAGGUUUGGGUUCCCCUGCCCUAAAGUGUAUAACACAGUCACAACAAGUCCUUUGAUGUCAAUGUUAGCUGUUGUACCUUGACUAUGGAAUCCGGGCUCCACAUCAAUGUUGGCAAAUUUUGUUUUAUUAGUGUUGGACAUUCUCUCUCUGUAUGUGAGAGAGAAUCAAUUGUUCCAGAAACAGAGAAGUUGUUUCAGGAAUCAUCAGAAGGCUGAGAUUGUUUUUUCCUAUGCAAGGACAUUUUCUGUGGGAACUGUUCUUUGGACAGGCACAAUGUGACAGGAAGUACUGAUAACAACUGUUCUAUGUAACUUGUAGCUUGUUGUGAGUCUCUUGCUUGCACCUUGCGGGGAGAGAAGCAGAGAGAGAGAGAGAGUCUUGGACUCUUAUUGGACUCAAGUUUGCCUUUACCAUGGUAGUGGUGAGUGAUUGCAUAUAUUUGCUACCAAUACACUUUUAUACCUGUCAAGUAAACUUCUGCACUUGACUGAAUCUUUAUGGCAUCCAUGAGUGUUUAUUGUCUACUGUGUGUACCUUCAACCCGAAGGAAGGAGCUGCGUUGAGAUGUAACUCUGCUGAGUAUGGAUACUGGCACACAUGCACAGCGAAAGUGAUGCCGGACCCAAUCCUACUAAAGCAUCCAUCAGAGGUUGAUGGAUUGAUCCAUCAAUUAGUUUACGCAGUUCCCCUGGCAGGGGUCUUAAUGCAGACCUGCAGCAGUGUUUCACUUAAGCCAGAUGAAGUCUGUGUGGCACUUAAGAAAACAGUGCAAAAGUUAAAGGGACAGUGCACAGUACAUGAAGAGUGCAGCGCAGAUGACCUAAUAUGUUUGGCUUCACUAAUGCAGGGAAUGGCUGGGCAGUUUAUAAUAUGCCAGAUUCGAAAGCACCCUGCUUGAGCCCAACCUAGUUCCAGAGAACGAUCUUCUGAGUGUGUGAAUGACCUUCUAGUAUCCAUCUUCUGAAAAGAAAUUGGGCAUGGUGGGCAAGUGCUGAGGAUUGUGCUGGGAGGCACCAGGAGUGCAACUACCCUGGGCCCUGCCAAUGUCCUGUUUCCUCCAGUUGUUUUUCAGCUAAGUGCUUGCAUCUGUCUAAAUGGAGCCCAGCAGGCAAAGGUCCGCCCAGCAAGGGAUGUUCUCCCCACAAAGCAGCGCCGUAUUUGGAAAUCCAAUUUUUUAAUUACAGUUGGUGCGUCCAAGACUCCUGCUGGCAGCUGACAUCUUGCAGCAAAAAGAGAGAGGAAGAGGGAUGGAGAGGAAACCCGGAUUAGUGACGGCAAGAGAGCAGGAGCCCAGGGCAAAACUGAUUCCCGCCCUCUUCCAACCCCGUUAAUGCUUUGAUUAUCACUGGCCAAGUUUUUGCCGUUAAAUUUUUGCAUUUCCUUUUCCAAAUGCUAACAUUUGCGCUUGGGGCAUCAAGCUGGUGUUAGCAUUGGGGUGGAAUGGAAUUUUGCUCAGUGAACGGACUUCCGGGGUGGCGCCAUCGGCAAUGGCGGACUCCCUCUGAAUUGGAGGGACUAGCUCCGCGCGAAACGGGUCUUUUCCGCUAUGGCGAAGCGGGGACCCUUUUAAAAAUCACAGGCAGAUGAAGCCUGUGACCAUGGGACUCGGCGGGCACCCUUAGCGCCCCCCCAACCCGCAAAGGAACCCACUAACGGGCUCCGAAGCGAAGAGGGGGAAGUGGCGCGGUGCUGUGAGUCAACUGCUAUUUCCGUGGAGCGAAGCCGCACAGCCGUUGCCGGAGAGCGCUGCCUUUUUCGUGGGACAAUUUGGCUUCUAAAAUAAGCACCCGUGAGUACUCAAACUUUGAACAAUUGGACUUUAAAUAAGGACUUGCGACCAGAAAGGAAUUGGACUUAAAAAUUUUAUUUCAAUUUGGUACUGAAACGGGAAGGUCUAAACAGGAAGUCAGCCUUCCGUUUCUUUGUAGACAGAAUAAAGCAAAGACAACGUAAACUAGAGCUCAGAAAAUCGCUUUUAAAGGAUUGGCUUUCAUCAUUUAAAAUUGUUGAACCCCCCUUCGGCAGCAGGAGAAGAAGGGGGAUCUUUUCUGGAUUGUUUAAACCUGCAGAAGUGAGUUUAAAGUAAAGUAACUUUCCAUCGUCCUGACCCUGGAGCGGGGUGUCAGGACUGACGUUUGAAGCUCAUUGACCAAAGACAAACGCUUUUGACAGAUAGCUAAAAGAAGAGAAACAUAGUGAUUCCAUUGUUUCCUUUCGCACCUUAAAGGAACAAAUAUUGACAAAAUAUCUGGAAAAAGGAAACUCUGUUGCUAGACUUGUCUUUAAAAGAAAGAUUAAAUAGAAGUUUUCCCCCUAGAGGGAGACUGUGAAACUGUAACCAACUCCUGGGAGCUGGCAGCUGUUACAGAUUACAAUCAUGGGAAUAGACAUCUGACCUUCAGGACAAUGUAUUCAGAAGCUCUGUUGUGUGCUUUCUAUAAAACAAAUGCCCUACUGGAACAGCUACAUGAGAAGACGAAUUUGAUGGCUGAUUCGAUUAGAAAUUUUGAACAGGCAGUGGGAAAUUUUGAACAGGCAGUGGGAAAAUAUGUGGAGCCCACCCAGGAAUUAAAUCAGGAGUGUGCCCUGACAGAACAGGCCCAACAGGAAUAUGAACUUUCGGAUUUGACAAAUGAACUUGGAAAAAGCCAGAUUUGGAAAGAAAAAGUUUGGUUUGGUUUGGAAAUGGGGGGUUGGAUAGACCGUCCUAUGCAGGGAUGUUUGGACUUUUCAAGUCUGGCAAUGGGCCGUGAGAUGUUUGGGAUUGUGGGGGCUCUCAAUUUUAGAGGGAUUUUGAAACAUGUUUUUAAAUACCACAUGGAAUUUAGUGUCGAUUAUGGAAAAGGGGCUGAUCUGUCGAGAAGGGUCAAAAAUAUUGCUAAGCUGGAGUUCCCACGAGUGAAACGAGCAGGAGACAAGGGAAAAUACAGUUACAAAUAUGAAGAAGAGCUGCGGAAGGGACAUGGAAGAGACUUAAGGGCCUUGGAUAUUAGGAUACCAGGUUAAUGUGCCAGAUCGAUGGGAUAACAAGGACUGACAAAACCCGGGACCAGGAGGAAGGGACGCUGGAUGAAGAUUGGAUUUGUUUUUAUUUCUCUUUUUCACUACUAGGACUGUUUUACAAAAUUGAUGAAUGUUAGAAAAAUGUUGGAAUGAAAUUACUUGGCUUUAGUAAAAAUGUUUAAAGAAUUAUGCAAGAAUAUUAUGGUUAUGAGAAGUUGGUAAAAAUAAGAUUUAAGUUUUAAGUUUCAAGGUUUUUAUAGUAAGAUAAGAUUAAAAUAGUUUAAGGUAAUGUAAUGACAGAAUAUUAUGAAAUAUGGAAAGGAUUUGCUGUGACAAUUAACAACCAGGAUACAAGGAAGGGGAGGAGGAGGAGGUCAAGGAAAGAGGGUAAUGACAGUUGAGGAGUUGAGAAUAAUGGAUUUGUUUUUAAAUGUUUUUAAAUGUUUCUGGUGUAUUUUUUCCCCCCUCUCUUAUUUUGAAUUUGUAUAUGUAUGGUUGGAAGUGGCUUGUUUUUCUCUUUUUCUACUUUGUUUUUCUUUUGUAACUUAAAAAUUUUUUUUCCCAAUAAAUAUCAUUUUUUUUAAAAAAAGGAAUUUUGCUCAGUGAACGUUGGGCCUGCCAACUUGCUCACUGGCCCUCUUCCUCCUCCUGCUGCUGCUGUGCCUUUAAACUGUAACCUUGCAUGCAGAAAUUCAGUCCAUGAGGUUUUCCUGGCACAGAGAGGAAUUGUUUGGGACAGGUUUUGUUUGCUUGAAUUUCUGCAUGCAUGUCUGUUGUAAAAGACACAGGAACCAGAGACAAUAAAAUAAAUAAAAUUCUGCAUCUCAGGGAUGGGUGUGUGUGUAUUACAUAUGUCUACAACACACACUGCAAUGUAGUGUGUGUUUAUGUAUGUGUGUUGGCAAUAUUUUCCUGAGAUGUUUCCUGUAUCUUGAUGGGGGAAAGCUUCACCUGUUGAUUUUCUACCUGCUAUGUCACUUUUGAAGAUACAGAAAGCUUCCAAGGUGUGUGUGGGGGGAAAUGACAACCCUAAUCAACUUGGAUGGCUUUGAGAGUGGUUGUGGGAAAUAAGGAUGAGGAAUAUGGUUUGGUAGCCUCUCAAAACUUAUAGAGAUGGAUGGAAGAACAAUGUUUAAUGGCUGAAUACAAACUCUGUUCAAAGUAAAAAUCUAAUCACUCUUAUUAGAGUUUUAAAAUGGUAUGAUGUACUACAUUCUUAAUAAUUUUUGUGAUUUGCUUUGAAUUUAUAAAAUGUCAUUAUAGAUAUGUGUAAAUAUAAUGAAUAAAACCUAAAUAGCCAGGAAUGAAAUGGUUGUAAUGUGUGUGAGGGUGGUAUUCAGCUAACUUUUUUUAAUAUUUAGAACAGACCCAUUAAAGUUAAUAAACAUGACUACUUUGUCAUGCUUAUUAUGAGUUCAUUAGGAGUAAAACCUAGUUGAAAACCACCCAGUUUUUCUCACAGCUGAGUUAAAUCACAAUGGCAGAAGCUGAGAACAGCCAAAUGAGGGAGUUGACGCCUCACCUGUUGGAUCUUGUGUGAAGAGCAGGGAGGUUAAAAAGUUUGUCAAGCUUCCCCAUUCUGUGGGCUGUAUUUUGGGAACACCUGUCUGAGCUACACAUAGGAUUUCAUCCUAAGGACCAAAAAACCCCCCAGGUAAUGUAGCACAUUUUGGUAAAAUCCCUCAGUGGGAUGGAAGCCAGCAGAAUUCCUCUCAGUCCUUGUAGCUUGGGUAGUAUGACCUUGAUGCUUAGAAGUAGGUCCUCUCAAAUGAGUUUGCAAAGAGGCCACUUUGGCAAAUAGGCAAGGUAGUAAUUGGAUGAGGCAGUAGAGUUCAACCUUUUCAGACCUGGGACCCACCUUUAGCUUAACCAUGCAUUUGGGAACCUGCUAGCUUGCUUCCUUAUUAAUUUAUUUUACCAAAAAUGUGUAUGGUGUUAGUGCCACUGUUUGGACUUGCCUUAGUUCAGGCUGCAAACCACGCUUGGUUCCUAAUAAUAAUAAUAAUAAUAAUUAUUUAUUAUUUGUACCCCGGCCAUCUGUCUGGGUUUCCCUAGCCACUCUGGGCGGCUUCCAACAAGCAUUAAAAAUACAUCAAAAUGUCACACAUUAAAAACUUCCCAACCUUCUGCUGCACAAAGAUCAGUCUUAUUAAAUGGUUUAGUAACUCACACAGUUUCAGAAAAGUGCAAGGCUCACAGCUGGAUUUCAUAACUGCUCGUCUUGGGUUUCUGCGGUCUGUUGAAGCAGUUGAAUUGGAGCUGGGACACCAAGCUAGAGCGGUUUGAUUUGGUUUGGCCAUUUCUAUGCCGCUCAAAGCCAUUUUGGAAAAGGGAACUGAAGGGACCUUUUUGAGGCAGCUGAGAAAGUCGAGCAGAGAGGGCUCUUCAAGCUGCUGGCUGCGACAGGGACCUUGUCCCCAUUUGCCGGCAGUAGAGCUGGGGAACCUGUGGCUCUGCAGAUGUUGUUGGCCUCCAACUCAUAUCGGCCCCAGGCAGCAUGACACAACUGCCAGGGGCGAUGGGAGUCCAGCCAUAUCUGCAGGGCCAUGGGUCCCUCACUAUCCUAUGCUGACCAAUGGGCAACCCUAUGGCUUGCAAUUAUUGCAAGAAACAUUGAUGUAUUAUGGCGUGAACGUGUGGCGGUGUGAAAUGGAUAUGCAUGCCUGUUGAAGCAUCGCUAUUCUAAUCAAGUUUCCCAGACACUCGUAAAGGUGCUUUUAAAAGAUGCAUAUGCAUGCAUCUUUUAUUUCUGCGCUUUACGCAUUUGCAGGGGAAAACACUAGCAAAAGGGCAGGUGUUUCACGCAGCCAUCCAAAUGAGUAGCCCGGCUCUAAGUGAAGUCAACGGAAUCUGAGUGUGAUUGUGCUUAGGAUUGGGGCAUGGGGACAAGGCUAGCUUUAGGGACCGCUCCCAAACCUGUGUGUCUUUUGCCCUGUAGCAUUCCUUCCCAAGACCUGCUGUUUUAACUGCUGCCUCAUCCAAAGAAGUAGUUAGAGCUAAUUUCUUUCCCUUGAAGUGUUUUAAAUUUUUUAUUAUUACCGCUGGUACUUAAUCUUUGAGUUGAUGGAACUGAAGGUGCCUAUCAGGCUGUGAAAUAAUUUUUUUUAAAAGAAGAAGAAGAAAUGAAAUGGUGAAGACAGGCUGCGUUGCGGCAGCUCACAGCCAAGGGACAGCAGGAGUCAUAAGACCAGGAGGAUGGGCAGCAGGGGGAGUGACAAUAUUGCUCCCCAACAUCAUUUAAAAGAAUAAAAAAUUGUUCAAGGACACUAGGAGACUGAACUGCUAUGGAACCAAGGGCAACGUGGAAGGAAAGGAGAAGAGGGUUUUUAUUAACUGCUCAGGAAACAGAGGCAAAAGAACUGGGGAGUCAUGGAGCAGAUUUCCUUUGUGGCUGGAGGGGGAAAAACAGAGAGAAUGUUUAAUUUGCAGGGGCACUUUAUAACCCAGUUUUAGAACUCUAGUGGGGCACUCUUUUCUCUCUGGGCACUUCCAGGUGACCUGUCUAUCAAGCAUUCAUCCUGAUUUGUUUUUAGAGUGAUUAGACAGUGGCAGCCAUUAUAUAAUGAGCCUUUGUUCUGAUUUGUUUGAGUAAUGUUUAGGUAGAAUUGCGUCAAAAUAAGUGUGGAUCCCCCACUUUUCAGUGCAUUUCCCCCUCACUUUCCUCAUCGGAAAAGUAGAUGGGGGGGAAAUAGAUGGGAAAGACCUCCCAAUCAACUGUAAUUGUGCAAUCUGAAUUUACUGGUAUGUGACUGGUAUUUGCCACCCAGCCCUACCGUUGGGUAAAGUGAGGUAACUGCCUCAGACAGCAGGUGCAGAGAGAAGGGAGCCAUUACAUCCCCUUGGCUGCUCCUUCCAGACCUUCUAUUUUUUUCUCCACAGAGAUGGGUCUUUCCAUAUCAAGUGAUCCAACGUUUUUAACUCUUUUGCCUUGGCGAAUCAUAUUCAUUUUAUUAAUCACUUUUUAAAAUGUUUUUUAAAAUGUUGGGACGUGGGUGGUGCUGUGGGUUAAACCACAGAGCCUAGGACUUGCCGAUCAGAAGGUCGGCGGUUCAAAUCCCCACGAGGGGGUGAGCUCCCAUUGCUCGGUCCCUGCUCUGCCAACCUAGCAGUUCGAAAGCACGUCAAAGUGCAAGUAGAUAAAUAGGUACCACUCCAGUGGGAAGGUAAACGGUGUUUCCGUGUGCUGCUCUGGUUUGCCAGAAGCGGCUUAGUCAUGCUGGCCACAUGACCCGGAAGCUGUACGCCGGCUCCCUCGGCCAAUAAAGCGAGAUGAGCGCCGUAACCCCAGAGUCGGUCAUGACUGGACCUAAUGGUCAGGGGUCCCUUUACCUUUAAAAUGUUAAAUUUUGUAACUUAAAAAUUACAGUAAGUCGUAUCAUAUUAAAGCCCAUGACAUUUUGAAGAGAUUGGUGUUUUUAGUUUUGACACAUCUCCAUUUUGGGCUGAGCUUUUAAGGUUUUUGUGUAGCCUGGCAAGGCCAAAAUGGUCCUUGUUUUUUUUUUUGGGGGGGGGAAAUUUCAAACCCUCCAGAAAGAAUUAAGUUCUUAACCCGAGGUACCACCGUAUAGGCUCGGGGGGGAGGGGAAUGAGAGAGCAAUUUCUUAGACUGAGAAUCAGAAGAAGGGAAACUGAGAGAGGGUGGAGGGAAAACCUAUGUGAUGGCAGAGCAGAAAGUUCGUCCUGCUUGCUGCACCGAGGUGGUAUUUUCUGUAUCAGGGGGUGGCUAAUGUGUUGUUGUUGUUUUUAGCCUGAGAGCCACAUUCCCUUUUGGCUAACCCUCCAAGGGCCACUUGCUAGGGGACAAAAGUGUGUGUGGCUGGCCACACUCUCUCAUGCACAGGGCACACUCGCAGAGAGAUGCGUGCUGAUCAGUGUUGUGUUAUGGCUCCCUCUCCACUCAUCAAAAGAUCAGUUCAUAACUGUUCCACCCUCUUCGUCUCAAAAUUCAGGUGCAUCCUGGAGGAGUGGAAGGGGUAAAUGUAUAAAUAGUAUGUGGGGUGUAUGUCUGCUUUGGAUGAAGCCCAAAUAUCACCCUGAAGUGGGCUGCUCUGCAAGUAUUCAGACCUCCUCCAAAGCAAAGUAGGUCUUAUAUGGUAAUUUGGGGUGGUUCAAAGUGAAGUGAUCAGCUCUCCAAGCAUUCAGACCCACCCACUUAGGCUGUUUGGACACUUUUCUGGUCAAUGGGAUAUCUUUCUGAACCUCCCACAAGCUCCCCAUAAAACGAGAAUGCUAGGGAGGCAGGAAGGAAAGUGGGUUUUGUGUGAGUGAGUCAGUGUCAUUUUGUGACUGACAGCUAUAGCUUCCAACUAGGGCUUGACUUUACCAGGGUUCUCCAGUUGCAAUUGGAGGGGAUGAUUACUCUUCUAGGAGCCACAAAGUUGAAACAGUUUGAAUUGUUGGUGGUAGUGUUUUGCUUGUGUGAUCUUAUUCCAGUCCAGACCAAAGCUUUCUUGAAAUCAAUCCUAUUCUUGCAUCCUAAUUCCUCUUGACACUUGCAGUUGUUUGUUUAUGCAUGAGUGCUAGCAAUUAGGCAAGUCACUUCCUUUCCCCCUCCACUUUCCAUCCCAUUCUGACCCUAGUUGCAUUUGGCUGAAGUCAGGGAAUUAAACAUUGGGAUGUCUGUGAAUCUUUGGAGAACACCAAUCUGAAAUUUGGCAGGUUUUCACCCCUUCAGAAGCAGCUACACUACCUGUAAGUUUAAUCCAAUUCUGGCAAAAAGGUUUUUUUAAAAACCCAAUUUUUUUUUAGCCAUUUCUUGAUUUCUUCAUUAUAGUCAAUGAAGAGACACAUGAAGCUUUGGAAAACCAAAGCCACCCUUCACUGUAGAUCUGAAGCAAAGCAGGUCUCAUCCGAAAUGGUCCAAAGCAGAGCAGCCCCUUACCCAAAGCAGAUUUGUGAAGCUUAACCCAAUUAAAUUGCCCUCAAUGAAGCAUAGACUUGGCUUGAGGAAGGGCAGUUUUCUUCCACUUCUGCUAACAAAGAUCUUGCUUUGAGAGUAUCCACUGUUAGGGUAAGAUGUGCUGAUCUUCCAAUUCAUGCAGCGGAAGGGGGAGAGAGAUCCAGAACAUUGUGUGACUGGCGGUUGCUGGCAGGGAUGCCAAUGAGUGUUGAAUUUACAGUGAUGAUUUACAGUGCAGAUGACUGAUGGAAUGGGAGAGUCUUCCCUCUUAAAUAUUUGAUUGUCAGCUAUACAAAGCGCCAAGCAAUUUAGCCUCGAGCCUUUUGCAUUGGAGUUUUUUUGCUGCUUCUUCUUUUUGCCUCUGUCUAUCCUGUGUGUUAGAAGAGUCAUUAUUCUAACCAAAACAGGAACAUAGGGAGCUGCCUUAAAGUGAGCCCAGACCAUUGGUCAAUACCGACUGCACUGGCUGGCAGCAGCUGUCUAGGGUUUCAGGCAGCUUCACAUGGAGAUUUCAGGGACUGAACCUGGGAUGUUUUGUCUACCAAGCCUAUGUGCCCUAUAAAAUAUACUAGAGAAGAAGAAUAAAAAUGGAGAUCACUGCAGUGAAUGUUUUAAAAAGGGAAUAUAUAAUACAUGAGCAGAGAUUGAAUGACGCUAAGAAAUCAAAGAGACCCGUUAGGAAAAAGCUAGAACGAGGAAGCAUUGGGAAAUGGCCACUGGGUGGCAGCAGAGGGAAAUUUGGGUUGAGGAAAGUGUAGAAGUGGCUGGGAUUAAAUCAGGGAUGGGGAAAUUUGCGGCUUGGCAGAGGCUGCAGGAGUCCAUCUCCCAUCAGCCCCAGACAGCGUGGCCAGGGGUGAUGGGCUUUGUAGUCUUGUUAACUUCUGGAGGGCCACAGAUUCCUCACUCCACCCCCCCCGGAUGAAAGGGCGUCCAGGAUGACGGAAGGAAACUUACCCGAGUGUGGAUGUUUGGGAAGAACAGGGUUGUGAUUGGAGAGGAGCUUAGUGGCAAGAGAAAAGGUGGAAAUAGGUUCAGAAAGGGCAAAGGAUUGUGAGAAUGGAUUGACUGCAAGGCUGGGGGGUGGGGUCUGGGGAAGGAGGGAGAGUGAAAGCUGGGGGCAGGCUGAUAAAGAGAUGGGGUGGAGGUUAGCUGGAGAGCUGAUCUGACAGAGGGAAUGGGUGAAGGAGGCGCGGUUGGGUUUGGAGGGAAGAAAGCAUGGCACCAAAUGUGCCUAUAUUAAGGGGUGGGAGGAAUAGUGUAGUGACUGCUUUGUGGAAUAAAUCCACCUGUCGCUUUAUUGCUCAGGGGCCACUUCACACGGGUCUUCCCCUAAAUUGUUCUUUUUUUUUAAUGUGCAACUAAAAAUGCAAAGCAUGCACACAGCAAGCAGGUGUUCAAAAGUGGCACAUCGUGCGGACAAGCUUGUCGGAAGGCUGGGAUUGGCUCCCUUGUCUCCCAUACGCUCGGUGGCUGGCCCACGUUGGCGGCUAAACAGCUGUGUGCGGUUGACUUUAGAUCUGCUGGCAAAGCAGCAUCUUUUAAUGCCUCCCUCCAGCUCUCCUUCUGGAUCCUUUGUUGCUGUCCUUUUCCGACCAAUGUUUCUUUUGUCCUGGGUUGCAGGCAAUCCAUGGUGGACAUGGGCAGAGCUCUGACAAACACCCUGGUGCUAUCCAUGGUGCUGGGCUGUUCAGCUGUCCUAAUGGAUGACUCGCUGCCAAGCUCCGGGGAACCAGUGGUAACGGUGGCAGUGGUUUUCGGGGGCACUUCCUACCCUGUCCACAUCCGCAGCCGGCUGACGCACCAAAGCUUCCUGGAUAUGCCUCUGGAGAUCCACCCGGUCACCGUAGUAGUGAACGACACCAACCCCAGGACUCUCUUGACCCAAAUCUGCAACAUGCUGUCCAGCACGAAAAUUCACGGGAUCGUCUUUGAGGACAACAUCGGCACAGAAGCCGUGGCGCAGAUUCUGGACUUCAUCUCGUCCCAGACCAACGUCCCCAUCAUUAGCAUCAGUGGAGGUUCUGCUGUGGUCCUAACACCCAAGGUGAAAAAACCUUUUCGUUAUUUUGGGAGACUGGGGGUGAAUGCAGUGCACCAUUCAUAAAUGUGUCGGGUUAUAGCAGUGGAUAGCCACUAAGAACCUGACUCCUAUCAGCAAAAUAUAUAACUGCCCAUGACAGUCGUAGUAAACAAAAAGAAAGUACUCUGAGCACGUGCAGUUAAUAUUUCGAACUCGCUUCUCAUUGCAUUUUGCUCGUUUCCUAAAUUGAGGCAGGCAACAUCUCUCAACCUAACCUACUUUGCAUGGCUAUUGUGAAGAUAUAGAAGGAGGAAUAAAGCUGGUGCAAAAGGGAACUUAGUGCUUGUAUCCUAAGCAUCAAAGUUUGCUUCCUUUAACCAUAGUGAUGUGUCAUUGCACUAUACAGUUUCGUAUUUUUUCCUGGGUACCCCACCCCUGCAUUUUAGUACAGUUCUAAGGUUUCAAAUAGUCUUAGUCUAGCCUGGUUAUUGCUUUUUUUUCACCGAUGCAUAAUCCCUAUGUUCAGUUGCACUCCAGAAGGAGUUGCCUUAGGCCUGUAGCCACAGGGGAGUGGGUGAGGUGCUGUGAAAAGAAGAGGGUUGUACAUAUAUAUAUAUAUAUAUGUAUAUAUAUGUAUAUAUAUGUGUAUAUGUAUAUAUAUAUAUAUAUAUAUAUAUAUAUAUAUACACACACUAUUUUAGUUUUAUAGGUAAAAUACUAAGGAGUCAGUAUUUCCCCUAACUGCUCAGUUUAAAACAGCAACAAUACUGGCUCCUACUUUAUAGUGUUCUGCCCCAACUGCAAAACCACUAAGAUCUGCCGGGAUUUUUAAAUGUUACAGAAUAAUGUUUAUUUUAUUAAUAACGUGUUAAAAUUAUUGUUGAUUUUAUACCGCUCUCUUAUAAACUUAGGCUGCCUUUAAUAUCUGUUUGUUUUGCCUUGAUACUGGCCCCAUCGCCAUCAACCUUUUUGCUCUUUCCUCACAAGACAGACAAGGCUAUAAUCCUGCACUCACUUACCUGGGUGCAAACCCCAUGAAACACAAAGAGACCUACUUUGAGUAGCCAUGUAGACCAUUGUAUUGUUUAGUUAACUAUACAGUGAAUUCGUCAUGACUGCCUGGACUUCAGCUUACCUGCGGUGUGGUAGCAUUUGCAGAAAAUACCUUGCAAAGAAUACCGUAUCUCAGGUGAAACCACCAGAGCAAAGAAGCACAAAGUAGCUUCCUGUCCCUCUCUGCUUGCCACCACACCCUUUCUGAACCUGCUCCAAAGGAUUGGGGGAACCCCCAAAACAGAUUUAGUGGGACUUGCAGGGAGAUGAGAGGGAGGGGACAUUGCACUGUGCAGCCAGAAGUCCUUGCACUGGCAGUGCUACUUGUCUGGAUACCACCCAUUCUGUAUGGCUGUAUGGUCCAUCUCUCUCUCUAGGAAAAGUCUAAGGCUAGACUUUUGGGAAAAUUAUAUAAUAGAAGAAGUAUUUGUGUUCUAAACAGGUUACUCUCAUCCACUUGUAAUGUGAAUAUUAAUUCCCAGUAUGUUGCCAAAUGUCUCACACACCAUACAAGCAAAGUCAGGCUGUAGCAGUUCCAUUACAGUUCCAUUUCCCUAAGCCUGUUGCUACUGUUUUUAUGGCCAAAGGCUAUCAGGGGUCAGCAAACUUUUUCAGCAAGGGGCCCUCAGUCCCUCAGACCUUGUGGGGGGCCGGACUAUAUUUUUUGGGGGGAAAUGAACGAAUUCCUGUGCCCCACAAAUAAACCAGAGAUGCAUUUUAAAUAAAAGCACACAUUCUACUCAUGUCAAAACACCAGGCAGGCCCCAUAAAUAACCCAGAGAUGCAUUUUAAAUAAAAGGACACAUUCUACUCAUGUAAAAACAUGCUGAUUCCCGGAGCGUCCUUGGGCCGGAUUUAGAAGGUGAUUGGGCCGGAUCCAGCCCCCGGGCCUUAGUUUGCCUACCCAUGGCUAUGAGCUAAUAGUUACCAGCAUGUGGAGGGACAGGGUCCAGGGUCCUGAUAAUCUGUGUUGUAUUCUCCUGGCCCCGAAUGGCCAGGAACUACUGUUGUUGCUUUAGAGACCAAUGAUCCAACCAACCAUUUAUUUGUUAGCUGCUGCUAAAACUGUCUUGGUCAGGAAAUGGAAAUCAGAUAAACUUCCUUUGAUUAUGGAGUGCCUACUGAAAACCUUCCGUACUGCUGAAAUAGGGGAAAAUGGACUGUCUCGCUUCGUAAUGAGGGGAGGAAGCUGAGUGGCCAAUGACUCUGUCAAUAUGUGAUGUCCGUUUAUCGAUUUCUGGACCAAUUGUUGUAAGCAAGUCCCAUCAAGUUAUUGUGCAGAGAAUGCUAAUGUUGAGGAGAGGCUAGUGGGAAGGAAGGCAAAAUGCCAUCUGUUCUGCAUCCGUCCCAAAGCCAUUGGGAUGUAGUUCAGGUGGGCGAGGGUGGAAUCCAGUCCCAUGUUUCACCCCAGCAUUUACCUCUUAAAUCACCAGCUCAGAGCACGUGCAAGUUCAGCACAGUGGUUGCUGUAGGGCACCCUGAUUUCUUACAGGUGGGCUGUGCGCUGUGUAAUUAUUUUUGGCUUGCCUGCCUGUCACAGGAUGUCAGUGACGGUUACUGUCACCUGCUCAAAUUUCUCUGAGCCUCGUUCAAUGGCAGCACAGCUUACGUAAGACCAAUAUCAUGUGUGAUACUUACCUUGAGGGGUGGGGGAAAGCCUUUAGGACAUGAUUAGGAACAAUAAGGACCACCUUGGAUCAGCCUCCUCACCUUCGCCAUGCUCCAUUAGUGCUCAUUCCCCUGGCAACAUGUGCUCCAUAAAGCAAUUCAUGGAAAUGUCCAUCGCUGGCCACUAACAAGUUCUUGCUCUCCAGUCAAAAAGGGCCUCUGGGUUAUUGACAGGAACUUGCUGCUGGGUCUCGCCAAAUUAAAGCCAUGAUUUCUAGAAGAGCUAGUAGGGCGAUGUCUCAUCAUGCGGAAGCUGAUCCCUGUGGUGGCUGGAAGCAGUCCCAUCCAUAGCAGCUUAUCUAUUACAUGAUGUAACAGUGGCAGAGGGAGAGCCCUGGUGGAUCUUGCCACCACAAACCCACCCAAGCAUGAGUCCGUGACAGUGGGGUGAUAGCUAUCGCCUGCAUUUCCAGAGGAGCAUCUUGCCACAUGGAAGUGAACAUCAGAGGAAGGGGCCAGUCUAUGGUGCAGUAAGAUCAUUUUAGUCUCUGAAUUUCAUGGUCUCAGGGUGGGGUGCUCCUUUAGAUGGUAAAAUGUAUUCCUUCACUUCAACUUGUGGUCAGCCCCACCCUGAUGCAUUUGGGGAUCCUCCUGCUUGUUUUGCUAAAUGGGGGGGGGGGUUGAACUUCUGCCCCAAAGGCCUCCCCCAAUGGCAUCACUGAAAGCCCACUUCCUGGCCAGGUGUUCAAUUUUGUUAAACAAGUGCAUAUUCCUCUCAUUUGAAGACCAACGGCAACUCUGUCCCAGGUUGAGUUCAGUCUCCUGCUCCUCAUAUAAUAGAGUGGUGGAAACAGGUGACACAUCAUUUGCUGACUGUUGUUGCAUUGGAGUGAGGAAAUAGCACCGUGCAAUGAGAUUAUGGCUAUAUUUCAAUGGCUAUAGAUUGAAGGGGAAGGAAAGCAAGAUCAACACAGGGGCUGCCAUUUUGGGAAGCCACCCCCCGCCAUGUACUUUUCCACCUCUGUUCCACCCUAUCAGCACACACACACACACACACACACACACACACACGGCAGGAGCCCAAUCAGAUGCAAUGGAACCGUUGUUCACAUGUCCACUACAAGAAAGCAGGGUGUGUGGGUGGGUGUAAGCAGAGAGGGUCAGUGGGCUGAACCUUCACCCAUCCUCUGUGUUUCCUGGUUGCCUUGUUUGCUCCAGCUCCAUUUCUCUGUUUCUGUUGGUCCAGGUUCCAGAGGUAAACCUGGAAUUGGUGUGUGUGUGAGAGACUGAAACAGUGGACUACAGCCAAGUAAGGCAAAGGAGGCAAAAGGGCUCAAUGCUCAUGUCCUGCAUGAUCCUGUUGCUGCUAAAGGCUCCCCGCUCUCAACCCCAAAGUUAAGCGUACAUGGGAACAGGCACACGAAAAGAAAUAUGCCUCCUACCAUCAAUGGUGGGCUAUCAUGGCUGAGGGGGCAGUGUGAGCACGACAGCCCUGCCAAUGCAGCAACUGAGGUGCUUUCCAUGGUGCUGAACAUUGUGCUCUAUUGGGAAGGCCUUAAAACACACACAGAGAGAGCCAUUAUUUCCAGUGUUUCUGACAGUAACCCAGAUCAGUGCCUCCCAACUUGCUAGCUGUUCACACAAGGCUUUCCAGCACGUUGAUCCACACGGUCCCUUUGCUUACCACUGUUCAAAGUAGUGUAAGAGAAAGGCUGUGGUAGUCUUGUCAUGUCUGUAGUGAGCAGGAAGAGAAGAGGAAAAGCUCCAGAAGGUGCCCCCUUCCCCCAGAAGAAGCUAAUGCUCAUAGGGAAUGGACGUUGGUUAUAACGUUGGUUGAGCUGCCUAAUGUGUUUCCACAGUGUUUCCUUGGGGCCAAGAACAACAGGAGAAGUUCAUUUAGAGCAUUAGCAUAUUGCAUCCCCUCCCUCCUUGCCAACCUCCUUCCAUGAUGUGCGUCAGCAGCAGGUCACAAGUAAAUGCUGCAUGGAUUACACACACGCGGCGACCUUUCUGAGCACCCAGGGCUUGCACGUUGAAGGAGAGGACGAGAAAUGCUUUAAUGCAUGUGAAAGCAUGCUCACCUUUCCCCCCCAAUCUAAUUUAUUUAAAAUAAACUAAAAUAAUGUGAGCACUUCAUUCAAAAUGACACCCAGGCACAAUCAAGCUCUUAAAAAGAGCAGGGGGGGGAAUGCUAAUCACUGUUCCUCCCCACCCUUUAGCUAAACACCAAGUAAUCAUUUAUAUAGUUUCCAUUUAUAGCAAUGCAAAAAAGAGGGUUACGCUGUUUCACCGUUCUCAACUGGAUCUGAUCAACAAUUGAAAUUUUGUUUUUCUAUAAGCAGAAUAUUUUCAUUUCAAGUGUUUUAAUUCACUGAUGCAAACACUGAUCUCAUAGGAAUGCUGGCUCAUUUUUAUAUUUUAGCAUAGCAUUUGAAUACAUUAAGGCAUGAUUAUGGGGUUGCGUUUUGCAGCACAAAUGUUGACUUUCUUGGGGACAUUAUAAAUUGGGGUGGUCCUCCAGAUGACCGUGCAGGAUGAGGCUGAUGGGAGCUGGAGUCCAGCAUCAUCUAGAGGGCCACAGGCACCCAGUCCCUAUCAUAAAUAAUCAUCACCAACAGCUUGUUUCAGAAUCAGUUCCAUGUUUUUGAGCUUUAUUGGAGUACUCUUAGGAGAAACUUGUUCGUUUUCACAUCAUAUUGUUGGCGUUCUAGUUUUGCUGUCACAUUUGCGGUAAUGAAGUAGCACCUUCAGUUUUCAUUAGCCGCAUUUAGAUUUAAUGCUAAUGUAUGGCUUAGCAUUACGUGCAUGAGUGCCUUGCUUGUUCACUUCUUCCUCCCUGCCAUCGUCUCCAGCGUGGCCACAAGGAGAUCGGAAGCUUUCGCUUCCAUUUUAAAUAAACUGGAGCUUUGCAUUACAGCUGAACCUUAAGGUAAAGGGACCCCUGACCAUUAGGUCCAGUCAUGGCCGACUCUGGGGUUGCGGCGCUCAUCUCGCUUUACUGGCUGAGGGAGCCAGCGUACAGCUUCCGGGUCAUGUGGCCAGCAUGACUAAGCCACUUCUGGUGAACCAGAGCAGCGCACGGAAACACCAUUUACCUUCUGAUUCAGUGUUCCUACCCCACCAUUCUGCUGAUGUACACCUCUGGAUCAAGGAGUCUUCUGUCAGUAGAGGGGGCAUGACCCUUUAUAACAAGCCAGGGAAGCUUCAAGGAAGAAACCUUUGUUGAAAGCUAGAUCUCUCCUUCCCCCAUGGCAAGAUAGUCUUCAAAAUAGCCCCUGUGGUGGUAUCUGAGAGAUGGAAAGACCACAUUCACUGGAGCUCCAGGAGCUAAAUGGUGAGCAGCUAUCCAGGUUGUUUGGUCUUCUCUCUCUCCCCUCUCCUCAGGGCAAGAUGGUAUGGUCCUUAGGUAGUGGAAGUUGGGGGAGGGAAAGGCAAGGAGCAGAAUGUCACCUACUGCCAAACUAGUGGUUUUAAUGUUCUUUAGAGUGCUCAUUUUUCAGGGGAGAUCUUUCUUCAAGGUCCUAACUGAUUUAGGUUUGAUCUUGGCAAUCUGUUUUCCUCAUUUUCAUCCAAUCUUCGCUGCUGCUGCUGUCCUGGGAUUAUAUACCUCUCUGAAACCCAUUUGUUUUCUCCUUGCUCUUUCACUUGACAACCCCUAUACCUCUGCUGCAACCUCAGAUUCCAAGGCAGGCCAGGUCCUCUUCAAUCCACAUUGACUAUCUCAAUUUGCCUACUAAAUCUUUCCUAUGUAGUUUUGUCUGGAACUGCUUUGCAUCCCUUUAGAAAACAAUUAUUUGGAAACUGCAGCAAAAAAAUCUUGCUGAGUUUCCAAGUGAGUUUCUUCCAAAAAAAAUAACAGAACACCUCUCCAACUCCAAACUAUUUUGUAAAUGUUUUAAAGAUAAAUACCAAUCAGUUAAUCUUAUCCUUAAGAGGGCCAGGCUGAGCCAAAGAGGGAGAUUAGACAAAUGAAAAAUUCAGAUGGAUAUCCAGCAAAUACUGACUGAAAAACAGAGUAUUCAACAAAGUCAAUUCUCCAUGUGAUUUCCCCCCUCCCCCUUUGUGUUUUAAUACUUGAAGGUUUGGUUCGGCUUUUAAAAUAGAAACAUACACAGAGGGCAAGAAUGAACUCACUGACUGUUUAGGCUGAUUGACUUGGCUAGGAAAAUUUUGACCCUGCCAAAUGUUGACUCAAAUGAGCUUAAGUUCGCAAAUGAAAAUACUCUGGACCAGGCACAGGCAAACUCAGCCCUCCAGAUGUUUUGGGACUACAACUCCCAUCAUCCCUAGCUAACAGGACCAGUGGUCAGGGAUGAUGGGAAUUGUAGUCUCAAAACAUCUGGAGGGCUGAGUUUGCCUAUGCCUGCUCUGGACCAUGUUUCAUUUGUGGAUUGCGACAUUCUCCAUUGCUUUGUAAAACGGGAUGUUCUGGAAAUUGUGUUGUAGGUGGCGGAGCAACUGAGUCUUUUGAAAGUUAUUGCUCUGUGAGUAUGUAUGGGUGUGUGCAUUUGCCAGAUAGCAAGAGAAUCAAAUGUUCAUGUAGGAAACAAGAACAGACCAGGAAUAGCCAUUAGGAACUGGGGAUGAAAGAGACCACUUGUAACAGCUGGCCCAGGCAAAGAGCAGCUGAGGCAGAGCAGGAAAUAAGUGCCAGAAGUGAUGACACAUCUUCUGCCUCUAUAUAUCAUCAUAUAAAGAUUGACUAAUUGAGUUCCACAAUAGACUUGCAGAUUUUAAUGGUGGGGUGUGUGCUUCCUGUUUUAAAAUCGGAGAGCUCUGAGCUACAGAGAGAGUUCUGCUGAUGCACCCGGGCUUAUGCAGCAAGCAGGUGGCAAAUCUGGAAGCAAAAGGAAGGUUUUGCACCUCACAGCUCAUAUUAAAUUGGGAAAGGGUGAGUGUUGAGAACAAGAGUGGCCAUCAAGCCUGCUAUUCAAGGUCUGUGAAAAUAGCUAAGAAGUCAGUAAUGACGGACUAUUUAUUUACUUUAUUUUUAAAACUAUUCGUGUACACCCUGUUACUAAUCCAUCUCUCUUCCCCUUUCCUAGGAGGCUGGCUCUGCCUUUCUACAGCUGGGUGUCUCAAUUGAGCAGCAAAUACAGGUGAUCUUCAAAGUCCUGGAGGAAUAUGACUGGAGCUCCUUUGCCGUUAUCACCAGCCUAUAUCCUGGAUACAGUGUCUUCUUGGAUGUGAUACGGUCCUUCACAGAUGCCAGCUACUUUGGCUGGGAAAUCCAAGAUGUCCUCACCUUUGAGAUGUCCCAGGAUGGGAGCAACUCCAAGAUCCAAAGGUUGCUGCGUCAGCUAGAUGCUCAGGUGAUGAUUGUGUACUGUUCGCGAGAGGAGGCGGAAUACCUCUUCCAAGUGGCAGAACAGGCUGGUUUGAUUGGACCUGGCUAUAUCUGGAUUGUGCCUAGCCUGACCGUGGGGAACAUGGAUGUCCCACCUGCCUCUUUCCCAAUUGGCCUCAUCAGUGUGGUCACGGAGAGCUGGAAAAUGAGCCUGAGGCAAAAGGUCCGGGAUGGUGUGGCUAUCAUCGCCCUCGGAGCAGAGAGCUAUUUUAGGACCCAUGGCUACCUUCCCAUAGUGGGUAGAGACUGCAACAACAAGACACCUUCAAGUAUACCCACAAACAACACCUUCUACAGGUCAGCCCGGGCAACAGCCUAUUAAUUAACAUGAUUUAAACCCUGUUGGCUACUGGUGUGCAUCAGAAAUUAGAAUUUGAUUUGCAGCAACCAUUUGUAAGGAAGAUUUUGUGCCUUGGUAGUUAGAGAGACUUUGGUUUUCAUACACUUGAGAAUUCUGCCAUUUUCUGCAAUCAUAAUCCUGCAUUAUGGCCCAUUUUCUACAAAUGCAAUUCUCCAGCUUAUUUCACAUUCCAUUCCAUUUUAAACAGGCAUGGCUCCCCCCAGGUAAUUCUGGGAGCUGUAGUUAAGUGUGCUGAGAGUUGUUAGCAGAGUCCUAUCCCCGCCACAGAACUACAAUUCUCAGAGUGAUAUAACUAACAGUGUCUCUUCACAGGGAACUCUGGGAAUUGUAGCACAACAGUAAAGCUCACCCAAGAGUCAUUGCGCUAGCAGACAAAGGAUUUUGGAUACCACCCCCUUUGAUAUUUUGAAGCUCUUUGCUAUUCUUCUUUCUGUCUUUUGAGCCGAUCACCAUAGUUUCAAGUGGGUUGUGUGGUCACUGGUACAGCAGUGAAGAAUGAGAGAGGGUGGAAGGGAGAAAGAAAGAGAGGCGAGGAAGGCUCAACUGUUGUGAGUCAAGGGAUGGCAAAAAUCUAAAGUUUGAAGAAAGCUAACUGAGCGAAACAUUUUUUAAUUUCCCGGUUUUAAUGAACAGUUCUGGAGUGUGACACUCAAUAAUUGAGCAACGGCUUUAACUUGGGAGUUAUGUAAAUCUUGGGCUUUGCUCCUAAUGGGUACUUGCACAACCUUCAAGUCACUCUGUGGGUAUAAAUAAUAGACAAAUAAAUGGGACUGGUGCUGGUGGAGCAGCCUGAAGAUCAUAACCUUGGAAGUAUUAGAUGUGGAUGAGGGAGUCGGCUAGAAGGCAGCAGGGCAAGCGCAGGAGCCUUUAAGGAGGGAAGGAUGAUGAACCUGGAUACAUCCAAUGAAGCUGAAUCUUGGAAGAUUUGGGGCAGACAAAAGAGCAUCACAAAGCAGAUCGCUGUGGAAUUUGCUCCCACAAGGGGCAGUGAUAGCCACCAACUUGGAUGGCUAAGAGGAUUGGACAAAACCAUGGAGGUUUAGUCUGUCAAGGCCACUAGACAUAGCAUGUUCUGCUUCCACUGUUGGAGGCAGUGAUGCAGCGGCGGAGAAAGCCGAUCAGGCUCCUGGGGCAGCUCACGUGCCCUGCACCCAGGGGUGGGGCCAGCCACCUGCAGGGGCGGGGCGAGCAGGGGCAGGAUGCUCCGCGGGGUCUCUGAGGAGUCUGCCUGCCUCCUCCCACUCAGCCGCCCUACAACUGAGAGGGAGGCAGCAGGCAGGCUGUUUUGGGCAGCGCGGAGCCUGCGGGCGCCCAAGCUACUGCGUCACUCCAGGAGAGAUGUCUGGCUCAAGUGCGCUGCAGGCCCCGCGGUGAGUGCCGCCUGGCAUUUUGUCACCCCCUUCAGUGGUGACACCCGGGGCGUAGAGCUGGAAGGGGUCCUGAGGGUCAUCUAGCCCAAUCCUCUGCAGUGUAGGAAUCUGAACCCACAACAUGAAACCAUACCAGAUCCUGGUCUGCUUUGCAAAUGUGCUCGCAUUUUUAUUGCUGCCGUGUGCUCUCCCCAUAAGACCACCUGCGAGAAGGCUUUUCUACUAAAUUCUUUCUAAUUCGCCCUUGCAUCUCUUGGGGAAAGCAAUGUCUGAGCUCAUAGGGAGGCGUAGGCAUUUUCGGUAAAAUGCACUUUAACCAUCUUGCUCUGAACUGAUGAGGCCUGGGUGGUUCUUGCAAGGUCAGCAUGCGAGAGAGACGGAAGGGGAAACGUUUUCUCUCAAAGGAAGACAAAUGGAGCACAUUGCACUGAUGAAAUGGGGGGACUUCUCGCUUGCCCUUUCCCUCCUGGCAACAUCAAAGUGCUUUUUGUUUCCUCCUGACAGGCAUUUGCUCAACGUGACGUGGGAAAACAGGGACUUCUCCUUCAAUGACGAUGGCUUCCUGGUGAGGCCCACCUUGGUGGUGAUCUCAUUGAACCGGCAUCGGCUCUGGGAGAUGGUGAGGGCUCCUUUUUAUUUUUCUGGGCAGCCUUCUCUGUGAGUGGAGGCACAGUCUCCCUUCCUGCCAGUGUAGUGUAGUGGUUAAGAGCAGUAGACUCGUAAUCUGGUGAACCGGAUUCGCGUCUCUGCUCCUCCACAUGCAGCUGCUGGGUGACCUUGGGCUAGUCACACUUCUCUGAAGUCUCUCAGCCUCACUCACCUCACAGAGUGUUUGUUGUGGGGAAGGAAGGGAAAGGAGAUUGUUAGCCGCUUUGAGACUCCUUCAGGUAGUGAUAAAGCAGGAUAUCAAAUCCAAACUCUUCUUCAUCUUCUUCUUCUGCAGGAGGGUCUACCCACCAUUCAAGCUACAGGCUCUCCUGCUUUAAGAGUUUCAGGGUGACACAUACCAGUGCUUGUGGAGGGGAGGAAGGGAAAGAGAAAAUCAAUGAAAGAGGGGUCUUGGCUUUAAACCAGGAGCCAAAGGCAACCCUCCAAGUCUCUCUAUACCUAGACCUCAGAACUCCCCCUAAGCCACAAUCCUCACUUUCCCCAAGUGUUUUUACUUGGCUGAAAAGUUCCCUUGAACUCUGAUAUUGCUUCUUGCUUGUCUGAAUGGAGGAUCGUGUGUGUGUGUGUGUGUGCGCGCGCAGAAACUGCAAAAUUUGCACCCAUUGCUCCACCCACUUUUGUCUCUGGCCCCGCUCCCUGCUGGUAUGGGACCCUCAGAAUCUUGCCCAGAAGGGACUGUGGCCCUUGGGCUGCAAAAAGAGUUCCCUGCCUCUGCUUUAAACCAAAGAAUGACUUGGAAGCCCCCAAGUUCUGCUUCCUGUUGCCUUUCCCAGUUGUGCUUUGUGCUCCUCCCGGCUCCUGCCAUCGAGGUGAUGACUUAACUGAAUGAUUAAAAGCUGAAAACGACGCUUUCUUCAGGAUCUGCAUGGCAAUCCAAUUUCAUUUCAUAAACAAAUGGAAGCACCAUGAAAUGAAAUGAAAUUUGGGAUUCAUUUAUUCAGUGUUACACAACUAAUUUAUUUAAUUUGCGGCGCCUUGGUAAUGUAUCACAUGCUACGGGGCGCAUAGCUCAGUUGGAGAAAGAGGGCGGCAAUGCCCUUGUUUGCGCGAGAUUACUUUGUAGUUUCAUUCGUGUGGAAUUGAAUUAAAAAACAGAACUGGCCAAAUUAUGUGAAGGCAAAUUGGCUUAAGUGAGUUACAGAUCAGAGAUGAGGGCAACUGCGAAGCUUGUCAAUCAAUUGCGUUCAUCAGAAGUUGAAAACAAAUUGGAACCCUUGUGGCAGGUGUGACUAACCCACGGCCCUCCAGAUGUUAGACUCCAACAUCAGUCAGCCCCAGCUAGCAUGACAUGGGGUUGGGGUGAUGGGGGUUACAGUCCAACAGUAUCUAGAGGCCCACAGGUUAGCUGGCUUAUGGGAUGAAACCACUGAUAUCCAGUGUCCUCCCUCAGGUAUACAAUAGGAGCUCUCCAAAAUGCUGCACAAUAGUGAAGGGAAAUUUAAGUAACUUGAUUCCCGUGAAUUCCAGUACAGAGUGACUUGAUCCACACCUCCUGGACUGGAACAUAAUUACCUUCAUAUUUUGCACUUCUCUCAACUUUUUGAUACAGUUCUUGACUCGGUGAAAAGUACCAAAAUGCAUUAAAACAGAAUAUUUUAAGAUAAAGUGCAUUUAGAAAUGUGUGUAUUGAGAUAAAACAGAAUUUAAAUAGGGUGGGGUGUUUUUUUUGAGAAUAGGUAUUUUAAAUUGAAUAUUCUUUUUUAAGCCACAGAUUAAUGUGGAAACAGAAUAUAGAGCAGAGUUGUGACCGAACACAUGCAAAAUUGACAUGGAGCAGAAAUAGACUUAUCCAUCUCUACCUCAGAGGGAGAAAGGGCAAAAGAUAGAACAAAGCUCUGUUUUUAGAUGGUUUGAUAUCCUGCUAUGGGCACUGAACAGUAUCUACAUUUUGUGUGAGACUCUUUAUUCUUUUGUCUUGUCCACAGGUCAAGUCCUACCAUUAGCCAGAGUGAGGUGGCCACCUCAGGCAGAUGAUUUUGUGUGUCGGGAAAGGGCAGGAAAUUGUUAGUUGUUCCAUUUAUUAUUGGGGCAUUUUUACGAUCUGGAAUAGGGGAAAGGCCCUUGUCAGAUUUCCUGCCUCAGGUGUAAAAUAACUUAAUUGGCCUUGGAUACUGUGCUGCUUGGGGUAGAAAGGGCACCAUUUUCUGCAAAACGUCACAGGGACAUGCAAAGCUACCUUAUACUGAGUCAGAUCAUUGGUCCACCUAGCUCAGUACUGUCAAAACUGACUGGCUGUGGCUUUCCAGAUUUCCAGAUGAGAACCUGAAGAUUCCAGGGUCUUAGAUUGGCCCUGUAUAGUCAGGAUUAAUUUUGGGUCGUCCACGGUUAUUGGCUUCGUUUAUCCUUGCAUGGUUUUACUGGUUAGGAAUGCUCCAGUAAGUGUAGGCUCUUGAACAGUGCCACAGGCCUAGUUUCGUGUCAGAAUGUUCCGGAAGGUGGCGAUCUGCCCAUUCCCCUGGCCUUAUUAGCACGUUCUGGCAGUUAGACUGUGCUGGGGGUCCAUACAUGCAACCAAAUCCUACUGCUGAUUGGAGAACUGGCAUUGUCUCCCUGCUCCAUGGUUGGACGUUUUAAGCAUUUGAGACUGGGCCAUUAUUUUCUCUCUUCAGAAGUGGCAAAACCUAGGGGAGGAAAAUAGAGCCAGUUGCUUGUUAUGGCCAAGUGUGUGUGUGUGUGUGUGUGUGUGUGUGUGUGUGUGUGUGUGAUUAUUCUAUCCGAUAAACAUGUGUUACUAAAUAUUUCUGGUUGGGUUUUCUAUUCUUUUUGGAAGAGUGCCAUAAGUACUUUGGCCGAGAUGAAAGCUACCAGUGGAAUAAUAUUAGUGUUAAUUAAGUCAACCCUGCUGUUUGAGUAAAUGUUUUCCAUUGACACUUUCCCUUUAUGAUAUGACUGGUUUGGGCUGUUAAAAUGCUCUCUCGUGUAUCAUAGCAAUUAUUACUAUUGCUUUGUCAAUACUUCUCUUAAGAAACCAAGAGUACAAUGCUAUAAACACAGUCGAUACAACUGCAUUUGCAGUGUUAGGAUGGACUUGUCCUAAUAUUCUCUCAUUGAAGGUAUUGAGGGAACUGCCAAAUAGCAUAAAAAGAGAACACAUCUAUCUUUUCGAACAACAAUAAGCCUUUAUCCCAUCCAUCCUAGUUUGCUGCAUCCCUUUUGUGUUUCUAAGAGCAAAAUCAAGUUUGAAAGGUAUAGUUUGAAUUCACCAAGUCUGCACACAUACCAUACAUUUAAAGUCUGUUCCCCACCCACCGAAAGGAAUAUUGGGAACUGCAAUUUACCCCUUGCGGAGUCACAGUUCAUAACAAACUACUGUUUCUAGAAUUCUUUUGAGCUGGGGGUGGGAGAAUGUGCUAAAUGUGCUUUAAAUGUAUGGUGUGUACACAGCCUUAAACCUGCAUGCCUCAGAUUAAACAUGGCAACUUGAGAAUUUAGAUAACUACACUCCAGAAUUUGACUCUGAAAAUUCAUUGUUUGGGGAGGGAGGGAUAAAUAAAUAAAUAAAUAAAUAGUUUUCAGUUGAUAAUGUUCAUGUUUCAGUAGUGAAAGUAGCCAAGAUUACCACCUAAAUGCCAAGUGUGUAAAAAUGUACACUAUAUGAUUUUUCAAUGAAAUUUGGUUUAAAUGGGCUGACUUUAAAAUGUGGCACAUCCGAUGAAUUGGUUGUUGCUAUCUGAACCUACCAGGAUGCUGAGAUAAUCUCUGGAGGUCCUAAUUUGGUGCCCCAAUUGAUAUAGAUAUGGUGAGUUGGUCACUGAGGAGGAAAGGCUUUUAUGAUGCUUUGCUGGUGUCAUUUCAAUAUCAGUUGAAAAAACUUUUUCAUUCCUCCAGACGUUUUAGCUCAAGGAUAAUUUAGGGGUCAAGUUGCUCCCAAUGUACUUGGGGUGAGCUUUGUGAGCCCCAAGAUUCAUCUUUCUGAGCAGGUCUUGGCAGCAUCUCUAAUGUCAAGUGAUUCAUGCUUGACUUGGACCACACUUCGAUCUUAUCAAUUUAUUGCAAAUCUUUUGUUGUCACAGUAUAUAAAUAUACAUAAAAAUAAAUUAUAAUAAAAAUGUAAUUUCAGUAAGAUCACAAAAACUUGAGUAGAUUUUAAAAAUUCGGAAUCCUAUCCACCACCUUUUUUGCAUUCGGAAUCCUAUCCACCACCUUUUUUGCAUUUUAUGGAAAGCAACAACUCUGUGCCAUUGCAUCCCUUCCCUUUUUGCAACUUUGAUCAAGCAAGGUUUUGACCCAUCAUCCCUUGAGAUACACGCCCCAGGAUUGGUUUCUGUAAUAAUCACCUUUGGGAUGAUUAAAGAACUAUAAAAGAGCAAGAGCUUUUUAGUGGAGUGGUCCUUUUAAUCCAUGUCAUGGGAAUCUCCUUGCUCAUGGAUACAAGGUUUGAUUUCUCCAGGGAAGUACAGUUGUACCUUGGUUUUAGAACAGCUUAGUCCCUGAACGUUUUGGUUCUCGAACGCCGCAAACCCUGAAAUGACUGUUCCGGUUUACUAACUAUUUUUGGAAGCUGAAUGUCCGACGGGGCUUCCAGGGCUUCCAGUUGGCUGCAGGAGCUUAUUGCAGCCAAUGAGAGCCGUGCUUUGGUUUUCAAACAUUUUGGAAGUCGAAUGGACUUCUGGAACAGAUUCUGUUCGACUUCCGAUGUACGACUGUAGUUCACAUACUAGCCUCCAAGCUUCCUGGGGAGUGUGAUAUCCAGCUAAGUAACAGGUUGACCACGGAGAGCUCAGAUGAGGAGCAGCAGACCUAGAGUUAACAGUGGGGCCAUAGAGUGUGCUCUAGCUGGUUACUGGAGCCAGACAACUGUCCCAGAGCAAAAUUAAAUCUCUCCACUCAAUGCUCUGUUUAAAACCCAAGUUCCUCCUGCCUGGGGUUACAUCUAGUUUGUGUUCAAUCUCUGUAAAUAAAUAAGAGCCUCUAUAGCCAAUUGCUGCCGGGCCGUUUCAAAAUCUGGCUCAUUUGAAACUAAUAUCACAAAUUCUAUUUCCAAAAUGACUUAUCUCCUGAAGUCAGUUGCAGCGGGAGUGUGGUUCCCCCCCCCACAAAAAAUCAUCUCCAUUCAAUCAGGGAAACAGAAAUAAAACAUCUGUCUUCUGUAUCCAUACAAAACAUACUGAAUGCUAACUGCCCUGCCAAUUGCUCUGUUGGCUUGUCAUCAAGUUGCUUGGCAAAUUGUUCUAAGUUGGGACUGCCUGGAAGCUGCUAAUCUCUGCCGCCUCCCCGGUCAGUGCAGAGGCUGCCAGCAGCAUGCAUUUCCUGUGCCCCGGGGGCCUGUGUUGACUUCUGGGUCCGUUUCACGCUGUUUGGUUUCCUAUGAGCUGCACAGAGACCUGGCUCUGUCCUAUGUUCUCCUCCCCUGUCGGUCUUAUGGUCAUUUGCAGCAGAAAUUUCCUGCUGACAACAGGCUAUUUAGGACGGCACAGCCGGGGUGUCAAAGGUGUGUACAUGGCUGAGGGCCUCGUUUUGCUUGGUUCAAACUGUGUCCCUUGCUUUCUGCCCAUUGCACAGGUGGGGAAAUGGGAGAAGGGCAUCAUCCACAUGAAAUACCCAGUGUGGCCACGUUACGGAUCCUUCCUGCAGCCCAUGGCCGACAGCCACCACCUCACAGUAGCCACCCUGGAGGAACGGCCCUUUGUCAUUGUGGAGAAGACGGACCCAACCACCGGAGUGUGUGUCCGCAACACCGUCCCCUGCCGGGAACAGGCCAACCACACAAAGAGGUAAAUAGGAAGGCAGUUAAGGGGUGGGGGACUGCAACAAGGAUUUCUGAGACACACUUAGCACAAGCCUAUAUUUAGGGUUGGUUUGUGGAUAUGGGGUGCCUUUUGAGCAUUGAGCUCCCUGCUGCCUCCCCCCGCUGGCCAACUCCCCAGCAUAACCCUGCAGCAGGGUUAACCAACAUGGCGCCUUUCCAUUGCUGCUAGUCUACAAGCUCCUGACCAUCAGCCACAAUGUCUAGGACUGAUGGGAGUGGAUGUCCACCAACCUCUGGAGGAAGCCAUGUGGGCCUCCUCUGCCCCAUAGGCCUUCCCAUUGUAGCUGAAAUAGGGCAGUAUCCCAACUCCUGCAUCUCUAUAGCUCAGAUAUUUCCACUUGUGCAGUGGGACAUCCCAUGCCCUCCCUAAAAUUGCUUUGGAGGGUUGGGGGAACCCCUGGAACAGAUUUAAGGGGCACAUGGGAGAGUGGGUGGUGGUUUGGAGUGGGAACUUUUGCACUGACAGGACUUAUUGCUGCUUUGAGAACAGCCCGCAGGGUUCUUUCUUUCUUAACAAAGGGUUCAUGUUGUGGGCCGCUAUCAUUCACCUUUAUGCCUUCUUUCUCAUCAUAAAGAAUAUUCAGCAAGGCAGCCAUGAUCAUGUUUGAAUUCAGUGGCUUGAUCAGAUGGCCAGAUGUGGAACUCAGAUGUCCACAUUUUUGGAGAAUUCAUAAAGGGGUUGAUAACCCUUUGCAUAAUAACCUUUGGGGUUGCUUCUUCAAUGGCACGAACAUUCCAGCAGGGUCCGUGGUUGAGCUGGUGGCACCUUAUGCAACAGACUUAAUUCUUGUUGCCCUGGUGUUCUCUGUACCAAUCCUCUGCCAUGUGCUGACAAGUCCUUCAGCUGCUAUGUUCAUAUUUAUUUAUUUUCCUCCCUCCCCUCCCUCCCUCCCUCCCUCCCUCCCUCCCUCCCUCCCUCUACCCUCAGGUCUUGGGGCCAUAGCUGUCAACUUUUCCCUUUUCUUGCGAGGAAUCCUAUUCAGAAUAAGGGAAUUUCCCUUUUAAAAAGGGAAACAUUGACAGCUAUCCUCAGGGCGCUUUACAGGCUAAAAUCAGAAUAUAAAACCACAAAAUACACAACCAAAAUAAAAACAACAACCCAAUAAUCACACACACACACACACACACACACACACCAUUUUAAAAGGGCACAGUAGUCUUGGGACGAGGUGCUUGCACUUCAAAUAGCUUAGUUGCGAGUAGGGCUUGGCGAUAUCUGGUUUUCAGCAUUGCGAUAUAUCACCAGCUAAACAUUGCACUAUGCCAAUAUAUCGCAAUGUCUAUAAUAAGAAUGGGAACUAUGUAGAAGCAAACACGAGUCUACCAACUCAAAUAAUGCCAGCAUCAUAAGCCGUAGAUGCUGAAAGUUCGGCUUAAGCCUAUUCGAAGUUUCUUGGCUCCUCAGUAUAAACUGGACAAGCAUAUCAUGUUUGAAGCAGUCUGCCUGGCACUGACUUGCCUGCCCACCCACCACUCCUGCUGACCCAAAACCACAGAAACGACCCUCUGACUUUGUAUGGAUGUCUGAAAUGGGGAAGGGCUGUACCCUUUGCUGGCUCUGUGUGAAGCAAGAAGAUCAAACUUGUCAUACCCUCUGCAGUCUCCAGAGCAGAUCAGAGCCUGUGACUCUCUUUUCUGUAUCUGUGGGAAACAUAAUUAACUUUCCAAGACAAAAGGUGGCUGUGUGAGUCCGAGAGAGGCAAGCCACCUGAAGCAUGGAGGGGCAAGAAGAUGGACAAAUUCACUGGUGUGCUGACUGUCUUUCGAUUCAGUUGCAAAGCUGAGAGGAAGCUGCUGGGAGUCUUCUUUUGAUAUGAUGCCUUCCUUCAUCCUUCUUGACUCUGAGUGUGUGAGUGAUAAAGUUAUCCUUCCUGCUGCCUGCCCAAGGAAUAUGAGAAUCUGCCCCAGGCAGGGCCCCAGAGAAGUGUGCUCAAUAUCCAGAACCACAAAAGAAGCACAUCAGGACUUGACAUAUUUUAAUUUACAUCACACAAUUAAUUGAAUUUGCAUAAAAAUUACACAAACAUGAUGGAUGCUGGGCCACUGGCUGGAGGAAUCAUUGCCGUUAGUUUGAAAUGCCAUUUGUUUGCUUCCCAGGGUGGCACUAGAAGUGGGAGUCAUCUUGAUGGAUGAAAAUGAUUAUCAGUCAAUGGAGAUCUCAGAGGUUUUUUUUUUUUUACUUCUGAAAAAUUUAGCAGGGAAAACAUAGAAGUUACCUUGAGUGUUCCUGGCUGGCUGAGUCUUGGGAAUCAGAGCAUUCUUAUUGUUUCUUUUCUUUCUCCAUUGUUUUUUUUUAAAUUUACUGUUAUAUUUUUAAAUAAAUAUAGAAAUAACAAAAAAGAGAAAACAACUUGUAUGCAAAUCUCAAUGCAUCAUAGUUACAUCUGCUAUGUAUCAUAUCCUUACAAUGAGUAAGGCAAUUUUAAGAACCAGGUAGUCAGAAAUUAAGAUAAACCUCCCUUUUGCUAAAUGAUAGCAAGAUUAUCAAAUGAGAUUAUUUUUGUGUUUAGUUUAAAUUAUCUUCUCCUUCCAUAAUAAGGGUCACUGUGUUUUUAAUAGUUGCAUAAGAUAGUCGAAUUCAGUUCAGCGCAGCUUUUCCUAUCAUUGCAUUGGAAAAUCUUCACUUGCUGACUUUCUCUUGGACUUGCAGCUUUGAAAGACAAAGAAAAAUGCUGGCAACUGUAGUGUAGCAAGGAUCCCAGUGAGAAAUGCUGCUUCCUCUAAACCAGUAUUUCCCAAACUUGGGUCUCCUGCUGUUUUUGGACUACAGCUCCCAUCAACCCUAGCUAUCAAGACCAGUGGUCAGGGAUGAUGGGAGUUGUAGUCCCAAAAUCAUCUGGAGGGACGAGUUUGCCUAUGCCUGCACUAGGUGAUACUUUAAAUUGUAGUCCAAAAACCGUGGGAGACCCAAGUUAGGGAAACACUGCUCCAAACAGAGGUGGGGAACGUGUGUCCUGCUCCCAGCUGCUGCUAGACUCCAGUUCCCAUGUACCCUGACCAUUGGACAUGACUCCUGCAGCUGAUGGGAGCUCAACUACACCUGGAGGGCUAUAGGCUUCCCACCCUUGCUGCAAAACAUUGAAUGAAUUUGAAGUAGCGUUUUCUUAAUGCGGGAAGGACUCCUGUCCCAACACCGAUAGCUUGGUUUCUCUAGGCAAGAUGGGGUGGAGGCUCUGGAUGAGGUGUCUCUGGCUUGCAGGUAGAUUUGAAACCCCAGCAGCAGCAGAAACCCCUCCACUUCUAUGUCUAUAAAGGUAGCAUUUUCCCAGCAGGCUACCUGGUGAGCUGGCCCAUCAAUUACACUUCCAGGACUGCAUACAUGUGGUGACCCAGCAAGCAGACUCUCAAGGCUGUGGCUGCUCCUUGGAGGCAACUAGCUGGAAAGGUGGUCAUGGCAGUCGGUCUGCCGCGCGCCCCCACCGAGACCUAACCUGAAAAGUCUGCCCAUAGUUAUUAAUCACCUGCCUGUUGCCGACCUCUGCAGUCCUCUGAUCAAAGUUGUGUCAGCCAACCUGCUGGGUGAAGAAGCAAGCUACUUUCCCCAGCUCAGUAAAUGUAGGUUAAAAACUAUCGGAAGGCUUUUGCAGAAACACAGAUUCUGAAACUAACUUCCAAUGGGCAGUAUAUUCACAAGCACCCUGGGGAAAAAUGUGGUUUGGCAAGCCAGUUUUGAACAUAUGAAGCUGCCUUGUAGUGUGUCCAUCCAUAUUGUCAUCUGUUUAUUUAUUGGAAACAUUUCUAUGCAAUAUUUAAAGGUAAAGACCUUCUCUGUGAAAUGAAACAAAAAAAUGCAAUUAAGGAAAAUGACAGCAUUCAAAUAUUUCAAAUUUCAAUAAAGAGUAACUUAGUUUUUUUCUACUCUGACCGGCAAUAACUAAGGCUGUCUUCUUCAAUCUGGUGCCCUCCAGCUGGUGCUGGACUCCACCUCCCAUCAGCCCCAGAGAGUGUGGGCAGUGGUCAGGGAUGAUGGAGCUAGAGUGCCACAACAUCUGGAAGGCCCCAGAGUUGGGGAAGGCCAAGGCCUCUCCUGGCCUGAUUACUUGUUACCUUUUAGCUGGAGACGGUUAGGAUUUGGACCUGAAACCUUCAGGGAAACCCCAUUCUCUCCCAGUGAGCAUUGCCCACUAUGUGUUGUUGGCUGAAUUGUCCUACCAGGCAGAAAAGUGUUGUCCCCAUGCUUGCUUUUCUGGGGUUUGUAACCAGGUGCAGAAAUGUGGCGAGAUUCUAUUUCCCUGUCACCAGUUGGAAUUAAGCAGAUGGCCUGUGCGCCAAGUUGCCAUGUGGGGAAUGCUCACCUGGAUCCACGGCCUGAGAUCAAGUGAUGUUGCUGGUGGUGGCAGCAGCCACAGCAGUGGAGCACCCCCUUCCUUCCCUGUCCUUUUGAGCAGAGAGGAGGCGAGGACAAUUCCCUUGGAGAUCAGAUCAGUACAAAAGGAACGAGUGAGGUGCCGACAAACUGAUGUGUCUGGCUCUGACAUGCAAACUGGCUGUGAGCAAGUGAGACUUCAGCUAUCAUUUCCAACAACAACAAGUACAAUCUUUUAAGCAAGUCUAGUUUUAAGGUGGAACCUAAGGGUUGUUGUUUUUUGUUUUACCAGGCCUGUAUCAAAUGCUUUGUUGUCAGAGCCAGAACUCCUAAUCUUUCCUCUCUUUUCCUGGAGUGGUCUCUGACUAGAUGUUUUUUCCAGACUGUUUAGAAGACUGCUCAUCUCCCCGCAUCCCACUGUGGUGUGCAGAGUUUCCCAGACGUGAUUAGCAUUUUUCCUAGUGCUAAGGAUAGCAUGUCCCCUUCCUUAGGAGUUGAGCAAAGAUUGCCAGACACUCUAUUUCCCCCUCUGCCCACUUCCUCUUGAGCUAGGAGGCAUCCCCUCCAUGAAGCUUCUUGUAAUCAGUUACUCCUCCCUGCCUGCUGUCACCUCUCCCUCUUGCAUGCAUGUGACCCCCUCAACCUUUAAGAAGGAAAAGGAUUGCACAUACUCAAAGGUGAAGGAACAUUUCUGCAGACGGGACUUCAGCAAAUUUGCAAAAAACUGUCUGUUGUUUUUUCUUUGGGGCAGUAAGUGGAAAUGAGCAGGGCUAGUAGCCCUCAUUUGUUGUUGUUGUUUAGUCAUGUACGACUUUUCAUGACCCCGUGGACCAGAGCACGCCAGGCACUCCUGUCUUCCACUCCCUCCCGCAGUCUGGUCAGACUCAUGCUGGUAGUUUUGAGAACACUGUCCAACCAUCUCGUCCUCUGUCGUCCCCUUCUCCUUGUGCCCUUCAUCUUUCCCAACAUCAGGGUCUUUUCCAGGGAGUCUUCUCCUCAUGAGGUGGCCAAAGUAUUGGAGCCUCAGCCCUCAUAGAGAUGGGUAUUUUGGAAUCUGCUUUCUAUAACUAUCAAACCUAGUUGCGUGCCUCUUAUCACUCAUUCUACCUAGACACCUUGACUAUGUGUGCAGCCCAGCUAGGCUGCGUGGGGCUCCAGAAUGCCAGAACCUCACAGGUGCUUAGAGGGCAAUGGCAUGGGACAGAACAUGCUGACAGCUGUGUACUUCGUGAGAGCAUUUGCGUGCAAAGUUGACUUCAGUAAUGGCCAUCACACACAGAGAGAGGAAGAGAGAGAGAGAGAGAGAGAGUUCACCUUUGGUGGACGUGCCCAAGGAUUAAGGCUUUCUGGGAGAUGAUAUAUAAUGAAUUGAAAAAGGUAUUUAAAUAUACCUUCUUGAAGAAACCAGAGGCCUUUCUCCUAGGCAUAGUCGGCCAAUUGGUGCCAAAGAAGGACAGAACUUUUUUUAUGUACGCCACAACAGCAGCAAGAAUACGCAUUGCAAAGUAUUGGAAGACACAAGAUCUACCCACUCUGGAAGAAUGGCAGAUGAAGCUGAUGGACUAUAUGGAACUGGCAGAAAUGACUGGCAGAAUCCGAGACCAGGGAGAAGAGUCGGUGGAAGAAGAUUGGAAGAAAUUCAAAGACUACCUACAGAAAUAUUGUAAAAUUAAUGAAUGUUAGAAUGAUGUUGGAUAGAAAUUAAGUGGUUUCCAGCUGUAAUGCUUUAAGGGAAUAUGAAAAAUGGGUUGUUAAUAGGUAAAAAUCUAAUGUUACUAUUUUAAGACCAAAGAUUAGGAUAAACAAAGAGGGUAAGGAUUUGCUGAACCAACAAAUUGAACUGGAAUACAAAAAAGGGAGGUAUGAGGAGGUCCGGGAAACAAGCUAAGGAAAAAUAAGUAAUGGAAAAAUUGAGUGGUUUUUAAUCAUUUUUAUUUUGUAUUCUGUAUUUUUUCUUUCUUUUCUUUUUUUUUCUUUUUUGUCAUUUUUAUAUUGUAACAUUUGGAAAAUCUCAAUAAAUAUAUUAUAAAAAAAAGAGAGAGAGAGAGAGAGAGAGAGAGAUGUUUGUGAGAUAGGAAAGGUGGGAGCAUCAGCCUCUCUUGCCACUGAUAAAGUUAUAUUGCAAAAAUUGUAUGAUUGGGAUGUGGCUGGCUGCCACCUCCAAAUGACUGGGUUCUAGCCCCUCUGAGAAAAGAGUGAUGGAGCCAGUCGCUAUAGUGUUGCUCUGAGUAAACAGGGAAGGGGCCAGGGAGUUAGGCGGAGAUCACCCUCACGCUUAAGAGAUCAUUGGAGAGCCCCAGCAUGGCCACAAUGCAGGAGGCAAAGGACUACUAAGCAUGUCCUAUGUGUGUGUUUUUAAUAUAUCCUUCUUUCAGUGGAGAAGAACCAAUGGAUCCCUAUACCAAGCUCUGCUGCAAAGGCUUUUGCAUUGAUAUUCUAAAGAAGCUGGCCAAGACAGUGAAGUUCUCCUAUGACCUCUACCUGGUGACAAAUGGGAAACAUGGGAAAAUAGUUGAUGGCUUCUGGAAUGGCAUGAUCGGAGAGGUAAGGAAAUACGCGAAGGUUGCAUUUUCCUAGGAAAGUCUUUGCAACACCUGUAUAGCGAGUAACAGAGAAGUCAUCGGAUGUGCAAGAUCUGGGACUCUCCUGAUGCCUCUGUUAGAGUACUGUUUCCCAGACUCAUUUUUGGACAACAACUCCCAUCAUCCCUAGCUAGUAAGACCAGUAGUCAGGGAAGAUGGGAAUUGUAGUCCGAAAACAGCUGGAGACCCAAGUUUGAGGAAAAACUGUGUUAAAAUGAGAAUGGAUAUAGAGUUGGAUCAAUCCUUCUUCCCAGAGAAUUUUAGGAAUUGUAGCUGUUGGAGGGGAAUAGGGGUCUCCUAGCAGCUCCCAGCAUGCUUAACAAAUUACGGCUCCCAGAAGGACUGUUUCAAGUGGUAUCAUAGUGCUGUAAUGUCUGGUGUGAAUGUGGCCUCUGUACAUCAUUUGUUAGAAAAGUUUGUUCCAUGGGUUCAGUUUACAUUUCUCUAGCUGUUGAUCAUACAUUUUAAACCCCGUCCGUAUUUAGAUGCCAUUUGCAGCAUGGAUGUAACAGCCACAUUCAGAAAAAUCACAUGGUGGAGUCCUCCCAGGACUGUUCCUAUUCCCAAUACAAACUGGGGUGGGGAGAGCUAUAAGACAGAGCUAUUCCGCCUGGCUUUCAAUUUGAAUUUAGCCUGAUCUUUUAUUCCCCUUCCUUUCCUCCCCCUCCCCUUUUUAUGAAGAUUACCCGUUCUGGGAUCCCACAGCUAAUUCUCCCCCGGUCUCCUCGCUGGCCCAAAUAGGUUUAAUUUAGCCAGCUAGCCCUGGUGAUCAUCUAAUGUUUAUUGGAUAGAUUUCCCCCCUAAAUUGAUUUUUGAAUUCUGAAUUUAUUGUCAUUCACGUUUUAUACUGUAUUUCAUGCUGUUUUUUCUUGCAUCAAUUAAGUGUUUUAAAUUUGUUGUUAGCCGCCCUGAGCCCGGUUUUCUGAACUGGGAAGGGCGGGGUAUAAAUAAGAAAAUAUUUAUUUAUUUGUAUUAUAUGUAGGAACACUUAUGUCACAAAUGUCCUGUGAAACAGGAAGGAAGGUUCUAGCCUCCUCUUCUUCCUUAUGCCCUUUGUGUGCGGCAGGAGAUCUCCAGGUAGAGCAGAAAUCAAACAUACAGCUUGGCCAGUGCUGUCAUGUCAGAAUUUGCAACCAGGGGAGAGUCAGUUUUAUCUGACCUGUUAGAAAAGGGAUGGAAAAAUAUUGACACAUUACACCAGGCACAGCUUUGGUGUGCUCCAGCUGCUUUGGAUCAGCCCGGUAAGGAGCCAUAAAUCCAUCUGAACUGGCUGAGUCACCAGAGCAGCACUAAGUGGCCACUGUGUGUGCUGGCAAAUACAGCUAAGCAGCCCUGAGAGGGGGAAAAGGCGGUCAUUGGCAGCAAUGAAAUUGGGAGUGGGGUAUUAGGCAUGCAGCCCCGAAUUCUAGCUUGAACGCUCGCUGUUUCUCCAUAAGUAGACACUAUUCUCACUCCAGGAUUCCAUCUAUUAAAAUUUUCCACUAGAGAAAAUGGGACAAGACUUCAGAAGAACCGGGAAGCGCCUGUGAUCUGAAGCUGCCUCAGAAACACAUGGCGGGAACAGUUUUUCAAGCGAAUCUUUCUGAACUUUCAGUAUUGCUAGCUAUGGGUAUUGUUAGACUUGAGGGGUUUAAGAUGCAGUGGGAAAAACGAAACAAAACAAACAAUUACAGAUUGGCAGAUACUCAUGUUAGAAUAUUUACAACUAGCAAAACUGAUGGGAAGAGUUAGAGGAGUAUUGAACCAGAAAAUAUUUGGAGAAUAUUUAAGGAUUAUAUAAGAUCAUAUUGUACCAACCACACCAUAUUAGCAGAACUUGAAUGAUACUUGUAAACACAACAAAUACUGUUUGUGGAGUUGUUGUUUAGUCGUUUAGUCGUGUCCGACUCUUCGUGACCCCAUGGACCAGAGAACGCCAGGCACUUCUGUCUUUCACUGCCUCCCGCAGUUUGGUCAAACUCAUGCUGGUAGCUUCGAGAACACUAUCCAACCAUCUCGUCCUCUGUCGUCCCCUUCUCCUUGUGCCCUCCAUCUUUCCCAACAUCAGAGUCUUUUCCAGGGAGUCUUCUCUUCUCAUGAGGUGGCCAAAGUAUUGGAGCCUCAGCUUCACGAUCUGUCCUUCCAGGGAGCACUCAGGGCUGAUUUCUUUAAGAAUGGAUAGGUUUGAUCUUCUUGCAGUCCAUGGGACUCUCAAGAGUCUCCUCCAGCACCAUAAUUCAAAAGCAUCAAUUCUUCGGCGAUCAGCCUUCUUUAUGGUCCAGCUCUCACUUCCAUUUGUGGAGUAGAUGGGAACAAUAUUAAAGAAUAUAAAACUGUGCAGAAAAAACGACAGUAUAAACAGUACAAUGAGAAUGAUUGGAAGACUCGUUUUGUCAGAAGUCUUUUUUAUUUAAGUGUUUAUUUAAGUAUUAGGAAGGUUUUUUAUGCACGUAAAUCUGCUUUUUCUGCUUGCUUUUUUCUGUAUUUUCUUUUUUCUGUAUUUUCUUUAAUUUUCUUUUUGUAGUAUGAGAUUGUAAAUUCUUCUAAAUUCUUUGUAUAUGUGUGUAAUUUAAAUUAAUAAAGAUUUUUUUUAAAAAAAAAAGAUGCAGUGGGGUAGGGAGGAACCUCCACAAGGUAUUGAAUUUAGCAAGUUGUGGCAUAAUGUUGCUGGCCCUAUUCAGCCUCUUCUCAACCCUUGCCUUUUGGGGUGGGGCCAAGAAGGAAGGAGGAUCGGCGGCAGCAGCAUCACCAGCACGGACCGUGUGCAAAAGGGGGAGGAGCCAGUUGAGGCAGAGCCGGCCCUACCAUGCCACAAGGGGAAGUGGCCCUGCUUAAGGUGUCCCCCCAUGGGAGGAUAUAUGAAGGCAGGAAGUGGUGUGCAAACGAUACAGUGAGGCUUUCUUAUUGGCUGCAGUUGUGGAGGGUCUCCAUUUGAACUCCAGACUGAGAAAUGUCUUGGGCUGCCACUGUCUUUUGCUGAGGGAGGAAAGGAUUACUGCUCAGACAAGUUGCAGAUUAUAGCAGGGUCCACACUUGAGAUUGAACUGAAGGUUGAAGGUUCGAUUGUUGUAGAUCCUGAACUUUUGAAUUGGUACGAAUUUUCAUCCCGCCUUAAUUACCCCAGUCCUGCAUUUACAGCCUCAUUUCCUCACUGCCACUAUUUGGCUCUAAUGCUUUCUUUGCCUUAGGUCUUUCUCAACAUCAACAUCAUCGUCUGUUGCAGGCAUAGUGUGUGCUGUGAAUGUGAGUCUCUGUGCUGCGAGAGUUUGGGGUCAUGUCAUUCAUUCAUUCACAGGGCUAUUACUGACUCACCCGCAGUUAGCUGCCCUCUCUGACCUGCCUCCCCACCAGCUCCCCUGGUUCUGGGGAGAAGCAUCUUAGCCUGGUCGAAAGGAUCCCUACACUAAGUGGUCUCGAGAGCGGAGGCUGUGCAGGCGGGGAGUACAAAGAACCUUUAUAUAGCCACGGCAAUGUCAUUUCUUCUGCCUAGGUCGCAAGAGUGGAACAAAGCAUAAUCAGAUGUUCCCAAGGCAGACAGAGCAAUAUUAAAGACAAGAUGAUAUUUCUGACAGGAAGGGGAGAAGGACAGUGCACCUGACAUCAAUAUAAAAAUGCUGUGCAAAUAGAAGAUUGGUGUCUUGGGAGGGAGGGUGCACACUGCCACCUUACCAUGGGCCAUGAGGACAAGGAGCCAACGCAGACAAUGCUAGUCAUUUUGCACAUGGAAAUCUGCCAUAUUUGGGAGGCAUCUAUGUUAGAACCAUUUUCCCUUAUUAUUUAGUUUCCUAUAGUGUAUUUGUGUGAUCUGUCCGUUGCCCUAUCCUAGCUCCUGCCAACCUAGAAGUUCGAAAGCACACCAGUGCAAGUAGUUGAAUAGGUACCACUAUGGUGGGAAGGUAAAUGACAUUUUCGUGCGCUCUGGCUUCCGUCACGGUGUUCCUUUGCGCCAAAAGCAGUUUAGUCAUGCUGGGCCUAAUGACCCGGAAAGCUCUCUGUGGACAAACGCCGGCUCCCUUGGCCUGAAAGCGAGAUGAGCGCCACAACCCCAUAGUCACCUUUGACUGGACUUAACCGUGCAGGGGUCCUUUACCUUUACCACUAGUACAUUCAUGCAGAUAGGUUGUCCAGGGAGCAAUUCUAUAUACAUUUCCUUAGGGCAGUGGUUCUAACCUGUGAGUCCCCAGAUAUUGUUGGACUACAACUCCCAUCUUUCCUAGCCAGCAUGACCAGUGGUCAGGGAUGAUGGGAGUUGUAGUCCAACAACAUCUGGGGACCCACAGGUUGAGAACCACUGCCUUAGGGUAAGUCCCACUGUGUUCAGUGAGACUUACUCGUAUAGGAAGCUUCCUUAUCUGUGUCAGACCAAUGGUCCAUCUAGUUCAGUGACUGACAGUGGCUCUCCAAGGUGAUUUCAGGCAGGCUUCUUUGCCAGCCCUACUUGGAGAGCCAAUGGAGAUUUAACCUGGGAUAUUUUGCAUGCAAAGCUGAUGAUACCACUGAGCUAUGGCCCUUGCCAGACGUGUGUGUAUAAGGUUGCAGCCUCUUCCGCUUGUUAGAGAUGCAGCACAAGAUAGGGAAGGGAUCAAUGAGUGCAAGAUGCUCUGCUCAGUUUGUGUGCAGCUGGCUCUGCUGUGGUGUUUUGUGUGUGCGUGGGGGGGGGAUUUAUUCCUGUCGUUUCAUUCUUUUCUAGGUGUAUUACAAGCGAGCAGACAUGGCCAUUGGGUCCCUCACCAUCAAUGAGGAGCGCUCGCAAAUUGUGGAUUUCUCUGUGCCCUUUGUGGAGACCGGCAUCAGCGUCAUGGUAGCAAGAAGCAAUGGGACCGUCUCGCCUUCUGCUUUUCUAGGUAUGAGCACUGAAAAAGAGGGACUUGCUAUAAGUUGUUGCUGCAGAAUGGGGUUCCCUUGUUCACUGUUUCAGCCAGCCAUGCCUUUUGCCAUGAUAUUCUGUUCCUUUCUCUCCCCCCCCCCCCGCAAGUGUCCUGUAGCCACUGAACAUAUUCGUUCUUCAUUUGGCUUUGAGGUGCUGGUGGUGGUGGAGUCCCAUCCCAUCCUGUCCCCAUCCCCUCCAAUUUUAUUUUUAAAGAUGUCUUGUACUUCUAUAAACCUCAGUGCCCCCCGCUCCAGGCUGCUGAUGCCUCCUCCUUGUGUGCAGAUGAUGCUGUUUUGGCUAUAGAGUAGAACCUCUACUUACGACUGCCUCUACUUGAGCCCAAUCCAAGUUGCAACCGCGGCAAACCCAGAAGUAAAUACAGUGGUACCUCUGGUUGCAAAUGGGAUCCAUUCCAGAGGCCCAUUUGCAACAUGAAAAGAGCGCAACCCGCAGCGGCGCAUCUGCACACACACAGAUUGCGAUUCACUGCUUCUGCGCAUGCGCAUGACGUCAUUUUGCACUUCUGCGCAUGCACAAGCGGUGAAACCCGGAAGUAACCCUUUCCAGUACUUCUGGGUCGCCGUGGGACGUAACCUGAAAGCACGUAACAUGAAGUGGACGUAACAUGAGGUGUGACUGUACCGGGUUUGCCCCAAUUCGCACAUGCGCAGAAGCGGCUGCCGUCGUCUGCACAUGCACAGGAGCACGCUGCCGCCGAAUGCGCCUGUGCACAACGGUGCUUCUACCAGCGCCCUGGAUUGACUUACGGACGGACCUCCGGAACUGAUUACGUCCGUAAGUAGAGGUUCCACUGUAUAAGGAUUGGCCCUCACCUCUGAUUGUCACAAAUAGAGGAGAGGGUUUGCUGAUGCCAGAUCCAAAUCAUGUGUGCUAGAGAGAAUUGAGCACUUUUAUAACUGCCUAGAUAUUUGGGGUGCUAACAUUCAGUUGUGGCUGUACAUAAUGCUUCCCUGAUUUCAGUUUUCAAGCUGAAAACUACGAUUUGUGGGAGAAUAGAAAUACUUCCAAAAGGAACACUUAGCACGACCGGUCGAUUUCAUAACAUUGUUUGGUGUUGUUUCCCUUGGUUAAUGUUGAGUCUAAGCCGUUUUUUCGUUGGCUGAUUGUGGAAGCGGUGAUAUGGGUGAUUCCCAACAGUUGGGGAGCAUGUAAUGAACAUGUAAUGAGUGACAUCAAAUGCUAAAUUGCUAAUGAGAUGAUGCAACUGAGGGCAGGUAAAGGUCGUUGAGGGAGUGGAGAAGAAGAGAGGACAAUGUAAAUUGUAAAAGAAUGGAGCAUCAACUUGAAAAAGGGAGGUGUCUAUCCUUUCAAAAGUUCUUAUAAAAUGCUGUGCCGCUUUGCCUUGAACCAGAAAAUUGGGCAACCAAUUAAGAGAUUAAUGAAUUGGGCUGAUACAAACAGGAAGGAACUGGCUGAGAGAACAGAGGCUGUAGGUGACCUGGGUAGAUCUUGUCAUGAAGUGAUAGCUUGAGAAGUUAAGGUGAGCAGUAGGUAAAAGAACAAUGAGCAUGAAAUAAGGUGUUGCUUUGGGAACUGACAGGAAAAGUCACACGUUUGGAAAUGCUAAAGGGAAAGGGUAUCAAGGAAGGUUGGCAGCAAGGAGAUACCAUCAGAUGUACAGUUGCCAGCGAUUCCCCUUCCAACACCAAGGAAAUAUAGCAGGGCUCGGAAGAGGCUGAGCUGUCAAGAUAUAUGAUAUUAAUUACACCCCCUUAUCUAUUAACAUGAGUUUAUUCCAUCAGUGGAGGAAACUAGCUUAGCCUGGCAUGAUUUGUUCUUAACAAAUUCAUGCUGAUCUCUGGUAAUCACCCUGUGUUGUCCUAGAGUCUUAGAGAUGUAUUGCUUCAUUAUCUGUUCUGAUAUUGUAAUGGUUCUAGGGGUUGCUUGUGCGUAAGCCGGUGCUUAUCUCCCCGGCUGGGUGCAAACACCUGGCUGGGUUGCCUAAGUGAACCUUUUCUGUCCGGACAGCCACUCACCCGUGGCUGACUCAACCGUUGGCAGAAUCCGUCAGUGGGCGUUUCUUAAACUUCUUCCAGCAAAGAAGCUCUUUGACGCCUAGUCUCCUCCUACUCUCUCUGGGCGAAAGCCUUCUGCGCAAGGAGGGCGUGGGCAGCGGAGGACCCCUACUCUCCCCGCUGGUCCCAGGCAAGGAGUCAUGGGACCGCCUCGCCGCUUCCCCCAUCUGCCCCCCUUCUCCACUGGUGCUACGCUGAUUCUCUUCCCCAGAAGAUGGGCUGCUUCUCCCGAUCCCUGGACGCUCUCUGGAAUCCCUCUGGCUUUUGCUCUCUCCCUCCGGCACUGAUGGCAGUUCCCUGACAGAUAUGUUUCCAGAGACUUAAAGCGCCAAUACAUUCUCUCGUGUCCCUUUCAUUUCUUUUGGAAAAAUUUAACCUUUCCCCAGUGGAGUCUCAUUCACCUCUCAAAAUCUGCCGAUAGACCAGAGUUCUCCAGAAAGAGUGUAGAAACUUCAUUGUGAGCUUCUCAAAGGCCCUCAGCAACAUUUGACACACACACCCCAGCUCCCACACUGCCUUCCCAAAGCCAGGCAAACAAGGCGCUGGGCUUUGGGAAGAAGGCAUGAGGGCUCUGACAUGGUCCUGGAGUUCUCCCACCAACCUCCCAAAGCCUAGUUAGUGAUCUCCCAGCUUUGAGAAGGAGGUGGGAGGGCUCUAGGAUCCUGUCAGAGCCUUGCGACCCCUUCCCAAAGCCUGGUGCCUCACUCAGUCAGCUUUAGAAAGGCAGUGCAAGGGCGUGUGUCAAAUUUGGGCCUUGUGUGUGUGGCCUGCAGGUUCUGUGUCGAAGUAUUCUUGCGGCUCACUUGAUAUGAAAAGUUGGGCUGCCCAGCUGCAGAGCAAAGCAGUAAAAAGCAAGUUCAUCAACGGUUUUAUAGUGUACUCAGUGCUUCUUGGAUGAAAUGUACUGUAGGAUAAAAAUUUAUUGCUCUAAUGAUGUCUCCUGACUGAUGGGCGCUCCGUUGAUGCAUUGCUACCAAAUGCAUCAAUUACUUGGCGGCGUCCAUAGAGUAGUUUGGGACAGAUACAGUGUGGGAGGCGGCACUUAAGUUUUAAACUUGCGUGUUGGAUUAUCAGCGUUAAGAGUUCAUUUCCCACUUAAAGUAUUGGUUUUUUUAUCAUGGGCCAAUUAGCUUGCUAGCACUCCCCUCUGGCAAGCUCUUUCAUCUGUUUAGUGCUGGAUAGCUUGAGAAUUGUGCUGAAGCCAGCCAUAUAGCUUCAGUUUAUACUGCACCCGUGGUUCCCAGAAUCUCCCGUGUCCUUCCUUUUGUUUAUUGUGGUCUAAAUUCCUUACAUCAUCCCCACAGUGUAGAAAGUCUAGCAUAAUACGGUCUCUGCAUAUUAAACAUAGCAGCCCUUGGCGGUGGUGACUCUUUUAUUGGGUAAUUUGCUUGCAACCCCUGUUUACAAGGAUGUUGGAUGUAUUGUUAUGGCUGCUAGCCAGCCAUUCCUUUGUCGGGGAGAUGGCUGGUUAAUAGCCUAGGAUAGCUGGUAGUUUACUUUUAAUGGGAGCUAAUCAUUAGACAGACUCUUGAUGUAGAGAUCUCUCCAAAAAAGUUUCAAAUAGAGGAUAGCUUGGAAAGUGAAGUUAUCUCCCUUCCUGCAGCCAGAGGGAGAGAGCUGGUGUAAGGUGCAUGCGUGUAGCAAGGUAGAGUCAGUAUGCAUGAAAUUGCAAUUGUCUUUCCAUAUGCCAGGCAGUGGGACUAUGUGCUGUGAUCUAAACCACUGAGCCUUUUGGGCUUGCCGAUUGGAAGGUCGGUGGUUCAAAUCCCCACGAUGGAGUGAGCUCCCGUUGUUCUGUCCCAGCUCCUGCCAACCUAGCAGUUCGAAAGCAUGCCAGUGCAAGUAGAUAAACAGGUACCACUGUGGCAGGGAGUUAAACAAUGUCUCCGUGCGCUCUGGUUUCCAUCAUGGUGUUCCGUUGUGCCAGAAGCGGUUUAGUCAUGCUGGCCACAUGACCCGGAAAGUUGUCUGUGGACCAAUGCUGGCUCCCUUGGCCUGAAAGCGAGAUGAGCACUGCAUCCCAUAGUUGCCUUUGACUGGACUUAACCGUCCAGGGGUCCUUUACCUUUUACCUUUUGACUAUGUGCCUGCGUCUGUCUAGAUUACACUGUGUUCCCCCCAUGUUAGCAGCCGCAGUGUAGCUCAGUGGGCAGGGAAGGACCGGAGCACACCAUUUGUUUACUUUUCCUCCCGAUCAGAUUUUUGUUUGUUUGUUUGUGUGUGUGUGUGUGUGUGUUUAAUCGCACUUUUAAAAAAUGCUCCUGCACAAUUACUUCAGUAAUAUCAAAUAAUCUUCAGAAGCGUUUAAAAGCCAAAUAGAGGGAGAGAGGCGUAAAAAUGGUAGCAGUAGAGCAGCAAUAGAGUUGUGAUUGCACAAAAGGAUGGGUACCUUUGUAGGUGCGCUUGAACACAUCAUAGGCUCAUUUGAAACAGCGGCUGCACAUACACAAUGAUGAAGGUGAUAAUUUUACUAUUUGUAUUCCGCCCAUCUGACUGGGUUGCCACUCUGGGCAACUUCUAGCAUAUACAGAAACAUAAUAAAACAAAGAGAUAUUAAAAACUCCCUAUACAGUGGUACCUCGGGUUAAGAACUUAAUUAGUUCCGGAGGUCCGUUCUUAACCUGAAACUGUUCUUAACCUGAGGUACCACUUUAGCUAAUGGGGCCUGCCACUGCGCCGCCGGAGCACGAUUUCUGUUCUCAUCCUGAAGCAAAGUUCUUAGCCCAAGGUACUAUUUCUGGGUUAGUGGAGUCUGUAACCUGAAGCGUCUGUAACCUGAGGUACCGCUGUACCAUACAUCUAAAACAGGUGACUUCCUUGAAGAAUGAUGGGAAAUGGUAGCUUACACUUCACAGAGCUACAGUCCCCCAGCACCCUUAACAAACUAUAGUCCCAGGGUCCUUUGGGGAAUGUCAUGUGCCUUAAAUGUAUGGUGUGUGUGCAGCCAAUGAAGUGCAGGCCCCUUGGGCAGGGGCGGAGCCUGCUGCUACAUGGUCACCUCUGUGAGUUGUGUUGUUUAUCCAUGGGUGUAUCAUAGCUGAAAAGGGCUUUCUCCUUUUCCCACUUGGGAGCUGAGAGAUAUGGACAAAACCAGACGCUUUGGUUCUAGCUUGUUAUAUCGCGGAAUUUAUUGUUUGCCCUCGAAGGAAGGGAUGCAUUUCCUUCCACUCCACGGAGCUCCCUUGGAAAUGAAUUGCUCAGUGCCAGGUGAGGACACUGGCUUCUCAUAGGCUCCCAUUAAAGCCCCUCUGAGGCAGGCAGGGCUUCCUGAGAGCUGCCCCUCCUCCUUCCUGUUGUGAAACAAAAGCUGUCACUUCCUUUCUUGUGUUUCUCUGGCACCAACCGUCAUCUAUGCCGAAAGCUGAAGGCACUAAAAUAAACAACAAAAUAAACAACAGGGAGGCAGAAUUAUCGCUGCAAUCAGUCGAGGGGGGUCAUAUCAGGCUCUCUCUUGGAACGGCAAACACAUAAUUACGGAAACAAAAGGGAAUCUUUGUUGGAGAUUAGUGAAAACAAUAUCCAUUGGGAAGAUAAAUUAAUGUAGCUAUGCAUCUGCAAGAGCCUUGCGUGAAAUAUUAGCUUUUUAGCUAUGUUGAGUGAGCGCUGGCAAAUGUUUAGGUGCAAGAAAGGUGGUAGCCUGUCUUCCGUCAGUUGCUGGUUCCGAAAAAGAGGCACACGUAUUACGUUACACGAGUUAGCACCUCGCAGUAUGGUGCUGAGCAAGUGAGCUGCAUCUUCCGGGGGUGGGGUGGGGGGGAUCCAACGUCAUGCUGUUGUACUUUGGAAAGCUUUGAAAUGCCAUCCUCGAUGCACAACAGCUGUGUUUUGCCUUUUGACACGGCAAGUGAUUGAUUGGUCUAGUAUUUCAAAUAGAAGCUUGUUUAACAGUCGGGGGGAAUCUAUUACACCUCAUGAGAGGAUCUGUUUUGCAGAAAGGCAGGCAGUGGCUGAUUCCCGGGGAAGUGGAGAUUUGUUGAGUCCACUAGAGGAUCAAGUGCAAGUUCAGUUUAAAGGAGCAUCCAGUACUCCUAGGGAGAAAAGCAGUAGCACACCGAUGGCAUACGCUUAGCAGGGAGUAAGUGCAUUCGGAAAUCAAGAGGGUACCAUUUUGCCUACUGUUUUACAGGUGGGGAUCGCUGCCCAAAGGCACAAGUACUAUCAAAACCCCAUCUGGCAGGGAUUUGGAAAGUUGAUAGUAUUGACCAACAGAUGUGCAUUUGCUCAGUGAACCAGCAUCAUCCCAUGGCUCUGAGCUGAGUUCCCUUGUGCCUUCAGUGUGGGUGGAAGCAGCCCAUUGCAUGCCUGGUCCACAGCCAGAAUAUUAAAAUGGAAUAGAGGCAGGAAGCUGUUUUUUAAGGGCAGUAGUGGCUGGCAGAAUGGAGCAGCAUUGCUUACCACUGCAGAGGGUGCCGCUGGUAACUGAGAUGGGGGAGGCAGUGGGGAGGCUGGCAUGAUGUGGGUGCAGCGCUGGAGUCUGCCCAUUUGCUCCCACUUUGUGCCAGCCUCCAUGCCAGCUCCCCUCUGGUAGUGACCUCUGCCAGCCUUUACUGGUUAAGGGUAAGCGUGGCAUGUAGAAGUGUACAGUGGUACCUCGGGUUAAGUACUUAAUUCAUUCCGGAGGUCCGUUCUUAACCUGAAACUGUUCUUAACCUGAAGCACCACUUUAGCUAAUGGGGCCUCCCGCUGCUGCCGCACUGCCGAAGCACGAUUUCUGUUCUCAUCCUGAAGCAAAGUUCUUAACCUGAGGUACUAUUUCUGGGUUAGCGGAGUCUGUAACCUGAAGCAUAUGUAACCUGAAGCGUAUGUAACCUGAGGUACCACUGUACCCCCCCCUUUAGAGGAAUAUGUACUUUAUUUUAUUUUUUUAAAAAAAGAGGAGAGGGCUUGUCAGAAACCUCUCUCGGAACCUUUUACUUACCGUUCAGAAAAAUAAAAGAAUCAGACAUUUAAAAAAUUCCUCUAGGACAAAGACACUUCUCUGAUCUGGAUUUAAAAAAACACACAUGCACAAAAACCAGGGAGAUUCUACAUGCCAGAUCCUCUUAACAUCACAGAAAAGAGUGGCUGCCUCUUGCAUUCACGGUCCCCCUGGUACACAGUAAUUACCUGUACUAUAGUUAUCAUAUAACACACUCUGUGUGUGUGUGUGUGUGUGUGUGUGUGUGUGUGUAUGUGUGUACCCCCACACAUUUUGGACUGGGAACCUGAAGUGAUCAUCUCUAAAGCCUUUCGGAAGCCAUAGAAAUACUGGAGCAACUCAAAACAAAAAAGGCUCUUAAGAAUGGGGGGAACAUAAAGGCAAGAAGAGGGAGCUACCUGCCCCCAUCUAACCAUCUGGAUGCAGGGCAGGGGGGGGGGCAAAACUAAGCCCAGAGAAAAUUAGGGGCCAUUCCUGCUGUUGUUCUUGGAUUCCCACCCAGCGCUGCUUGCUUUUCUGGAUCUCUUCUCUUUCUCAUCUGCCUCAACAUGCUAAUGAAGUGCAUCUGAUGCCAUCAGAUAAAGUUUUUGUCCUCCUUGACAGGGAAGGACAAGCUGACAAAUGGGCCUCUGUUGCUGUAUUUUGAGGGCCUGAAUUAAUCCCAUCCUUCAGUCUGCCCUUUAACGCUGGAGCUCUAUCUCUCAGUCUGCUGCUGUCAUCAGACAACUGCUUGGGCUCUCUGUUUGCUCCUCUUCCCCUCCUCUCCCCCCUGUGUUGCUCUCUUCCUCAGUUUGAUCACGUCCGCACGGCUCCUGCUUAGAGGAAGAGAUGUGGUGUCUCAGCACAAGCCAGUCCUCGCAGUAUACGCAAGCAGGGGAACCUCGGCCUCAGCUGGCAUUCCCCCAACCUCAGCCCACACUGAGUGAUAACCAAAAGAGCAGCAGAGUAUGUGCAGCUGGCUUCCUCCACCUCCGGCCCUUUAAAAGCAGAUUUGCGGGCACCUAGGGCCCGACAGAGGGACGCGGGUGGCACUGUGGGUUAAACCACAGAGCCUAGGACUUGCCGAUCAGAAGGUCGGUGGUUCGAAUCCCUGUGUCAGGGUGAGCUCCCGUUGCUCAGCCCCUGCUCCUGCCAACCUAGCAGUUCAAAAGCACGUCAAAGUGCAAGUAGAUAAAUAGGUACUGCUCCGGUGGGAAGGUAAACGGCGUUUCCGUGCGCUGCUCUGGUUCGCCAGAAGCGGCUUAGUCAUGCUGGCCACAUGACCCGGAAGCUGUACGCCGGCUCCCUUGGCCAAUAAAGCAAGAUGAGCGCCGCAACCCCAGAGUCAGCCACGACUGGACCUACGGGUAAUGGUCAGGGGUCCCUUUACCUUUACUAGGGCCCUACAGAUGUUGUUGGACCGUAGCUGCCAUCCUCCCUGACCACUGGUCAUGCUUGUUGGGGCUGAAGGGAACUUGUUUAUUUGCAAAUAUUUCUAUCCUCCAACAUUAAGGGUGGGGGGAAUGGUGGCGAAGAGCAUAAAAUAAACAAGGAAGUUACAUUAAUAAAAGUUCAAAAUGCAUCACAGAUUAAUACAUCAGCACAGCUGGAUCACCCAUCAGAGGAAUUCUGAGUGAACAGAGGAGUUUUAAGCAGGUGCCUAAAUGUCAGGAGGUGCCUGCCUGGUGUUCAUUUGAGAGCACACACCAAAGGGGAGGUGCCGCCAUUUCAAAGACCUUGGAUCUUUGUGGACUUAAGACAAACCUCAGGAGCAAAUGGCACUACAGUGGUACCUCGGGUUAAGAGCUUAAUUCGUUCUGGAGGUCCGUUCUUAACCUGAAACUGUUCUUAACCUGAAGCACCACUUUAGCUAAUGGGGCCUCCCGCUGCUGCCGCGCCACCGCCGUGUGAUUUCUGUUCUCAUCCUGAAACAAAGUUCUUAACCUGAAGUACUAUUUCUGGGUUAGCAGAGUCUGUAACCUGAAGCGCCUGUAACCCGAGGUACCACUGUACUAAGGAGUGUCUCUCUCGAGAAUUGAGGUGUCCAGGCAGGAUUACAAGGUAACUUGAUCCCAAGCUGUUCAGGGCUAUAUGGUAAUAAUAAGACCUUAAUGACGGCACAUUCUGAGGAAUCUCUACAGAGACUUGUCAGCCAUUUUGCCCAAGCCUGCAGGCAGUUCAGUCUUACCAUCCGGCUGACGAACUCCAACAUCCUGGCUCCGGACAUUGCCAGUACUCCACGCAUCAGCAUUGCUGACCACACACUCGAGGUGGUAGAUGAGUUUGUCUACUUGGGUUCCACCCUAAGCAGCAUCCUCUCCAUUGACACUGAGCUGGACAAGCGUAUUGGCAGUGCAGCUACGGCAAUGGCUCACCUCUCAAAGGGUAUGGGUGAAUGUGAUGCUAACGUCUCAUACCGUGAUGAAGGUCUGCCAGGCUUGAGUGCUGAACACGCUGUUUCAUGGAAGUGAGUUGUGGGCAGCUUACAACUUCCAGGAACAAUGCCUCAGUGUGCUGCAUCAGGAGGAUUUGGGGAAGAAUAAUAAUUUUUGUCACUACACCACCUGUGUGCAGUGAAAUUAAAUGACCCCCCCCCAAUACACUCAGUCUUGUUCGCGCUCUGUGUGCUUGUCGGAAGUCAAUUGCACCACUAUUUUUUUCCAUUCAGCAGCCCAACAGCCCACGGAUAAAAACUGUUCUUUAACCUGUUAGUGCGGCUGACUAUAUUUCUGUAUCUCCUGCCCGAAGAGGUGCUGGCCAGGGUGUGAGUUGUUCCUAAGAAUUUUCCUCGCUCUCCUGAGACAGUGGUCUCCGACAGUGUCAUCUAGUGAACUCCGGGGACAGCCCAUGAUAUCAUGUGCUGUAUUCACCACCAUAUCAAAUGGCAGGACAGAAUUCCAAACAAAUACCGUAUUUUUCGCUCUAUAACACGCGCCUGACCAUAACACGCACAUCAUUUUUAGAGGAGGAAAACAAGGGGGGGGGUGAAUUCUGAAUGAAACAGUGGAUGUAUCAUUUUUGUGCUUCAUGCUGUGGCCACAGACAUGUGAUCUGAUGGUGAAUUUGGGGUGACCCAAUGCAAAAAUCGUGAGAAUCCCUGUGGAUUCAUGCUUUGUAACCACGUUUUUGCACCAUUGCAGCCCCAAGCAACAGUGGGUGCGUGAUUUUUGGGGGGCAGGCUGUAGCCAUGGACAUGCUAUGUUAUCUGAUGGUGAAUUUGGGGUGACCCAAUGCAAAGAUCCUGAGGAUCCAUGUGGAUCCAUGCUUUGUAACCACGUUUUUGCACCAUUGCAGCCCCAAGCAACAGUGGGUGCGUGAUUUUUGGGGGGCAGGCUGUAGCCAUGGACAUGCUAUGUUAUCUGAUGGUGAAUUUGGGGUGACCCAAUGCAAAGAUCCUGAGGAUCCAUGUGGAUCCAUGCUUUGUAACCACGUUUUUGCACCAUUGCAGCCCCAAGCAACAGUGGGUGCGUGAUUUUUGGGGGGCAGGCUAUAGCCAUGGACAUGCUAUGUGAUCUGAUGGUGAAUUUGGGGUGACCCAAUGCAAAGAUCCUGAGGAUCCAUGUAGAUCCAUGCUUUGUAACUGCCUUUUAAGUGGGGAGGGAAGGAAAAACACAGAAGGGACAAGGAGCAUAAGAAUGCAGGAGAGGGAUUUAACGGGAGGGAGGAAAGAAAGGCAAAAGUCCCCCCACCCCACCCAAGCCAGCCCUCUCUCUCCCUCUCUCUCUCCCUCUCUCCCACCUGCAUGUUUUCUGGCUGCCUGCGAGGAGCAGGGAGAGGAAUUAGAAGGAAGGACGCUCUGCUUUCCCCUCUGCUUGCCUGGAGGGGAGGGGAUUUGCCUGCUCUUUGUUCCAUUUGAGCAAACACAGCAACGAAACACAAGCGGGUGGGCAGUAAGACCCUGAGGCAGAAUGCAGGAAAGCAGCAACUUCCUCUUUUCAGGUUUCCCUUCUCCGACACGCGAUUUGAUUUUUGACUGAUUUUUGUUCCUGCGCUUGCCCUAGUCGGCUCCAGGGACCACACAUUCGCUCAAUAACACGCACAGACAUUUCCCCUUCCUUUUUAGGAGAAAAAAUCUGCGUGUUAUAGAGAGAAAAAUACGGUAUGUGCUCUCCCGAGCCCAGCAUGUUCGCACUCCUGUCCCAAUGACAUCUACAUUGGCUUGGUCAUGUCCACAGAAUGGAAGAUAGCGGGAUCCCCAAAGACAUGCUCUACGGGGAGCUGGCUUCAGGCACCAAGCCCGUUGGCAGACCAACGCUGUGUUACAAAGAUGUCUGCAAACGCGGCAUGAAGGCUGGCAAAGUCAACCAUGGGAAUCCCAAUCGCAGUGCCUGGAGACGGCCAGUCAGGUCGUGCAUCCUUACCAGUGACCAGAGGAGGAAUGUUUGGUGGGUGGAGCGCAGACAGAAGAAACGGCAUGGUGCAUCUGCAGCAGCACAACUGGAUGCCUUCACUUGCCCCAGCUGCAACAAAACAUGUCUCUCCUCUAUCGGUCUCUACAGCCACAGCAGGCGCUGUAACCUUCCAACGAACGGUUGGACUUCACCCCCAAAGGAGCACUCCUCCAUUGUCUCCCGAGACAGACAGACGCCAGCAACUUAGUGUUUUUUACCUUGGUGUUUUUGCAUCCAGUCACGAGUCCAGUUGCUGCAUCGCUAUGCCUAAUGGGGAGCCUGUGUCUCUCCAUAUGCUGCUGGACUUUGACUCCCAUUGGCAGGGCCAACAGUCGGGGUUGAUGGGAGUUGUAGUCCGGUAAUCUCUGGAAGGCCACAGCUCCCUCACUGCUGACCAAGCACUGAUGAAAAAGACAUUGAGAACACCGGUUAGCCCUGUGGCAAAGACACAGGAAAACCAUUAAUCAAGCCACCUGCAUGCACUCACUUCUCUUUUGACUCUCCUGGUGCGCAGAAACAGGUUCUCACCCAGGGGCAGAAACUGCUUCUUUCUCCCACUGCAGCUAUCAGGCAAAAGUGUUCAUUAAACCCAUUUUCUAAUAACCAGAGCCUGAAAAGCAGGGCAGGGGAAGAUCCGAAUUCUACAAAACUUACACGUACGACCCAGGGAUGUUGUAGUCCACUAACAUCUGGGAGACUACAGGUUCUCCACGCCUGAUUUAGAACUAGGUGGAGAAUGUAGCAGCUACGGCUUCAUCUGUUUCUUCUCUGCCAUGUACAUCCUUUUCAUGCCCCCUUUCCAUGCUGGACCUGCAGGGCGGGGGGCUUCCGAUGCAACUUUUUCAGUCCUUAAAGAGGUAGAGCAAAUCACCAGGUUGUAACCUUGCAACUGAUCCUCUUGUAAUAUGUCCGUGGGUAUCCAAAUUACAUAAACAAAAGUGUUACAUCAGAGUAAUUACUAACAGAAUGAGAUGCCUUUAUAAUAUGUUUUUCCUCUUUCUGUGUAAUUAAGCACAUCUGUAAGAUGCCCCGGAAGCUUGGAGAUUUCCUGUAUACUUCAUCAUUGUAUUACGAUUUGUACUUAUAAUUUCCUUCCCACUAUCUUCAUAAGGAAUUUGAUAAAUAUUGCUGCCCCAAAAUUACCUUUAAAGUCAUUGUGGUGGGUUUUGUUUUCUUUCUUUCUUUGCUCACAAAAUACCAGCCCUGGACGGGAAAAUAUUUCAUACGCUGAAGCAACUGGUCACGGGGUUGGUAUUUCCCAUUAUUCUCUGCCUCAGCCCGGCAAAGCACAUUCUGUUCAUACACCUUGGUGUGCAAAACCGCAUUUGACAGGUGAAGGGAAAACCAUAUUAAUUUUUCUCUUCUGAUAAAGGCAGACAAGUAGCUUUGGGGUGUGUUGUGUUGAAAAAUAUCCCGUUGACUUGAGAGCCUGUUCAUUCUUACAGCUUUAAAAUGUGGCUUAGGGUUCCUAAAUGCUCCUGAAAAUGCUUCAGCCUUAGUUUUGGGAAUAGUAAUAUUUACUGACAGUCCUGCACAGUGGGCCCAUCUUCCUAACACCCCCCCCUUCACAGAAAAGGAGAGAGAUUUUCUCACCAAGAGGUUACCUUGCAGAGAAACAUUGAAGCUUUUGGUUCAAUAGAGAUUUUCAAGUAAAGACUUCCAUUCCAUUAUGCUUCAGAGGGGGAAAUAAAUAAAGAUCUGGCCUAAUUUGGAACUAUUAUUAUUAUUAUUACUAUUUUGUAUUAAAUUUGUAUUCUGCCCUUAAUCAAAGUUCCCAGGGUGGUUCACAACAGAAAAAUACUGAAUGAGAAUACAAAAUGCACAAUAAAACAAAGACAGAAACAAACCCCAAACUCACCUUCCACAAACACAUUUAAAAAACCAUCGAAUGUUAAUCAGCCGAAUACCUGGUUGAAGAGAAACAUUUUCACCUGGUGCCUAAAGGUAUGUAAUGAAGGCGCCAGGUUAGCCUCCUUGGGGAGAGCAUUUCACACAGAGGAAGCCACUGUAGAAAAGGCCUGUUCUUUUUUUUGCCACUCUCCAGACCUCUCUUGGAGGUGGCGCACAAAGAAGGGCCUUAGAUGAUGAUCGCAGGGUCUGGGUCCGUUCAUAUGGGGAGAGGAUUCCUGCUGACUCUCUAGGACAUACCUGAUGGACAUUAGUUGCACACUCUAUGGUAUCUGCUGCAACCAAUGAAUGCAGCAAAUGGGUGCUUUAGUUGAGAUUCCAGCAUUGCAGGGGGUUGGACUAGAUGACCCUCGGGAUCCCUUCCAACACUAUGAUUCUAUAAUAGGCACACACAACCACCAAAUUUCUUACUCAUGUCUGUCUACUGACAGCACUGGGGGAGAGAAAAUAAAUGUCCUGUAGAGAUGGGAAUGAACAGCCUUUUCCAGCUUGAUAAGGACAUCUUCCAAGGUCUUGGGUGUCACCUUAAUUUCCUUUGCUUUGUUGUCAAAACCAUCGCUGUGGAUGAUGCAAGUGUUUGUGUGGUGUGGUGCUAUGGAAAGGUUAUGUACAUAAAUUUUAGUGAAGUUGACUCUUUAAGCACCUAUCACCAAGGGGGAUUGUACUACUCUAACUCUUUCCAUACCUGAUGCUUCUCUCCCUGCUAAAUGAAGGGGCCUCCAGUAGCAGACUGUCUGCUACUGUCUCCCUGUCUGCCUGUCUCCCUGUCUUCAUUCAGAUAUUUAAUGAACUCGCAUAGAUCGGGGACAGAGUUUCCCCCUGCCCCCAUUGAGUACCCAGGGCAACAGCAGCAGCAUAUUGCCUUAAAAUGGCUCCUGUGUCUCUUGGGCUGUAAUUGGGCGCAGGGGAAUGGUGGGAGGAACCAGCUGGGGGACCCUCAAGGGAAGAAGACUCAGUGCCAGGGGAUUAGUGGUGGGAUGAUGAUAGUGGUCAAAAGGAGAAGACUGGGAGGAGGAGGUUUCGGAAGCUAAAGAAGCAACAAGGCUAAGUGAGCUGGGAGAAUCUGUGUCAGAGGGAAGUCCAGAAUCAGAGGCAGAAGCUGAAGCAGGCGAGGGGGGUGAGGGAGGACAAGAGGCAGAGAGAUGAGUCAAGCUGAUGAAGAGUCGCAAGUGUCUUGUUCUCCUGCUGUGAAAAGCUCCCCUCCCUCCUUAUCUGCAAGAACCAGAAGGGGCAUGAAAAGGGUGGAGGAAAGGUUGGCUUCACACCAGCGCAGUCUCUGAUUGCUUGGAGAAAGCCCUGGAGAGGAGGGAACUUUGAUGACUGUGGGUAGACGGGGACUUUCAGUCUCAGCACAUGAUCCAUGGGGCUGAGCUGCUGUGCUCAUUAGGCCUGACACUGCACCAAGUCUGUGCGGACUGUGUUCUGACUAAUGAAGACUCAACUCCAGCUUGAGCAGUGUGAUUUACUGCUGGCCUGCUCAUAAUAUGGGUGUUUGAUAUUGGUGCUGGGGUGCACUUCAACAGUGCCACCACAGCAGCCAAUAUGCACCCAUACCUGUUAUCAGCAUCGCUACACACACAAUCACCGUUCUGUCCAUUUUCAGUGCUCAGACUGACAGAGAGGGAGGUCCAUCAGGAAGCUCAGGGGAAUCCCACUUCACAGAAGUAUUUAGAGAAAAACGAGAGAAGAGUGGGGAGCCCCACAAAACAGCCCAAGGGGGACCAAGCAUGUUCAGUGGCCACUGGAUGCUGACCCACUGUUUGGUUUGGGGAGAGGAUGAAAAUUAGUCCUCCACUCUAUAAUGUUUUAUUGCAGGUCUCACUGGGUGUUUACGUAGCCAUAGCAGAAUCAAACCAUGGAGAAGAGGGUGCCAAUAUUGGGGAGGGUGUGGCUGAUUGUCUGGUGCAGUGAAUGGAAGCACUCCCUGCUGCAACAAUUCAUUGCAAAUCACACUCGCAACUCCUAUUGUCACACGCAAAGAAUGAGCACAAUAGAGGUGCAUUUCACAGCACAUGUUGUUGACUUCAGCAGGCAUUGAAUGCAGGUCUCCCGCUGUCUAUCGGACCAUCUUUUCUCUCUAUCAAUGGGCAGGGAGGGGGUGUUGCAGCAUCAAUGGGUGACUCUUAACCUGUCACUUGCCCUGGGUUGACUGGCUUCCUCUUGUCUUCUAGAACCCUACAGUCCAGCCGUGUGGGUGAUGAUGUUUGUGAUGUGUCUCACUGUCGUUGCCAUCACAGUCUUCAUGUUUGAAUAUUUCAGCCCUGUUGGAUACAACCAGAAUUUAACCAGUGGCAAAAGUAAGUAAGUUUCCAAAAUUGCACACAGCAAGUGAGCCUUAAUUUUUUGGUGGGGGCAAAGACAAAAAGCAGGAUGUAAUAAGCAUGAGCCACCCUGCUAUUAUACACUCCACAUUUAAACAGUUGCAAAAGAUAAACAAUUCUCAGCAUCUCAUCGAAAGCAUUGACCUUUGGAAAGAGAGCCCGUGGCAAUCUCCAGCAGGUGGGAUUUCUCUGCCUCCCCACCACAAGAGUCCCAUGGUAUUCCAGUUUCUGGUGUAAGGAUUCCUCCAUUUAUUUACUUACUUUAGUUAUGGCAUUUCCAGACAUCUCCUUUACCCAGCAAAACCAGGGUGUAGUACAGCACUCUGUGGCGACCCAACGAUAUUUAUUUCUUUAUGGUCGCCAUCUUUUUCACACCACCAGCACCGAUAACCUUUCCAUGUGCACACAUAAACCCCAAACAAGAGAACGGAAAUGUGGCAAAUGAGACUGGUAAAGAUCUCUGUCAAAAUAUGUGCCGUUGUUAAAUAUUUAAGACCUGCCAGACAUUUUCUGCAGUUCGUGACAAAAUCUGGAAAAACAACCCUUUAGAUUUUAGGAGAGCAAACUGAAAAGCACCCAAAAUGCCCAUUUUGAGUCCCCUGCUGUGGGAAGAGAGACCCAGUAGCCUUUCAAGCAAACUAUAUGAACACUGGCAGGGCUCCCUGUCCUGUUCAUUUACAUGUGCAUAGAUGGACCAGGUGUAAAAGCAAACAGGGCUCCUGUGCCUUUAAAACAGAUGCACGGAAGGGAACAUGUCAAUGCAGAUUUUCUCACCUCUGCAUGACAAAGCUGCAGAAAUUCUGGCUUCUUUGCGGCUAUGGAAGGCACCAGAUUGCAUCUGGUAGUCAGCACAUGCGAAGGCUGUUUAGAGACAGUGCCCUGCCUUGACUCCUUCCUGUAGGAUAUAGUGCCUUUGGAUCUCUUCCGAAUCAGUCUAGAGGGUACCAAGGAAGCCCUCCUGAUCACCCAGGAGCUGGUCCUUAAGUGUUCCUCCUGCAAGGGCAGCAGCCUGGGCUCCUGUGCAAAGAAACAAAUGCAUCCAUUGCAGGCUGAUCCGAUCCACCUCUGAGUCAUGUCAGCAUCUUUUGUGUCUGAACUGUCAACAGCUAGCCGGAUCAGCCAGCCUGAUUUGUAGGCUCGCCUGUAAACUCCGUGAGCGGCUCCUCCUGUUAACAGCUUCCGCGUCUUAAGUGAGCUGGGCAGAAGAUUUCUCACAGCUGCUUGGAGAAGCUGUCAGCCCCAGGCCAAUCCUACCAUCCCUGCCCUUGAUAAAUGCUCAUUAAAACUUACACAUCCUGACAUGUGGGGAAUGAAAAGGCUCCUCGGGUGCUGAGAGAUAGGUCCCACACACCCCCCACACCCUCCAGCCACCUUUGGCUAGCCUUUUCCCCGGGAGAGCUCCCCAAAUGCCACCGUCCCACUUGACCUCUGAGAAUUUGCUGCUGAAGGUGGAUCAAACAAAGGUAAAAGAUGCUGGAAGUCAGGAGGAGACUGGUAGCUACAAGGAGAGAAUAGCCUGGAAUAAAAAUAUACAACCUAUUUUUAGCUUUCAUCAUCCAACUCUGUAAAAAAAACACCAAACCUCUGGCAGAGUGUGAGUGGCUGGUACCCUGCUGCUUCCUUCCUUCCUCUUACUGGAAGCUGCCUUUGAACCAUUCUAAAUAUUCUGGGUUUCUGAUUUUAGGGUGGGGUUUUUUUUUUGUUCUUUGGCUUGUUCGUUCAGUAUUGUUGCAUUCUUAAUUUAGAAAUGGCAGCAGAAUCUCAUAACUGCAAACAGGAGGGAAAUGGAAAUGUGAAGAACUCGCAAACAUUCCUAACUGUGCCACCGUCCCUCCUUUGGCCUCAUUAUUACCAUGACAAGGGGCUGAUGUCAAUGUCCCCCACCUUCAAAUCACCUUCUUCCUGCCGGGUCAAGAAAACAAGGUCCAGAGUGUGGCCUGCCAUGUGCGUCGGACUGGUGACAUGUUGGGACAGCUCCAUGGGUGCCAGCUGCCUUGGCAUGGAUGUUGAAGUCUCCCAGAACCAGCAGUCUGGGACUCCUCAGCACUGCCCCUGAGACCAGCUCUGUCAGCUCAGGCAUGGAGACUGCUGGGCAGCGAGGCGGGCGGUAAACCAGCAGAAUCCCUAAUCUGUCCUGAUUGCCCAAUGCCAGGAACACACACUCUAGAACCCUAUAACUGGACAGAGAGCCUGGAGAUAGAGAAUCUCUCUAGACCACAGCAACUCCCUCUCCGACCCUUGAGUCUGGCCUGAUGCUGUACUGAGUACCCAGGUGGGCACAGCUGGGUGAGACCAACUCCACCCUGUUCACCCACCCAGGUUUUUCAGUGAUACAUUCCAGAUCAGCCUCCUCAUCCAUAAUCAGAUCAUGGAUGAGGGAGAUUUUAUUCUGGCAUUCAACAGCAGCAGUCGCAUACCCGAGGGCUGACUGAUAUGACAAUCACAAUUCCCCAGGUUGGAGGGGGGACGGGUACACGGCAGUCACUAACUGCCUGUGCUGUGUGCCCCUCACGCAGCUUGCCCCUCCUCCCACGCCAUACCUCCCCCUGCUCUCCCCCGCUCCUCUCCUCCCAGGCACAUCGCAAAAAAUGCCCUUUAAAACAGUUAAAAAAACAAUUUAAAAGGAUAUAAAAGAAGAAGCCCUUUCUGCUGAGCAGCAGCAGCAGCAGCCCUUAUAAAACCUAUCAAGCCCUGCCCUGGGCCAGGUGGAGAGAGGCAGGAGCAGGGCCCUCUGGCUCUCAGCAGGGUGGUCCUAGAAAGUCUGAGAUCUGCUUAAGUGAAGCCCCACAUUAAUUGUUUGGGUUUUGAAGCUUUCCCCUGUAGUCAUAGGGUCUAGAAACUUACAAACAAUAAAUGAUGAAGAUUCUCAGAAUUCUCAAUAGAUUAUACUGGAAAGGCACUCCAAGUAAGAUCGUGGUGCUUAUUUGGGUCUUCUUCAAUGUCGUCUCCCAGGCAAGCUCUGCUGCUAAUCUGCCAGCAUUCUCAAUACUGUGUCUGAGUUGAGCAAUAAAAAGGUUGCAGCAAUUGUUGCAAUCCAACAAAGGUCAAACAGAUUAUGAGGUCUCUUAAGUACAUUGUUGGGUUCUGGGUUGCCCUGGUUCUCUUCUUCUUGACCUUCGGCUUCUCAAACGCUGCUGUGCCUACAUCUUUAAAUACAAGUGCAUGUCUUUGCUUAACAAAUGGAAGAAGCAAUCCCUUCCCAAAGCAAAUCCUGCUCACGUGUUGAGCCUUAGCAGAAAUGGCGGCCAGAAAUAUUUUAGCAGAGAUCUCCAAAGUAACUAAAAUGGCACGUGUUUUACUUCCAAAAGCUUACAAUGAACGAAAAAGGCUUCUUAUUUCUAGCAGGAAAAACCUGCUGCCUACAAAUCGCUUUCCCUUUCAUCUUUUCUAGAAUCUGGGGGGCCUUCCUUCACUAUUGGCAAGUCCGUCUGGCUGCUCUGGGCUCUGGUUUUCAACAACUCCGUUCCCAUUGAAAACCCCAAAGGGACUACAAGUAAAAUCAUGGUGCUUAUCUGGGCUUUCUUCGCCGUCAUCUUCCUGGCCAGCUACACUGCUAAUCUGGCAGCUUUCAUGAUCCAAGAGCAAUACAUUGAUACUGUCUCUGGGCUCAGCGAUAAGAAGGUGAGGAAUGCUUGAGCAAUGGUGGCAAAGGGAAUGAAUGUUGAGUGCUUAGGCCAGGGGUGCAACGUUUUGUAGCUUGGAAUAUCCCAGAAGGAAGAUAUGCUAGUGCUGACUGAAUGGCAGGACAUAAACUCAAGUUGGUUUCAUUUGCUGGCUUUGAUAAGCAGCUAGAGGAAACCAAAAGAUAGCUUUUGGUUACCAAGGAAAGUUAAGCCCACACAAAAGUUUCCCUUUCUGUGCCCACCUUUGCAUCUGUAAGGCUGAAGAUAACUCAAUGGAGCUGCUUUUUCACUCCCAAAGUUUCUGACCUCUGUAUUACUGACUCCCAAGACACUGUUGCAACAUGGGCUAUAAACUGAAAUAAGUAAAUGUAGAAAAUUAUGUAGAAAAUUAUGCUAAAAUGGUGGUACUGAAGUACACACUCAGGUUGUCUCCAGACUGUCAGUUUUAUACAGUGGUUAGAGUGUUGGACCAGGACUUUGGAGACCAGGGUUCAAAUCCCCACUCUGCCAUGAAGGUCACUCAGAGACCUUGGUCAAGUCACUCCUUCUCGGCCUAACCUGCCUCACAGGAUUGUUCGUGAGGGUAAUAUAGGGGAGGAGGAGAACAACUAUGUAUGCUAUCUUGAGUGUUUUUGAGCAAAGAUGGGUUACAAUGCAAUACAUUAAAUAAAAACUAUUUUGUAGGAGAGAUUUAAGCACAUACCUAAAAUUUAGGUUUGCAGCCAUUCAAGUGGAUUAAAGGGCUCUGUCACCCUGGUGCAACAAACCUGUUUUGUUUUUUAAAGGAUCAGUUUUUUUGUGGUUUGGAAAGUGGCAAGGAAAUGCAUUGAAAACUGUGGGAUGAACAGUUGAUUUAAUGGGAAGACAUAUAACCACUGCACAAACAAAUCAGGAUGAAUCCAUGAUGAAGGCUGAUGGUUGUAUAACCUCCCCACUACCAAAUUGGAACAAGUGCCCAGUAAGGGCCAGGUCUAACCUCCAACUAAGCUUUGUGCAAGCAACUCAGGGCUGAACGCUCAAUAGUUAGGUUGGAGGAGCCCAGAGUCCUUUCUGAAAUGCGCAUCCUCAAGUCUGAAUAGAGGGAUGCUGUUUCCAUUCUGGAUCUGGCAACAGACUUGUCUUUGUGGUGUCCUUCCCAGUUUCAAAGGCCUCAGGAGCAGUACCCCCCAUUCCGGUUUGGAACAGUUCCCAAUGGCAGCACCGAGAGGAACAUUCGGAGCAACUACCAUGACAUGCACUCGCACAUGGUGAAGUACAACCAGCGCUCGGUGGAGGAUGCCCUGGUCAGCCUCAAAAUGGGGUAGGUUGCAGCAUUUCCCCAUAAGAAAGAGCAGCGUGCAAGAAGGCCUCAAGGUAUCUGUGCCACAUUGAGUUCAUUCAUGGCCAGCCCUAGCAAAUAUAACAGGAGAAGUAAAUAUACUGGCAUAUACUUCAAUAAUGACGUUGAAGUUGGUUGUUGGAACUGGCCCAUUUCAGCUUCUGGUUCUUGUUUUCUGUUUGCUUGUGAGCUUCUGCUUCAGUGAUGACAGACUCAGGCAAACCUUCUGAUCAGUUUUGUGAAUGUUCCUGUAUGCCUCUCACACAGAUUGGCACUAUGGCAUGCUGCAUUUCUGACCACUUCCUUGGGGCAUUCGCAGGACUGGCCACCAUGUCAAAAAUGGGCAGCCCAUAGCAACCUGAUCAAGUCACCAUCCUAUGAACAGGAUCUUUAUUGACUGAAGUUUCUCUGCACGCUUGAUGCUGUGUGAGAUUAAACCAUAAAGAAGCUCUCUGCUAAUGAUGACUACGUUUCAGUAUUCUGUCACAUAGCUGGCUUACUCUCUGUGAGAGUGUUGACUUAAGUUCCUGGUUCUCACUGUGAAUCCCUUCUCUCAGUCAGACUCCACAAAUAUGUGAACUAUAUUCUGUCCAAACAUGAUUAUGUUUAUUCUGGGUGGAAGUUUGCUUGCUGCUGUUGUGAGGUAAAUGUCACAGACCGAGUGCUGGCCAUGAGAUGCCCAAAUAUCUUGUUUUCAGACUUUUCUAACAAUCUGGAUGUUUUGGAAUAUGUGUGUAUCACAUGUAAGGUUCCUGUCUUUACAUGUGAUGCAAAAUUUAACAAUUUUGAUAGCCCUGCAAGCUGCUAGAUCAAUCAAAACAAUGGUUCUCAAGCAUCUUUAUAGAGGUUUCCUUUGGUGCGUGAUGGGUGCGUUCCACAGUGAAUGCUGGUUUCACUCCUGUAGCUAACAAGCCUCGAAAUAUUUAGUGCUUCCUAAUUUUAGCAACAGAAGUCUCCACGUUUCCAGUUUCUGGAAGUUCAGAUUUUGAAUGUAUUACUCAUUAGUAGGAGAGUCUUCUCUCUGCUACCAGCCUCUAAUUCACCCUCUAAUUUCAUUUGCUCCAUUUCUUUCUUUCAUCCCUCUGUUGCUAUCCUUUGAUCUGUUGACCUCUUGUUGUCCUUUUUAAAAGGCAACUUGCACAGCACAAUGAAGCUUGAGUGUGAUGUGGUAUUCUAAAACCAAGGGAGUGAAAGCUCUCAAGCCAGUUCUUGUACUCACCUGCCCUAGGCUGCAGCAUGCAUGUAUGUCACAUUCUGCCUAAGCAUUUCAAGGUGGGGCUGCAGGAGCUGCAAAGCUGCAGCUGUGCGUGCACAGGCCCAAGCCAAGCAGUCCUUGCUGCUUUCCAGAGUUCAAUGGAAUUUGCUCUCAGGAAAGGGAGCACACGACUGCAGCCACAGCCUGAUAGUUAGUUUCUAAGCGUGUUUCUGUGAAAUUGUUUUUAUGGACAGUGACUGCCCUGUUGUUUAUGACAGUGGGGUAAUGCUUGCUUUCCCCCAAGGCCAUACUUUUGAUAUGGAGAAAGUGAUUGCCCCCCCAAUCACUCAAACUGUGAGAUUUUGCAGCUGGGGAAAAUGUGAUUUAUCUUCCAAACUAUUACAGUUGUGGCUGCCCUGGAGAAUAUGCUAGAUAUCACCAUUUUGUGAACUGGUUUUUUUACAUGAAUUGUUUGAACAGUGUGCAGUCCCCAUCUUCAGUGUUAAGAGAGGCACGAGUUGUUUCCGAAAAAUUGCAAGCAAGACGAUGACAUAUGCUGUCUUCUCCUGCCCCUUGAUUGCACUGCAAGACUAGGUUACUCUCAGCGUAGCACUUUUUCUAUUGGAUUGAAGCUUCUGGGACUGUCCUACAAAUAUGGUCAAGCCCACAGAUGAGAACAGCUUUGCUUGCUUUCUUGCAUCAUUUUAUAGCCUGGCACUUGGCACUGUGUGACCUUCUAGCUUACCAAACCCCCCCCACCAUGUGGCUUUUGUAGUUGCUGUCCCUUAAUUUUUUCCCCUCUCUCUCCAUCUCUCUCUCUCUGCUUGAUUCCAGAAAGCUGGAUGCAUUUAUAUAUGAUGCCGCAGUGCUCAACUACAUGGCGGGCAAGGAUGAGGGUUGCAAACUGGUGACCAUUGGCAGCGGGAAAGUCUUUGCCACCACCGGCUAUGGCAUUGCCCUCCAGAAGGACUCCAAGUGGAAGAGGCCAAUUGAUUUAGCCCUCCUACAAUUCCUGGGAGAUGGUAAGUAGUUCUCUGUCUCCUCCCCGCAAACACACUUUGCUUCCUCAUCCUCAGGGGUAGUUACCAGUAGUCUCCUACGUAUUUUUCUCCAAGGGGUCACAGAACAAGAAAACCUCUGUCUUAACAGGUUGCGGGGGGGACGGGACACACCUGGCCACAACUGCCUCACAAACACAAAGCUGAACCCUACUUAAUCUUUAUUCCCUCUCUCCUCUUUCCACUUUCUCAUCCACCCCUCCAUGUUCCCUGGCACAAUCACAACAGUCCUGUGUUUAUUUAAAAUUGUAUUUAUUUUUAAAUAUGAAGGCGUUAUACCCGUCCCCCCCCCAAAAAAAAACUUCCAACAGCCUGUCAGAACCUCAGACCCUGAGGGGCAAAAGAGGCAAAAGGAUGGCCACCCCCUCACAAGUCCCUCACCCUCCCUCCCUCCCUCCCUCCCUCCAUUAUAGCGGUUGCUUUAAAAGGCAUUUUCACAUGCAAAUAAUAACUGGAGGAUAAACUGGAAUUUAAAUUGAAGCUGCAAUUUUAAACAUGUUUACUUGAAAGCUAAGGCUGCAUUCCUAAAUAUGUCUACUGACUUCAUUAGGGCUUGCUCCCAAUUAAAUGGGGUUAGGAGUUCAGCCCUACACCAUCAAAAUUAGUACAAUUAUACAGUGGUACCUCGGGUUACAUACCCUUCAGGUUACAGACUCUGCUAACCCAGAAAUAGUACCUCGGGUUAAGAUCUUUGCUUCAGGAUGAGAACAGAAAUUGUGCUCCGGCGGCGCGGCAGCAGCAGGAGGCCCCAUUAGCUAAAGUGGUGCUUCAGGUUAAGAGCGGACCUCCGGAAUGAAUUAAGUUCUUAACCUGAGGUACCACUGUAUGAUGUUUGUGGGUGGGAUCAUUUAUCCCAUGUGGGACAAACUUUGCCCCCACCCCCAUGCAUUUUGCUCCUAUUAUGCCUCCUCCAAUAUAUAUUUUUUCCUCGUGUUGCUGCUGGCCAGGGCUCCCGUUUGUGUUACAGUUGCUGCAUGUAUUUAGGCCUCGGUUGUCUCCUUGACCCAAUUUCCUGACCACCAUGUGGCAGUGCCUCCCGUCGGUUCUGUCUUGCUGACUGCUUCGCCCCAGGGUGCUAGGACAACUGUAUGCUCGGAUUCUGGCUCUCUCCACUGAGCCGCCAGCCUGUGACCAAAGUUCCUUUCUGGCCGUUAGGGAGAAUUCUGAGAAGGUUUCAGAGCGCUGUUCCUCCCUGCCACACCGUUUGGUAGUCCACAUUAAAUCAAGCACAACGUCUCCUUGUCAGGUGUCUGGGAAGUUAUCUCGCCCUGAAAUCACUCUCUCUUCCCUUCAGUAGGAAAUAAAGCUCUCUUGUCACUCUGGAGACCUUAACAAGUGAUCUGUGUGCAAAAAAUGUUUUGUUUUUUUAAAAAAUGUGUGCAGGGUUGGGGGAGUUCAGAUGGAAGUGUUUUAAGGAAAUGUCGAACAUAAUGGGGGAUCAGAGAGCCAGAAAAGGAGACAGGCUAUGAGAAAAGGAGAGGAAAAGGGAAGGUCUGUACACUUAUACGUAUGAUCAAUGACAAAUAUGCUGUUAUAUGAACAAAAGCAAAUAAGGUGAAAGCACACAUCAGAGAGUCCCUUUAAUGAGUUCCUGUCACACAGUCUUGACUUGUUGUCUCUUCUCUGAACACUGCUUCUUGUGUUUUAAAGCAGAGAGGUGUUCAGUGGUGGGGCGACGAGGAGGAGCACGGGGUGAACAUCCCACAUGUGGACAGCUGCUCCCAGGACUCUGGCCUGGGUGGAGACCAUACCUUCUGGCCUGAUUAAGGAAAUGCACUCUGCACUUGUACACAGGAGCUUUAUAUAAUGGGGUGACCCACAUGGUCCCUUCCAACUCUACAGUUCUAGGAUUAUACUAUAAAGCCCAUGAAGCUGGUAAUCUUAAAUUUAAGCUCUGCUGUCUGGGGAAAGGUUUUUCCAUGGUGUAGACCUCCAGAAAUGCUUAGUCCUAUGGAAGAUCAUGGGAACACAGGAAAUUUUACUUGAGUAGCCAUGGGUAUCUUGACUGAGGUGGACAAUGAAUACUACAAGCCAAAAAUAAUCUAAAUUUCUUCAGGUUCAGCUAUCUGUGAUGUCAAUCAGAGGAGAUCCAUUUGCUAGGAUUUGACUGUCUUCCCUUCUUGUUAUUUGUUUCCCAGGUGAAACACAGAAGCUAGAGACUGUGUGGUUGUCAGGGAUCUGCCAAAAUGAGAAGAACGAGGUGAUGAGCAGCAAGCUGGACAUUGACAACAUGGCAGGCGUCUUCUACAUGCUGCUGGUGGCUAUGGGGCUGAGCCUGCUCGUCUUUGCCUGGGAACACCUGGUCUAUUGGAAGCUGAGACAUUCUGUACCCAAGUCUCACAAGCUGGAUUUCCUUCUGGCUAUAAGCAGGGUAAGGAUGCCAUGUAGAUAUGUACAUACCCCUUCUAUGUCCCCUUUGAGAUUAUUCCUAAUGUGACACAUAGACAGUUUAUUCUUCCAAGCCGCUGGUCAUAUUUGAACAGAGGGCUUAAACCACAGUGUUGCCCUGCAUGCAUAAGCAAAAAAGAAGGAACCAGUGCAAAGUGAUAGCUCAAGCAUUCCCCUUCUCCUCUCCUGUAGUUGGGAGGUGGAAUAAGCCAAUAAUUCCGUUUCACUUUGUCUGAUUCCUGGUCUGUCCCCCACAUUCAUACCAGGAAUGGUUAAAAACAAUCUAUUAUUCACUUUCAAAACAAGGGGUAUGCAGGUGGCUUAAAUGAAUUAGUUUUUAUUUAUUAUAUUUCUUUGCUGCUUUUCAUUCAAAUAAAUCCCAAAGCAGCUUCAAACAAAAAAUAACACUAACAUUACAGAUCAUCACAAAUACAACAUAAAUCUCAUAGAAUAAUUAACAAAUCAUCCGUAGAACAUUUGCAAUCUAUAAAAUUUACAAAUCAACAACUAAUAAGCUAAACAUCACAAUUCAAGCCAGUCACAUUAUAUGAUUAACAAACCAAUACAGCAUUUAUAAUCCAUAAAACAAUGUUAACAACAUUAACAAAAUAGCAACCAAAAGAUAAGCUGAAUAUAUUCUCCACACAUACAGGUUCCAUGGACAGCUUCCAGUCCUCCUCAUGCGAACCUGAAAUUUUAAAUUUGAAAAUGUAUUUUAUGGAAAUUAGUUUUUCCAUACAUGGUUCUGGAGGAAUGAUAUCAACCAGUUUUAGCAGUAAUGAUACCCAUGGUGGCUACAGCUAACAAAGGAGGCAGAGUGUAAAAACAGAAGCCACCUCUGCCCUGCGCCGUUUUUCUUUUGGGCCUUGUUAACAAAGAGUGCUCCAACCAGCCACAACCUUCUGCUAGGAACUCAUCUUUGGAUAAUGAACAACGCUGCCCACAGCUGCCUGACCCUGCUCCUUCUGAGCAGCUCUUAGGCAGCCACAAUUCUUUCAGGUCAAAAAUGCAACAUGUGGACAGGGCAGGCUCAAGAAAGCCUUCCGUAGUCAACCUGCCUGCGGAUAAAGCAACAAGUGUGCUGCUCCUCAUGUACACUGAAGGAGCCGCCUUAUCAGUAUUUGUAGCCCAGUCAUGACCCACUUCCCUAGUACUGGUAAGACAGAGCAAGGCUUUCUGUGACAGGUUCGUGAAGCAAUUUGUAGAGGACUGCAUCACUGCUGCUUAAUUUGUGUGAAAUGUAUUUGAAAUUAAACCAAUCAAAAACCAAUCUUUUCCCAAUUAGAAAUUUACUGGAGAAAAGACCAGGAAAUUGAUUUGCCUGUUCCUGGUUCUACUGCAUUUACAUUUCGAGGCUGCACUGUCUGCUCCAACAUAAAAUGCCUUAACUGUUUCCUGCCAGUGCCUCACCUGAUCAAAGUAAUAGGUGUUUGAAACUAUUUAAUGUUGAACAGAAGCAAGAGAGAGAUUUGUUUCUACAUAAUCUGGAUUGAUAUCUAGUAUCAGAAUAGGCCUCUUUCUCAUUACAGGGCCUUUUAUUGUCACCUCUGUCCUCAAUCUGUUCUUAACUUUAAAAUGUUAGUUACUGUAUAUACUUGAGUAUAAGCUGACUUUUUCAGCACAUUUUUUAUGCUGAAAGAGCCCCCCUCGGCUUAUACUCGAGUGAGAAAGGAGCCCUUUCUCACCGCUGGUCCCACCGCCGCUGCUGCCCGUCUCUCGCAAGGGCAGGCACAGGAGCCGCGGUUGGGAGACGUGCUGCCCUGUGCUGCGCCUCUCCCAACCGUGGCUCCUACGCCUGCUCCUGCGAGCGGCAGAGGGAUGAGCGGCCCGAAAGCAGUCUUUUGGGCUGCUCCUUCCUCUGCCGCCACCACCAGGUUUGUGGUGUGGUGAACCAGCUUAUACUUGAGUCAAUAAGUUUUCCCAUUUUUUUCUGCUAAAAUUAGGUGCCUCGGCUUAUAUUCGGGUUGGCUUAUACCCAAGUAUAUACGGUAUUUAAUCUUGUCGAAUGCCAUCACCUUGAGGGCCCUUAAGAGUAAUGGGACAUAAUAAAUUAUUAUUAUUACUCAAAUUCAUUAUUUAUAUGCCACCCAUCUGACUGGCUCCCGACAAAAAACAAUAAAAACACAAUACAACAUCUGCUGGGAGGGGUAUCCCACAGGGUAGGCGCCACUACUGAAAAGACCUUCUGCCCGGUUCCCUAUAACCUCACCUCUCGCAAUGAGGGAAACACCAGAAGGCCCUCAGAGCUGGACCUCAGUGUCCAGGCUGGAUGAUGGGGGUGGAGACACUCCUCCAGGUGUACCGGGCUGAAGUUCAGAUAACGAGGAUUCAGAAAGUGUAGGCUCUUUAAACCUGAGGGAUGGAAAGCAGGAGAUAAACAUAUGAAAUAAAAUUAAUCUAGUACAGUGAUUCUCAAAUGUGUAAGCUUGAUACAUUUUAACAGAAUUACUUCACCUCCAAGAAACGAAACAGGAAACCUGCACUAUUUCAUAGAAAACAGUACAUGGCAAUUGGAGACUGGAAUGCCAGAAGUAGCGAGAGGGAGUUGGAUCUGUGAAUGCUAGAGUGCCUGGGGGGUCAGACAUGAACAACCUCCUGGACAACCUGACUUGGUCAGCAGAAAAGGAGGAAACGUGUUUCUUAUCAACCCUGUUUGGUGAUCCAGCCAAGCUUAUAAUGGAAUCCUGAUCUUUCACCCAAGUUCUGAAACUACCUCGGGUUAAGAACUUUGCUUCAGGAUGAGAACAGAAAUCGUGCUCCGGUGGCAUGGCAGCAGCAGGAGGCCCCAUUAGCUAAAGUGGUGCUUCAGGUUAAGAACAGUUUCAAGUUAAGAAUGGGCCUCCGGAACAAAUUAUGUUCUUAACCUGAGGUACCACUGUAUUUCCUUUGAAUGACUGAAGCACUUGGUUUGCAACAGGGUAAGUAGGACUGUCAAUAUAGCUAGCUUACCCAAGUAUCUUGUUGCUCAAACAUUUUCCCAGUUCACUCAGAAAAAUGUGGUCAUUCAGUAUUUGUAAUGUCUGUCCUGCAUGAGCUUGAACAUUAAGCCAACCUGCCCUCUCCACCCUCCAGCUCAUCCCCUUUCCAAUACAUGCCUACUUAGCCACUGCCUUCCCUCUUCUCUUUCUUUCCAGGGCAUUUACAGCUGUUUCAAUGGAGUCCAGAAUCUGGAGAGCCCUGCCCGCGUCCACAAACCAGACGUCACUGCUAACUCUGCUCAAGCCAACGUGUUGAAGAUGCUACAGGCCGCCAAGAACAUGGUGUCGACAGCCAGUGUGGGGAACUCCCUGGAGAACGCCACACGCACCAUUGAGAACUGGUCAAACAGGAGCGAAAACCUCCAAACCACCUUCUCCCUAAGGACUCCUCAGCUUGUUGUGCAGAACACCAGUGGGCCUACCAGGCCAGCUCAUGCCUCUGAUGCAGCAGCAGCUGAGAGGCUUGGGAGGUCUCUCCCACAAUCCCUCUCUCCGCUCCAGCAGUCUUUGGUGCCAGCCAGUGAAAACUGGAGAGGGACACUAGAGCAGCCGCAGAUUCUUCAUCCGCUGAAGUUCCGAGGCAGCUAUUCUGAGGACAAGGUGCUCCCCGGUUCCACUGUGAACAGCUCCCCCCACUACAUGGUAAGACCCACACCUCAGACCCAUGUCAGAAACCACGUGCCACUUGGAAACCACCUUAGUGCUGCUCCCCACUCCCCAGUAGGAACUGCUAGGGAGCUUCCUCUACCUGAGCAUAAGCAUAAGCUGGCCUUGGCCAGAGGGCACACCAAGGAGAAAUUCCACCACCAGAACGUUCACCUGGUGUACGGAGAAGGUGGUGACGACAGCUCAGCCCAGGUGGAGCGGCUGGCUUCCACUUCCGAGAAGCGAAAGGAGUUGGAGAGCCACUUUCCGCCUCAUGCCUGUGUCCACAAUUCCUUCCCCAAAGCUAACAGGACUUGCAGACCCUUUCUGUACAAAGAAUCUGACUCAAUAGAGCUAAGGAGAGAGAAGCCGAGCCACAGAGCUAAUCUCUCGAGGUCCGGCUGGGAGCAGGAGAGACCCCAGUCUCUAGGCCUGUGGAAACAUCAUGGGAAGUCCUCAGCCUAUGGGGAUGUGCCAGACCUCUUCCCCAAAGCUGGCCGGGCUCCAAAAACAAUGUCAGUGCCUGGAACGCAUUCCUACCCUCCCGGUGCCCUUAGGCCGAGUUAUACAUGCAAUAGGAAAUGUGUGGAGGCCAACGGCUUACCUUGGAAGGACCAGCGGCUGCUGCAUUCGCAGUCCACGAGGCUCCCCUCGUACCGGGAGGCCUGCCUACACAACAGCUCAGGCGUGCACAAGGCUUCUUCCACGGUGGUGCACAAGCAGUAUGCCUACAUGAACUCGUACACAAACCUGCCUAUCUACUGGGGGCGCCUUUACCCAGGCUCCCCGCAGCUGUGCGAACAGUCCAGUGCCACCCAGCACAGCUUCAGCCGAGCUCCCUGGUCGCCUUGCAGCAGGGACUUCCUGGUCCACCAGGAUGGCCAGAGGACCAUGUACUUUGGUAGCACCUACAGAGACUACAGGGACCGCAGCAGGGUGGACCCAACGUUUCUUCAGAUGGUCAAUACCGAGCGGAGAGACUUCCUGAGCACCCAGAGGAUGCACAGCCCUUACGCAGGAAGAUCGUGGAGGCGAAUCUCUAGCCUAGAGUCUGAAGUCUGAUAGAGGGAAGAUGCUGGGGCUCUUGAUGCUCGAUUGGAGACUGCAGAGAAGAAGCUCAUCCAGGAGGGCAAGAGACAAGGCCUUCCAAGCCAGCGUUCUGCGUCUCCCUGUUAAGCUGGUAUCAGCAGAAAGUUCUUUGUCUCUUCACUACUACCACCCCGGAUCAACGUAAGAGCAAGUGACCUUUCUCCAUCCUCUAAUGGACCAAAACGCAAAGCGGGAGCAGCUGAAGGCACUUUAUUGACUGAUUCCAAAGUCUUCCAUUGCUGGGCACUGAGAUGCCCUCACUCGCGUACAAGACGACUCUCUCAUGGUGGUGAUUCACAGUCAUGCUGCCUCUGUGGAUAGCUUAUGAAGCAUCAGUUGCAGUGUCAACCAUCUACAUUUCAGUGCCAGUUUAUCGUUCAGAGCAUGGCUGUCCGUGACACAGUGGGAAAUGCCCAACAGCCUCCUAUUAAACAAAUAAACAAAAUGAUUAGGACUAUCUUGCUUUCCCAUAAUGCACUGAUAUAAAUGGAGACUGUAUAGAGGACUGAACAGGGGGCAUAGUAUGAUAUUUUUAGUGUUUUACAUUACUUUCUGGAUCUUCGUAAAGAGCCCAAAAUGCCAAAUGGAGGUUAUUAAAUACACACUUCUUAAAAUGUAUUCACACACC